GGAGGCGCCGAGCGCGUGUUUGCGUUGGGGAAAUGGAACUGCGCAACCGGAGAGCGGACUUUUCCAGGCGCGGAGCCCCCGCUUUUCCUGCCGGCGGGCGCGCAGCCGCCCCGGAUUCCGUCCCUCCCUCCUUCCCCGGCCCGCUGCAAAGUUCCCGCCGGCCCGCGGAGGGGGGCGGACGGAGGAUGCUCGUCCCGGCGCCCGGGGGGCACAGCAGCUUGGCCAAGGGACGCGCGGGGAGCGCGCAGAGGGGUCUCCAGCCUCCGCGGGCGCGCACGCCAGCCAGCCCACCCCCAGGUAAGAGGGCGCAGGGGGUGUUGCCCCUGUCCGCAGCACGAGGGCGCCUCGUUUUCCACUUGCAAGUUUGUUUGCGUAUUUAUCGGCUGCGUUUGCAAGCCCGCCUUCUUUGCAGGACCUCACGGGGGCGCGCGGAGCUCUCCUCCGUUUGAUCCUCCCAGCAACCCUGCGAGGUAGGAGAGACGGGGCGCGAGUGUGGCCCGACGACGCCCACAGCCCGGGCAAAGUGGGCGAUCUGAAACCGGGUCUCUCCCAGGGGUCCCCCAACAAGGGGCGCGCAGGGCUUUCGCUUUCACCGACCCCGCGAUGAUGGCGAAGGCAGGCUGCGCCUUUGGCAAUUUCCCUUUUUCUUCCUUGGGAACAGGGCGGGGCUGGCGGGAAGCCGUGCAAAAAGAUGAGCAAGAGGCGGACGGUGCAAGGGCGGAGUGGGGGGGGGGAAGAGACAGAACUGAAGGGUAUGGGGAGGUGGCCAACUUGCUUGUUUUUAAUAACUGCAACGGAUAGAACAUGGAACACGUAUAUACGCGAAGCUGUGUUCUACUGACUGAGACCUUUGGUCCAUCAUCACGCUCAGUCUUGCCUUACACUGGCUGGCAGCAGGAAGCAUGUCAGGGUUUUAGCCGGGAUCCAUAGAAUUGUAGGGCUGGUGGGAACCCUUGAGUAAUCUAGCCCAGCCUGCAGAUUGAAUUUGGGAUCUUAUGCAUGCAAGGAAGAUGCUCUAACCACUGAGCCACUACCUCUUAUGGGGGGAAAAGGCUCCCUUUCCCUUUAAAAGCUGAUCUGAAAUGGGAGUCCCCUGAUCGUUGGGCAUAGAGGGAUGUGUGUGCUUGUGUUUUGGAACCACUUAUGGGAUGGCUUAUAUUUCUCUCCCCCGCCACUCUGAGCACUUCCCCUCCUCUUCCCCUCCCAGCCCUGCACGGGUCAAAGGUUAGCACCUGGGGAGGGGGUUAGUGCUAUCCCUGUGUUUUCAUGCCUGCUUCCUUUAAAGAGGGGAUUAUUCCUCCUUCCCCUUGAAAUUGCCUCCAUCUCCGUGCCACACAUCCCUGCUUGACCCUAUACCAUCCCUCCUGCCAUACGCAGAAUGCCACCAAGCAUGGGGCAAGGGGUGGACUGGAUGGCCUUUGGGGGCCCCCCCUUUUUAAAAAAAGGCUAGUUUCUUCUCCCAGUCCCACCACCUGCUCCAGCUGGUAAGGGAGCCUUGAGAGGGCUUGAUGGUGGAGUGCCCGGUCGCCUGGGUUCUGGGUUCCAGUUAGGAUGUGCAUGGGAAUCUGGUUCUAGGCAGAGGUGAAAUGCGAUGCGGGUGGCAGGCAGCCAAGAUCCCUGCAUUCUCUGGGGAGGAAGUACAGUAUAAUAGGGGGACAUGGGGGUAUACAGUGGGAGCUACCACAGUGGUAUUUCUAUCCAGAUAUUUAAUUGAGGCUAAACCAGUGGCUCCCAAACCAUCAACCCAACCCCAGUGCCCCCUACCCUAUAAAAGGCAUGGUUCAAAAUAGCCCUUUGCAUGACCCACUAUCGCAAUAAAAUUCAAAACCCAAGGGGAGGGGUUAUAGAAGGCAUCCUCUAGCGUAGCUUCCUGCAGCUCAUAAAUGCGAUAGCAGCCUGAGAUUGUGGCUCUGGUUUUAAGGCAGGCAUGCUUCUGAACACCAGUUGCUGGAAAGGGCAGGAGAGGAAAGCCUUCUUCUGCUCGGGUCCUGCGUGCGAGUUUUCCCACAGACGCCUGGUUGGCCGCUGCAGCGGCGUAGCGUGGGUUGUCAGCACCCGGGGCAAGGCAAGUAAUUUGCGCCCCCUAACCCCUAACCUGCCGCCGCUGCCAGCUUCUUCUUGCUGCUGCCUGGUCUGGUGUGGUUCUCUCCCACGCUCAGCACUGCACUGGGCAGCCGCUGCACUGUCCUCCCCCAGAUAGUCCCUCACUCUCUCUCCGCACCGCACGCCUGGCACCCACCCCCUCCACAGUGGGUGGCGACCCAGCGGCUCGGAUCGGAUUCGCACAGCCAGCACUGCAGUGAGAGAGAGUGAGUGAGCCAGGUAGGGGCAGAGAGCUGCGAGUGCGAGCGCCCCCCCCCAGAUGUUGCGCCCGGUGCGGCCGGCCCCCCCUGCACCCCCCACGCUACGCCACUGGGCCGCUGUGAGAAGAGGGUGCCAUUCUCGGGGUGGCGCGUGUCCUGUGUGAGCUUUUGAGUUCCACAGAACUGUUCUUCGGAUAGGUGAAAAGAAUGCAGUGUCACUCAGUAGCUUGCUUGCAUGUCCCAAGCUUGCUGAAGUUGGUCUGGUUAUUAUGGGGUGUCCUCUCAUUUUGCCUGCAGCGUGUUUGCUGAGCACCUGCAGGCAUUUUCCCAAGUGCCACCAGGCUUAGGAUCAAAUGUCUGUUGACUCUUGUAAGCAAAUCCCCUGUGACGUGGCUCAGCCCUGGAACGUGGGCAGGAAGGAGUGAGUGGCUCUGGAGCAUGUGCAGAAUGCCUUUGCCUCUGAGCUGAGCAAUGACCAGCCACCUCCGGGUGGGAUGGUGUGUCCAGUCCAAUGUGGGUCUCACUCUUUAGCCUUCAGCCCAGGAGUCCUGACUCUCGAAGGAUGAGCAGGCCAUGAAGAUCAGGGCCGGCUCAGCCAUGAGGCAAGGUGAGGCGGCCUCAGGCGGCAAGAUCACCAGGGGCAGCAGAUCCGGCCUCCCAGGAAUGAAUAUCCUGCUGCUGUUUUUGCAGCUUGGCUGCGCUCCCUGCAGAUCAAGGCCGGCUGCCAUGGCAGCCGAUCUGAUCUCUGCACAAUUCCAUUUUUGGAUCGAGGCUUGUGGAUCCAUUCAUAAGAAUGCGAAAGCGCCUUUUUAAAAAAAAGGAAAAACAAUGAUCUUCACUGCAGUCGCUGCAAAUAGCGUUCUUUGGCCUGGGAGGCUGGAACCAGCUGCACUUUCAGCCGAUGUCCACAAGAGGGAGAGCCAAGACCACGGAAGGAGGCGAGAUAAUUCCCGCCCCCUUUAACCCCAAAUGCACAGGCUCCAGUUCCCUGCUGGGGGAUUAGAGGCUGUAAAACUCUUAAUCUGAGCCAUCGUGGAGCUUAGUGCUGGGACUGGGAGAUUCAGGACAGAUUAAAGGGAGCACUUCUUUUGCACAGCACAUUGUUGAACUAUGGAACUCGCUGCUGCAGGAAGCAGGGACGGCCGCCAAACUAGGUGGCUGCUAGCUAGCCCUGAUGUCUCAUCUUCUGCCUGCACAACUCAAUGCUGGAUCAGGCUCUUUUUGUGUUCUUAUGUCCAGAUUUUUCCCCUCCUGAGGUUUGCAGCAAACGUAUGAGAACAACGCAGGCUCGUAAGCAUGUGCAGAGUGCAUUUCUAGCUGAGAAAUGCAGGUAGGAUAAAAGAUAAAUGCUGUUGAGCAUCUAUAAAUGUGGUUCUUUCCUCCCCCCAUCACAACCAGCCAAACCAGUCACAACCAGUUCUCUAGCUCUCCAUAACAGCCCUUUGAGGUAGGCUCAGCCUGGGAGACGGCGGCUGGCUUUCGAGGUCGUCCGGCGACCUUCGUGGCCGAGUGGGGAUUUGAACCCAGGUCCCUCCCAGGUCUUAGACCAGCACUCUAAAGCGCUGCACAACACUGGCUCUCUGUGCAUGCUCAGGGCACCCUUUGCCAACGGAAAGCUACUUUGGCUGGGGUGAUGAGAAUCACUGUGCAAAAUAUCCGGGAGGUUGCAAAAGCUGGCUUAGGGGGCAAUUGGGGGCAGCUGGCCGGGCAGGCGGAAACCUCAGGAGGGAUGCAGUGGGCUGCCCCAUAGCAGAGGUUCUUUCCGUUUGGUUUUUCCUUCUCAGCCGCGAGAGGUGAGCUUGCAAGCCGCUAUUUUGCCGCCGCGACACAAUGCCGGGGUGUUUGGGCAAACCUUCAGCCUCGAUCCUUUUAUUUCUCCAGGGGAGGCUGGGGUAAUUCUGCUACUAAUUAUAGUUUUCAGCCAAUUUAGCCGGGCGCCUCCCUCCCCUCCCAGUUCCAGCCCCAUAUGCUCUUGCGAGGGGAACCGUAAGGCGGAGGCGUUGGGUUUAAUGAGCAGGUGUUGAGAAGAUGUUUGGCAAACGCCCCGGUCUCAAAUCUCAUCUCUUAGGGACUAGGCUCUUGUUAAUGCGUCUGUGAAUCGCGGUCCCCUGGCGCUGCGGUUUCUGGCGAACCAGAUGCAGAAGCCAUCAUCUGAGCUGGGGGGGGGCGUGCAGAAGAGAGAAGUUGGAUCGCCUGUCUUCCUUAUGUUUGGUUGGGUGAAGCCCCCCCACCACACAAAAAAUCAAAUUUAUUUCAUUUACCCUAGGAAAGAGCAAGCCAAGGUCACGUUUUGUACAGGGGGAGCCUUUUCUCUCCCCCUAAAUAUUUUUCCGCCUUCAACCCCUGGCUGACAAAGUGGGGAGAAUUGGCGCUGGAUUUGUAGGCCCUGAACAAUGGCUUUGUGACGGAAGAGGGAGCAUGGCUGCCUGCCAGGCAGGCAGAAAUUCACCAGGGAGUGCUUUCUGCCUCGUGAGCAGCUGCGGGAGGCAGAAAAUGGGUGCCCCAAGCUUUUUAUACCUGAAGGAGCGUCUCCACCCCCAUCGUUCUGCCCGGACACUGAGGUCCAGCUCCGAGGGCCUUCUGGCGGUUCCCUCACUGCAAGAAGCAAAGUUACAGGGAACCAGGCAGAGGGCCUUCUCGGUAGUGGCGCCCGCCCUAUGGAACACCCUCCCUUCAGAUGUCAAAGAGAAAAACAACUACCAAACUUUCAGAAGACAUCUGAAGGCAGCCCUGUUUAGGGAAGCCUUUAAUGUUUAGUAGGUUAUUGUAUUUUAGUGUUCUGUUGGAAACCCAGCCAGAUGGGCAGGGUAUAAAUAAUAAUAAUAAUAAUAAUAAUUAUUAUUAUUAUUAUUAUUAUUUCCGGCUGCAUAAACUUCGAAACUGAUGCAUGUCCAAAAGAUCUGGAGGGGGCCAGGCUGAGGGGAAGCAGGCCCUUGCUUCUCAGUACAAUUAACGCUCUAUGGUUCCCUCCCUGUGGUGCAACCCAAUCUAACCGCUAGGCAGCACAGCCGUGCAAAUCCGCCUUGCCACACCUUUUUAACCCUCUAGGGAGGCGAUGGAGGUCCCCUGUGUGGUGUGUCUGGCUUGUUAUUUGAGUGGCGGGCCACCUGUCGUGAGCAGAGGCCUGGGCCCGGCCCGGUGAGGCGAGCAACCGGAUCCCCACCAGGGAGGGAGGAGGCCAAGGCUUCACCUGUGUCCCAGCUGGCAGAGCAAGGCUCUCUGAUUCCAGAAAAACGGCCUUUCCCCCCAUAAUCGGGAGGCGGCAGGAUUCGAAAACGGGACCGGCUCCGGGAAAAGUGUGUGCGUCCUGCCAUUGAACUACGGAUCGGCCUUUUCGGCCUCGUUGGCAGGACCGGAACUCGCAACCUGGGCACGAAAAUCCCCGGUGGCCUUGAGCCGUUCUCUGUCUCUCGGCCUAACCUACUUUGCAGGGUUGUGAGGGGGAAACAGGUGAGGGGGGAAGCAUGAGUGGUUUUAAGAGUUGAGGCUGGAUUGCUAAGUCGGUAGAGCACGAGGCUCGUGAUCUCAGGGCCGUGGGUUCAAGUCCCGCGUGAGGCAAAAGAUUCCUGCGCUUCAGGGGGCUGGACUAGAUGACCGUUCUAAGUGUAUUCCAGGCUGGGUGCUUACUUAUUUAACUGGUUUUUAAAAUGUGUGUUUUCUGUUGCAUUUGUUUCCAUUUGGAUUGGGUCCUGCAUGGGGAGAAAGGAGGGAUAUAAAGGAAUUAAAAAUAAAAAUAAAAAUUGUAUGCCGCCUUGAGAUGAAAGAUGGGCUAGAAAUGCAACGGCAAAUAAAAAUGAAACGCAAUUUUUAUUCCCUUCCGGCACCACUUUCAAGGUUUUUAUUACCUCACAAAGGAGGGGGGUUGUUAGUGUCCGUGAGGAUAGAUCACUCAUCCAAACAGAUGUCCUGUCCAUAUUUUGCGAUGCAAUCUCAGACUCUGCAUUGAUCUCCUCCGCGCAGCACGCAGACGAACUGUGGAACUCCCUGCCACAAGACCCUGCGGCGGCCAUUCAUUUGGGUGGCUUCGAAAGAAGGCGAGACAAACCCAUGGAGGAAAAAGCUGUAGGACUAGAUUCUUAGGGUCCUCACCCCACAAAUUUCGUCUUUGGGGUCUCCGGAGGUGGGGUGGGGGACUUAUAGGCCUGAUAUUGUGGGGAGGAGGCAUCCUCUAAGGUUCGUUGUACAUCGGGGUGUGAGACCUGAAUGCGAAUUUCUCCGGAAUCGAGCGUGUUUUGUUCGUUGCGAACCCCCCGUCCUGCGUGGGAGGUCUCUCUCGCACCCCUCCUUUUUGAUGUGGGUGCAAGGAGACGUCGGCUUCCUGCUCUCAGUGCACAAAACAGGAAGCCCUGCCCCCCCACCCGAAAAAAAACCCAAAAGGUGGGUAGGAACGACCGGGCCCCAAACCUCCAGGCUUAGAAACUCAAGAGAUGUAAGCGAAUCGCUAAAUGGCGCUUUAAACCUGGGUCGCAGCGAUGGAAUAUCUAGGCCAGGAGUCAGCAAACUUUUUCAGCAGGGGGCCGGUCCACCGUCCCUCGGACCUUGUGGGGGGCCGGACUAUAUUUUUUUGAGGAAAAUGAACAAAUUCCUAUGCCCCACAAAUAACCCAGAGAUGGAUUUUAAAUAAAAGGACACAUUCUGCUCAUGUAAGAACACGCUGAUUCCCGGACUGUCCGUGGGCUGGAUUGAGAAGGGGAUUGGGCUGGAUCUGGCCCCCGGGCCUUGGUUUGCCUACCCAUGGUCUAGGCACCUUGUCAUUUCUCCCUAGUGGUACUGUAUUUUUCGCUCCAUAAGGCGCACCGGACCAUAAGGCGCACCUAGUUUUUAGAGGGGGAAAUCAAGAAAAAAAAUCUUAUUCCCCCCCUCAGCCCCAAAGAGCACCCGGUCAUCUUGGGGGCUUUUCCUGCUUGCCUCCCCCCUGCAUUCGCUCCAUAAGACGCACACACAUUUCCCCUUACUUUUUAGGAGGGGAAAAGUGCGUCUUAUGGAGCGAAAAAUACGGUAUUUGUUAUUUUGUUAUUUUUAUUCCUUUCAUUUCCAUACCUCGGUACAAUGGUACCUCGGGUUACAGACACUUCAGGUUACAGACUCCGCUAACCCAGAAAUAGUACCUCAGGUUAAGAACUUUGCUUCAGGAUGAGAACAGAAAUCGUGCUCCGGCGGCGCGGCAGCAGCAGGAGGCCCCAUUAGCUAAAGUGGUGCUUCAGGUUAAGAACAGUUUCAGGUUAAGAACGGACCUCCGGAACGAAUUAAGUACUUAACCUGAGGUACCACUGUACUGUAUAGUUUAAAGAAAAAUCUCAAAGCGGUUUGCAACACACUAAACGUCAAAUAAGACAAUCCGGAAUGAAACAAAUUGAAGCUUCAGGGAAAACAUCUCGCACCCUUCCCUUAAGUGGCGUUUGGCUUUCCCGGUGUUUUUUUUACCUGCUUAAUUUAUAGGAACCGGGACACGGGUGGCGCUGUGGGUUAAACCACAGAGCCUAGGACUUGCCGAUCGGAAGGUCAGUGGUUCAAAUCCCUGCGACGGGGUGAGCUCCCGUUGCUCAGUCCCUGCUCCUGCCAACCUAGCAGUUCGAAAGCACGUCAAAGGGCAAGUAGAUAAAUAGGUACCACUCCGGCGGGAAGGUAAACGGCUUUUCCGUGUGCUGCUCUGGUUCGCCAGAAGCGGCUUAGUCCUGCUGGCCACAUGACCCGGAAGCUGUACGCCGGCUCCCUCGGCCAAUAAAGCGAGAUGAGCGCCGCAACCCCAGAGUCGGCCACGACUGGACCUAAUGGUCAGGGGUCCCUUUACCUUUACUAAUUUAUAGGAACCUUCGGAAAGGGUCAUUCGACAGUGGAACAGACUGCCUUGGAGGGUGGCAGCCUCUCCUAUUUUAAAAUAGAGGCUGCCAGCGAUUCUUCACCUGGGAUUCCUGCAUCGCAGAAGGUUAGACUAGUGGACCUCUGGGGACCCCUGAAAUUCUGCGGUUCCAUGGUGCUCAAGAAUCCCUGGCAGGUAGCCACCCAACCUCUGUUUAAAAACCUCCAGCUAAGGUCAGUCCUCUGUCUUCUGAGGUCAUAGAAAGGUAGAACUGUAGAGUUGAAUGGGAUCCCCCAGCGGUCAUCUAGCCCAACCCGGAAUCACAGCUCAAGAUUCCCUGGCAGACGGCCACCCAGCCCCCUAUUUAAAAAGCUUUUAGCACGUUCGCCACCUUCUGAGCCUGCUUCUUGAGACGCACAAAAUGUUCCAGCCUCGGCUGAUGCGGAUACCGUAUAUUUCGCUCUAUAAGACGCACCAGACCACAAGACACACCUAGUUUUUGGAGGAGGAAAGCAAGAAAAAAAAUAUUCUGAAUCUCAGAAGCCAGAACAGCAAGAGGGAUCGCUGCACAGUGAAAGCAGUGAUCCCUCUUCCUGUUCUGGCUUCUGGGAUAGCUGCGCAGCCUGCAUUCGCUCCAUAAGACGCACACACAUUUCCCCUUUUUAGGAGGGAAAAAGUGAGUUUUAUAGAGCAAAAAAUACGAUAUUCGUUUUGGGGGGGCAGGCUUUCUAAUGCAUCCGACGAAACAGGCGCCGCCGGUCGACGAAAUCUCCCGCCACCAUAAACCGGUUCGUCGUCUUGCCGUUUGCCCUCCGGCCUGCCUCCUGGCUCCAACCGGCUGCUGGCAGGUUAAUCAUCAACCGCGGAGCACCUUUGCCCUCACCUGGAAAUGGAGGCGCAGGUGAUUCUCCUUCUCUUCCCCCCCCCACAAACCCCACACCACCCUUUGUCUCCAUCUGUCUGACGCUCCCUUUUCCCCAGGCGGAUGUGAGUUUGUGCAUCUCUGUGUGUGUGUGUGUGUGCAAAUCUCGCACCCACAUCCUUGCCCAGUCCUGCAACUUGCUUGCAUGGGAGAAUUUGUGGAGCAGGAAAGCUUAUUGCUCAGCAAUUUGUGGGUUCCCGCACCCCAGAUGUUGGGAACUCACGAGGAAGGGUGAGGCGCGGGGAGUUUUCGUGUUGCAACAGAGCUGGCCCACGCAGGUGCACCUUGCCUCUGUUCCCUGCCUGGGGAUCUGCGAAUCAUAGCGUUGGAAGGGGUUCCCCGAAGGCCAUCUAGUUCAACCCCUUGCAGUUCAGGAUUUGAACCCACAAGCCUGAGAUUAAGAGCCUCGCCGGCUGAACUAUGUUACGCCACAAGCCCCCUGCCUGUAGCCGCUGCAGGUUGGCAAUUUAUUAUUAUUAUUAUUAUUAUUAUUAUUAUUAUUAUUAUUAAAUUUAAUUUAUUUAACAUUACUAUUACACAAUAUAAGCAAAAUAGGCAAUUUAUUAUUAUUAUUAAAUUUAAUUUAUUUAACAUUACUAUUACAAAAUAUAAGCAAAAUAGGCAAUUUAUUAUUAUUGUUAUUAUUAAAUUUAUUUAACAUAAUUUUUACAAAAUAUAAGCAAAAUAGGCAAUUUAUUAUUAUUAUUAAAUUAAAUUUAUUUAACAUAAUUAUUACAAAAUAUAAGCAAAAUAGGCAAUUUAUUAUUAUUAUUAAUAACCUUUGCAUGCUGCCUUUCCCUCUGAGGAGCUCAAGGUGGUGAACAUGGCACCCCAUUUUAUCCUUAGGCUGAGAGAGGCGGUGAUCAUCCAGUGUGAAUAAUAAUAAUAAUAAUAAUUUAUUUAUACCCCGCCCAUCUGGCUGAGUUUCCCCAGCCACUCUGGGCGGCUCCCAAUCAAAUGUUAAAAACAAUACAGCAUUGAAUAUUAAAAACAUGACCGGGUGGGGAUUCAAACCGCGGUCACAGACCAGCACCCUAACCAUUACACCACACUGCCUCCCGGCAACACUUUCCUGGACAAAUAAAUGGCGGUGGCAAGGAAGGAAAAAAUAUUUCUGAGGGUAAGAGCGACUCAACCUCAGAAGGCGGUGGGCUCUCCUUCAUUGGAGGUUUUAAAACAGAUGGCUUUGUGUCAGAAAUUCUUUAGCUGUCAUUCCAUCACUGCCCGGGGUUGGGCUAGAUGGCCUCUGGGGGCCCCUUGACAGGUCUACGGUUUUACGACUCUUUAAAUCCAGCUGCGUUUUGCUCAUAGGAGUCCCACCGAAGCUGAAAGUCCUCCCUUAGAUCACACCUUUGCCAUACUUUUAAAGCAUUAUCAUACCACUCUGACAGCUUCCCCCCACCCAAGAAUCCUGGGAAUUGUAGUUUCUUAAGGGAACUGUAGUUUGUUAAGGUUGUUGGGAGACUCAUCACAGAGCUACAGUUUCCCAGAGCUCCCUGGGAGGAAGGUUUGGCUGUAAAACCGCUCUGGGAACUAUAGCUCCCUGCGGGGAAGAGGGCUCCCUAAGAACUCUCAGCAAACUACAGUUCCCAGGAUUGCGACAUUUACUGCUUUAAAUGUGUAAAUCCAGGGGCAGCCUGAGUCAUGCUCGUUAAUUUUAAUGGAUCCACGCUGAGCAUUUCUAACCCUGGAUGCCACCCAUCAUCCAGCGAGUCACGAACAGAAACCGUCAGGGCAGCCUGUGGCAAGAAGUUCCGCAGGCUAGCGUCUCCCUCUGCAAAGAAACCUUGCUCUUGUGUUGAGCAAUGGCGCGCACGGCUUGCGGGGCAGGGGUGGAGAGCAAGACUGAACUGGAUCGGGUCAACCGCCCGGGCAAAAGAUAAGGUCUGAAUCUGGCAGCAGUACGAGCUGAAGCUGGAACCUGCAGCUCUGGGUAGUGCAGCCUAGUGGGACCCCUUUCCUCAGCCUGUGUGGUUUGUGUGCGUGUUUGGCAGUUCACUCGCUUUGUAGCUGGCAAGAGCCGGCUACAGGUUUGCACAUCUUGCUGCUGUGUGGUAGAUUAGCUGCUGUGGAAUUGAACUGGAAUACAAAAAAGGGAGGUAUGAGGAGGUCCGGGAAACAAGUAAAUGAAAGUGAAGUGAUGAAAAGAUGGAAUUGUUUUUAAUUGUUCUUUUUUUGUAUUUUGUAUUUUUCUUUUUUCUAUUUUUCUUUUUCUUAUUUAUGUAUCCUUCUUUUGAAACUUUAAUAAAUAUAAAUUUAAUUUAUAUUUAUAAUUUAUAUAAGUAAAUUUAAUAAAUUAAAAAAAAAAUAGAUUAGCUGCUGUGGAAAGUGUCUGUGUGGGAUAUUUAAUGCUUUGCUAAUGCUUUACUGACUCCCUCAAAAGAUGGACUCUCCUCCAUGGAGGUUUUUAAGCCGAGAUUGGAUGGCCACCUGUCAUUUGUGAUCUAGUUGAGAUUCCUGCAUUACAGAGGGUUGGACUAGAUGACCAUUGGGGUCCCCCCUAACUCUAUGAUACCAAUUUAGCAUCUGUUCCCCAGUGGAGGAAGGUAGUCUGCCUUUGCAUCUAGUUUUCUACCCUGGGGGAGGAAGUGGGAAGAAAGUGCUGAGCAUCAUUCACGCUGUGCUGAAUCCCUUGGACCUAAGACUCGGCCCUGAAACUUAAAUUUCAGUGCUAGCCCUGAAGCAUGUGCAGAGUGCAUUGCUCCUUCCCCCUGUCAGCCUCUGAGUGCGCGCAGAGUGCAUCACUCCCUCCUGGUUAGCCUUUGAGUGUGCACUGAGUGCAUCACUCCUUCCCUGUUAGACUCUGAGUGCGUGCAGAGUCUAUCACUCCCUCCCCCAUUCAGCCUCUGGGUGCGCACAAAGUGCAUCCCUCCUUCCCCUGUCAGCCUCUGAGCAGGUGCAGAGUGCAUCGCUCCUUCCCCAUUAGCCUCUAAGUGUGCGCAGAGUGCAUCAUCCCCUCCACGUUAGCCUCUGAGUGCGUGCAGAGUGCAUCGCUCCCUCCCUCCCGUCACCCUCUGAGUGCGUGCAGAGUGCAUCGCUCCCUCCUGUCAGUCUCUGAGUGCGUGCAGAGUGCUCUGCUCCCUCCCAGCCCCCAACCUCCGGUCAUGCAUUGAGGCUUGAGCCCCAGCGCCUCUUAUUUGCGGAAGGGGGAAGCGGUGGGGGUCGCACCCCUGCUCUCCCCGUCUGUGCCUUGCCAAGUCGGCUGCAGGAGAUUGGGCUGGGGGGGGGGGCGAGGGAGCAAUCUGCCCCCCCCCGCGCACCCGCACACACAUGGCCGCUCAGCUGGGGUGCUUGCCCUGUUGCUAUGGGAACAGCGGCAGGAAUGUUUGCGCUCAUCCCCAGCCGCCCUAUUAACUUUACAGGGAUGCUGACAUCACCGGGCGCGGAGGCCAAUGGCGGCUCUGCAGCGGGGCUUGGUUGCCGGGGCGAUGGGGAGGGCAGGCCUGGAACAGCUGCCAGGAGAUUGCACGUGUGCGCACACACAUCCCACAGGGCACGCCCGGACACGCUCCCUCACGCAUGGAACACGCCUGCACACGCUAGCCCGCAUGGCCGGGGAGGGGGAGGGGAGCUGCGAUGUGCGCGCAUGGCAAACAUGCGCCGAGCGCAUGGUCCCUGUUAACUCUUUGCGCGCCAGGCCUACGGUUCCUGUGCGGGGCGCAUGGGAACAUGGGAAGCUGCCUCCUGCCGUGUCAGUCCAUCAGGGCCCCAUCGAGCCUAGCUUGGCUGCACUGGCUGGCAGCAGCGGCUGAGGGAAGUCUCUCCCUAUAGAGCUUCCCAGGCCAGGCCACUUGAGCGAUCCAAAUAUUUUCAUUAUUUUAUUGAUUAAAUUUGUACGCCGCCCUUCGUUUGUUGAUCUCGGAGCGGUUGGCAGCUUUGAAAGGCAAGAUAAAAACACAAAAUGCAUAAUAAAAACAAGGAACAGAAACAAAACAAAAGAAGAACGCCCCCCUCCAAAUAUCUGAAAGGCUUCAGGGUUUCUUGGAUUACAAACCAUUUUUGUUUGCAGGCCCCAUUGGCGAAAGCGUGUCUUGGGUUACAACCUGUUUUGGUUUCCAACCGGACCUCCGGAACGGAUUGUGGUUGUAAACCAAGGUAUCACUGUAUUUGUUUGCUACGUAAGUAGCCCCCAUUUUUCUCCACAACAACCCUGUGAGGUAGGAAGGGCUGAGAGAGGCAGCGGCUUGGCCCAAGGUCACGACUUGAGGGGGGCAUUUAACCGUGGUCUCUCCCAUUGCUCUAACCCAGGGCUCAGCAAACUUUUUCAGCAGUGGGCCAGUCCACUGUCCCUCAGACCUUGUGGGGGGCCGGACUGUAUUUUGGAAAAAAAUAUGAACUAAUUCCUAUGCCCCACAAAUAACCCAGAGAUGCGUUUUAAAUAAAAGGACACAUCCUACUCAUGUAAAAACACGCUGAUUCCUGGACCGUCCGCGGGCCGGAUCUGGCCCAAUCGUCUUCUAAAUCCGGCCCGGGCCUUAGUUUGCCUUCCCAUUCUCUAACCACUGGGUGUCUUGCGUGUGCGUGACUUAGGGUUCAACUAAUUCUUCCCAUUGUAAACUGGCUUAAGUGAUUUCUAAUAACUUCUAUUUAUAUUGUUUUAAUUCUCCGUUGGACCUUAUUGCAAAAGUGGAUUAGAAACCCUGUGAAAGACAAUGUCACUGCCUUUCCCCCCAAGAGCUCACGACAACCCUGUGAGGUAAAAAGGUAAAGGGUAAAGGGACCCCUGACCAUUAGGUCUAGUUGUGACCGACUCUGGGGUUGCGGCGCUCAUCUCGCUUUACUGGCCGAGGGAGCCGGCGUACAGCUUCCGGGUCAUGUGGCCAGCAGGACUAAGUCACUUCUGGCGAACCAGAGCAGCGCACGGAAAUGACGUUUACCUUCCUGCCGGAGUGGUACCUAUUUAUCUACUUGCACUUUGUGCUUUCGAACUGCUAGGUUGGCAGGAGCAGGGACCGAGCAACGGGAGCUCACCCCGUCAUUGCGGGGAUUCAAACCACUGACCUUCUGAUCGGCAAGUCCUAGGCUCUGUGGUUUAACCCACAGCACCACCCACAUCCCUGUAAAAGACAAUGUCACUGCCUUUCCUCCAAAGAGCUCACAUCAACCCUGUGAGGUAGGUUUAGGCUAAGAACGAGCAUUUACCAGCCUGCAAGUUCGCACCCAGUGAGAUCUGUGUGACCGACUGGGGAUUUGAACCCUGGUCUUUCCCAAGUCUGUGUCCUGUGCUCUAACCACUACACCACAGUGACGCUCGAGAGCCAGCUGGGAAGUCCAACCACGUGUGGAGAAUGAGUGCCACGCUGGCUACCUCAAUUUAAGAAGGAUGUUGACCAGCUGGAAGAUGUGCAGAGGGGGGCAGCCAAGGUGAUGAUGGGUCCGGAAACAAGGCCUGAUGAGGAACGUUUGAAGGAGCUGGAUAUGUUUAGCCUGGAGACACAGAGGAGAUACGAUAGCAGUCUUCAGAUAUCUAAAGCAGGGGUCGGCAGACUACGGCCCAGGGGCCAGAUGUGGCCAACCAGGAAGUUCCUGCAGCCAAUCCGAAGUCUCGCUGCCCGCGCGCUGAGAUAAACCCAGCGCGACCAUGGACAGAGAGGCCGGCGGGUGGGCGGGCAGUGGGUCUGGGCCGCGUCAUGGGCACUGUGAUGGGCACGUUGAGGGGCUUCAGCCGGAGCUUGGUGUGUCUGCUGGCCCUGCGCCUGGCGCCUGGCUCGGUGCUUCUGCUGGUGGCGCGCUUGGCGGCCGCAAUGGAGCGCGAGCUGUGCACCGCCUGCCCCACGCUCCACUUGUGCGGCCUACCCGCUGACCUGGCCUCGGACGACGGGCCACAGUGCAUGGUGCACGCUGCAUGGGAGCUCCGUGGGGACGGGCUGAUGGAGUGGCUGCCACUCAUCAACAACGCCAGUGAGCAGGCAGCACCGAGACGCACUCCUGAGCACGUGCAGAGUGCGUUCCUCCUCCAGGUCUGGAGGCAGCUGCGGGACCGGCUUGCAGGGUAUUUAUAUUUUUCAAAAUAUAGUCCAUCCCCCCCAACAAGGUCUGCGGGACAGUGGACUGGCCCCCUGAUGAAAAUGUUUGCUGACCCCUGAUCUAAAGGACGAUGGAGCAAGCGUGUUUUCUCCUGCUGCGGAUCGUAGGACUCGAACCAGCAGCUUGGAGAUUCCAACUACACAUUGGGAAUAGCUUUUUGAGGGUCAGAGCAACGCAGGACGGACUCCGUCGAAAGGUGGUGGACUCUCCUUUCUUUGAGGUUCCUCAGCAGAGGUUGGACGGCCAUCUGUGGGGGAUCCUUGAGCUGUGAUUCCUGGGGUUGGGCUGGAUGACCUUGAGGGGUCCCUCCCACAUCGGAAAGUCUGAACCUUUUGCACUCUGGGUUAAUUAAUCCAGAGUAGCUGCCUCCCUUGUGAUGGCAGGGGCGACUGAGAUGCGUUUGGGAGCGAGGGGAGCCCAGAGAGGGGCGUGCGGCUGUGUUUCACGCAGACACACCUGCAGGUGGUUCCUCUCCUCUGGGUGGUGGUUUUGAGAAACAUCUCUCAUUUCAGGUGGCCCAUCUGUUUCCUCAACAUCAAGGCAACCUGCUCCCCCCCCCCAAUCCCUUUGCGGGCAGGGGGUUGGUCUCCUGAACUACCAGCCGUUUUCACUUGCGGUCGUUCGCCCCUGGCUUUCGCUCUCUCUUCCGAGUGUGCAUCUGCGUGUCAUUCCAUAGAACCGCCGCCUUGGGCGGGACCUCCAGGGUCAUCUAGUCCAACCCGCUGCAACCACAGGACCGUUUCGCCCGAUGUGGGGCUCGAACCCACGGCCCUGAGAUCCAGAGCCUUGGGUUCUACCGACUGAGCUACCCCAAUCCCCCAGAGUUAGGUGCUUGUAGCGAUUUCCUUCUGAAGCGGUGCACUGCAUGGUCUGGGUUCGAGUGCUGUCGGGCGAAGACGCCUUCCCUGGACACCCAAUAGGUUUUCUGCAAAAGAACGACAAUUAAAACAACAAAAACAAGCAGGCUUCUAAUUCCUUUCCAGAUAUUUUCUGCAGAACUAUUCCUCCCAUCUCUGAGCAAGGCGCACCACCCACACAUUUUGCUGAUUUUGAGGCCUUUCAAAAGCAAACAAAACAAAACCAUUAUUUCCCCCCUGCUUACAAUUUUGGAGAGAGGGCAUAGAAAACAUCUCAUUUCUUCUUCUUCUUUGUUCAGAAGGGCUCAGUGCUUGCUUGCUUUCCCUCCCAAGUUCCUGUUGGCAAGGUCUCACCAUCUUACCUGGUGAGAGCCUACUUUGGUUUGGGGUAUUCUACUGCCACAGCGCAGCGCCUUAGAGCAACAGUUGCCUAGAGUGCUGUGUUUCCUGUUCCUCCGUGUUGCCUCUCCUCAUCUAUCUAUAGAUAAAAGUUUCGGGCGGCGUAUGUCCGUUGGGUUGGUGUGUUUGACAGCUGAUAGCUAUGUGCAGCGGCAAAGACAGGAAACAUAGUUUGCCACACUUUUUGAAAUUCGGAUCUGCCCCCCCCCCCCCAGAAGGGGAGGUUGGGGGGCGUGCUUCCUCCUCCCGCCCCCUCACCACAUGCCCACCCUAAAAAUGCCGCUGGUAUAUUUAUAGGGCUGGCGAGUUAUCCUUUGACUUCCUCUGGGCCCCUUUGUGGUUAGGGGGCAGGUUUGUGGGGCAGGGAUGGGUGGAUCUUCCUUGCUGAAGCCUGUGUCCCGUGCUAGUUGGCCCUUUGGAAUCAGUGAGCAGGACUUUGCUCCACUCAUUCCAAUAGGCCUACUCUGAGUUGGACUAGCAAUAGGUGCAGCCCUGAAUUUCUGUUCUAUGAAGCACCAGCAAUGGGAACUUUCUGCCCUACUUUCUGCGGCACGGCACAAGUAUUCCCAUUUCACAGGUGGAGAAAACUGAGGCCAGCUUUUGGAUCUGAGCCUUGCCUCUGUUUUCCAGGUCUGUCGCCCAUCUCUGUAGUGCCAGCUUGGCAGAAGCCUGAAAUUCUGAAAUGAAAGGGGUCUAAAUAUCCCCCCCCCCAUUGCCUCCUUUCCAAAGCUCAGGCUAAUUGCUACCAGAGCCGAAAUUCCAGGGCCUGGAAAAAACACAGGCAGGGUUUCCUGGCUUGGUUGUGAGUUUUCUGGAAAAUUGGGACGGGGAGUGAAACGGCAGGUGUAUAUGCGCCACAGAAACUUAAGCAGAGCAAAGGAUUCUGGGAGUCACGCCAACCCUCACAGUGUGUUCUAUAAGCAAAGGUGGGCUGGCUCACUGGGCUGUGCACCAAUGCUAACAACCCCCCCCCUUUUUUGCAGAGCAGGGGUCCCUCACCGGUCCUGUCAGCCCUCACCCCCAAGACCUCUGACCCCUUGGAACCAGCAGCCCCUGCCAAUCUCCCCAAAUACAGCAAGUGCAAUUCUUAUUUGCCUCUAUGGUUUCCCUGUGAUCCAAGGGGUGGGUGGUGGUAUCUUCUUCCCUCCUUCAUAAUAUCCCCACCACCACCUUUUCUUGCUCCCAUUUCACAGACCUGGAGGACUGAGCCCAUUACAGGGAAACCUCUUGAAACCCUCCCGGCUGUUGCCGAAAGAUUCCCAGCGAUGCCUCUCUGCAGAAGCUGCAAAUUAUUUUUUUAUCAGUUUUCGAGAGAGAAUUUGAGGGGUGGGGAGUCUCAGAGAGGUAGGGAAAACCCAGUUUUGAACCUGUUCUGCUCCUGGAAGCGCUCCCAUUGGCUAGCAGGGUUGGGUCCCCCCCCCCCUGCCCUGAUUGGCUGCCCAUUGCCAACAUGACAGGCUGCCAGGGGGUCAGCCCACAGUGGCACAGCUGUGGAGGGGUGGAGCGCCCCCCCUGCUUCGUGUGACACUUCUGCUCUGCUGCACGUAAUUUUUUGGGGGGGGCUUCUCUCCUCUCUGCUUUCAAGCCAGGGGAGGGAGCUUUUGGCAUCUCUCUCUCUCCCCCCCCCCCCGGGAAUUACAGGGGAAAGGGGACUUUGGAGAGGUGUAGGAAUGAGAAAAUAUAAUUCGAGUUUGUGGGCGAGCUUGAUGGCUCAGGAAUCCAUGCGAGGGUCUCUGCUAAGCAGCUUGUGGCCGGAGAGUCAGGGUGCUGGGUCCCCGGAUGCCUGGGUCCUCUGGGAGAGAGACCAGGGCCUCGGGAGGGCCUUAGUCACCAGGUGCAGCCCUCGCUGGGAGAGAGCUAUUCUCUCCACCUUGCCUUUACAAGUAAGCUUAUAUAACGGCUGCUGCUCUUAACUUGUCCUCAUCUGAACUGUCUCUCUCUCUGUUCUCAAUGGGGGGGUGGGGAGAUGAGGGGGUGGUUGUGGCAGCUUUGUGGAUCACGCUGUGGGGAGGGGGUGGGAAGGAGGGAGGGAGGGAGAGAGAGAUAAAAAAGAAACAUCCGCUGCAAAGAAAGGAAAUCUGGGUAUGUGGGUCAAGGUUCUACUGCUCCAGUUUUCGUUUUCCCAGUUUCUCAACACCUUUCCUAACCUCCCGGCCCCCUCGCCUCCCUACAUGGUCUUGAAAAAGCACAUUUAUUUGCUCUCUGUGUGUGAGAGAGAGGAUAGUUUGCAAAUUUGGAGCCAGCCCCCGCAACGCAAGGCCACAGUGACCUCUGUCAAUCCUCUUUGCCCGGCCCCCUGGCCUGAGGUCACUUCUGGAGUGGGCUGAAUUUGUGAGCCAUAUUGCAAACGUGGACCGAAAGAGCUGGGUGUGUGUGGGGGGAGAUCCACCUUUGCCCCCUUCUUUUCGGUGUCCCUAGGGUGGGGGAGCGGCCCAAAGUGAGGUGCAGGGGAACGGCACCAAUGCGAAGCCUGGAAAAGCAAGCCCCCAUCCUACCCACACCCCCAGAGAAGCAAGAAUUGCAGCUCUCUCUGGUGUGGAAAUAGAAGCAGACGUGCCGUUUUGCAAAACAGGGGUUUGGGCGGUUUUUUGGUGUGCGGCGGUCUGGAAUUGUGCCGGGCGGGGGGAGCACUGCAGAAAUGUGAGUAGGGGUGUCCUGUCUGGUGUGUGUAGAUUGGGGGUGCAGGAAGGCAACAGAGCAAAGGCAGCGGUGGGGUUUUCGCUCCACCCAGAAGCCUCUGGUGCAGCUGUUCCUCUCUCCCUUGUGCCGCGAGGUCAGAGGUCGGGGUGAAAGGUCGCUGGAGAUUACGCUGCCUCCACACGUGCCCUCCGGCAGUUGCCGGGUAACGCAGGAGGACCCCCCCACACUUGCUCCGCUCUCCAUUCACGCCGGAGCUAUAAAUAUUCUCCAGGUCCCCCCUGGGACCUGUCUUGCUCAAUUGCAAAGGGGGGGGCAGAGGCUGUGUGUUCAUCUCCGUCCGGGGAAGACAGGCCUUCUUACACAAGGGGCACGCUCAGCACCCUCCCAACAAGACUCCCUUCCCCGAGUCGCCCACAAAGGCUUGUCCCCACCCACUAGGCCCCACUACCCUCCCUCUGCCCACCAGCCUCUGAGGUUGGGACCCAGGAAUCUUGCUCCGCAGCUGUCAAGCCUGUUUGCUGUGGAGUGGGGGAACUUAAGAACGUGAGGAAAGCCAGCUGGAUCAGGCCACUGGCCCCAUCCUGUUCUCACAGCGGCCGCCCGGGUGCCCUUUGUGGGAACCCCCCCCCCCCAGCAGGAUCCGAGCGCGAAAGCCCUCUUCCCUGCUGUGGUUUCUGGCAGUCGGAAACAUCCUUGCAGAGACCCCUUGCCCUUUUCCUGGGAUGGUGGGGCAGCAAAACUUUGAUUCCUGCUGGGUUGAGGGGUGUCUUCCUGGAGGGGGUGGGCAGCAGGGUGAGGAAGCUAGCCUUAAAAAAUCAGUAAACGGCCUCAAAGGCCCAGUAUACCUGAAGGAGCGUCUCCACCCACAUCUUUCAGCCCAGCACUGAGAUCCAGCGCCGAGGGCCUUCGGGUGGUUCCCUCAUUGCAAGAAGUGAGGUUACAGGGAACCAGGCAGAGGGCCUUCUCGGUGGUGGCGCCCGCCCUGUGGAACGCCUUCCCUUCAGAUGUGAAGGAAAUAAGCAGCUAUCUUCUCUUUAAAAGACAUCUGAAGGCAGCCCUGUUUAGGGAAGUUUUUAAUAUUUAAUGCUGUAUUGUUUUUAACACUCGAUUGGAAGCUGCCCAGAGUGGCUGGGGAAACUCAGCCAGAUGGGCGGGGUAUAAAUAAAUUAUUAUUAUUAUUAUUAUUAUUAUUAUUAUUAUUAUUAUUAUUAUUAAAUGCAUAUGGUCACCCACAGCAUAGGUUGAGAUCCGUUGUGAUUCCUGCAUUGCAGGGACUUGGAAUAAAUGACCCCUCAGGGUCUUUGCAACACAACAAGUUCCAUGAUUCUAUAAGGACGCUGAGAUGAUGGUGAUGAUUUAUUAGGUUUCUAUACCGCCCUUCCUCAAAAGAACUCAGGGCAAUUCACAAGAUAAAAAUACAAGGUAAAAACACAAAUAUUGAAACCAAAGCAACAAGACAUGCUUCCCCUUUGCUUCCCUGUGUGCCCACUGCUUUCUGGGGACGCCCCAUUUCAAGAAGGCUUUGAGGCACAUGUCCCGAGCAAAUGGAAAUGUGUGACCUGGGCAGUGGCACACAGACCUGGCAGAAUUUCCACCAUGGUGAGGAGAGUCUCUCACGCUCGGGUCCUGCUUGCAGGUUUCCUAUGGAGGCAUCUGGUCGGCUGCUUUGAGAACAGAAGGCUGGCCUAGAUGGGGCCCUCUCUGGCCUGAUCCGGCAACCGACCAGGCUCUUCUGGACUUCUUGAUUGCUGCACCCGUGUUUCCCCGGUGCACACGUUCCUGGAUGCUUUGAGGUGCUGUUUGGCUUAUGCACAUGCCCACAGGCUUCUCGAACAGUGGAGGGGGGGCGCAUGGCAGCGCACCGCUCAGAAUCCAUGUGGCCGCUUUUGAGUUUGCACAUGGCUACGCGAUCUUGACUGCAGGUCAAAUGCUGUGUUUCCUGCAGCCAGAGAGUGUGUGUGUCCUCAGCGUCUCUCUUGCACACGGUCUUCCAACCUGGACCGUCCUCCUCCCCCUGCACUGAUUCAGAGGCGGUUGCCGUGUGUGUGUGUCUUAGUGUAGACAUCUGCCUCCCAUCUGUGUUUUCAGGAUGGUGAAAUGUGCUCUGUGGGAUUUUUGGUGGUACGGAAAAGUUGUGUGGGGCUCUCUUUCUCCCCCUGUUUCUGCAUCCCAGGACAGAACUGAGGGAUUCUGAAAAGCUCAACCGGUACAGCGUGAGACUCUUAAUCUCAGGGUUGUGGGUUCGAGUCCCGUAUCGAGCAAAAAGAUUCCUGCGUUGCAGUGGGUCCGACUAGAUGACCCUCGGUGUCCCUUCCAAGCCUACAAUUCUAUGAUAAGGUUGCUCUGAGGUUCUCGCUGUGAAUCGUGGCGCUUUCUUUGUACAGUCAUACCUCAGGUUACAGACGUUUCAGGUUGCGUUUUUUCGGGCUACGGACCCGCCGAAACCUGGGAGUACCAGAAUGGGUUGCUUCUGGGUUUCGCGCAUGCGCAGAAGCGCUAAACCACACUUUGCACAUGCGCAGAAGCGCCAAAUCGCAACCUGCACGUGUGCUGCGGAUUGCGAACGUGCAUCCCGCAUGGAUCACGUUCGCAACCUGAGCGUCCACUGUAUUAAACUCUUGUCACUUGGUAAAUAGGUGCUGGGAUGUGGGAAGGUGAGGUCCAAACUUGUGCAGAUGUUUGGUUGUGGUUGUGGUGACAAUGAGGAAAGUGCCUUUCUGUGCAUGCCCAGAGGCAUAGUGUCCCUACCAGCCAACUGGCCAUUGAAACACAUGGGGUUCCUGCCAGAUUCUGGAGGCGGCAACUCAGGGAAGAGAGGGGCAGCUCAUUGGAUCCCACUUACUUUUUCUCCCCCCACAACCCGCCCCAUGCUGGAAACCCCUUCCAUGUGCCCUUGACGUUGCCAGCACGAGGAGAGCGCAUAGUACGCGCCAGAUUGCCAGAUAUUGCAAGCAGAACAGAUUAUGCAAGUCACAGAUUGUAGCAAGCCUCCAUCCUGCUGCCAGCGUCUGAAAUUCUGAAUUUAUGUUCCGUGGGGGGGGGGGGGUAGUGUUGGGAAAUUUGCCCUGGCCGGGAUGCUGAUACAUACCUGCUGUGUCCAAGGUCUGGAGCAAGACAAAGAGGAGGGCAAAAUGUUUAGAAGGCAAGGCAGACGUAUCUGGCUACAAAAACAAAAUGAAGUUAAGGGGUGGCUGAGAAACUGUUGUGCGUUUCAAAAGGGAUGUUUGGAAAGUCGGAGAUUUCGGGACGGGCAUUUCCUAGAGUAAAAGGGAGAUGUUGAAAGCUAGGGGACCCCACCCACCCCACCUGAAAGUUCACCUUGCAGCCGUGAGGAUUGUGCAGCCAGGCGCCAGACUUUCCCGUCCGCGCCAUCAACGCGCAGGUAACCCAGCCGGGCGCAGAGCGCGUGGCUGCUGUUCGCGGCCACUCCGGUCCGUCCACCUUGCGCGCCCACCCGCCGGCUGGAGACCCGCUUGGAAAGGCGCAAACCCCGGCCAAUUUUCCUACGUGCUUAAAUCCUCCAUCACCCCUCCCUCCGUGCCCGCCCGCUCCUCUCCUGCAGCGGCCUCCGUGCGCCCAGCCGCCCGUGCGCCCUCCUGCGCUGCGCCCCUCUCCAAAUCUCCCGGUUCCAUAACGCACUCUCCACCUUCCCGAGCCAUUUGCGCCCUGCAUCCCGCUCCGCGCACCUGCCCGUCUUUCCCCCCCACCACUCCACCCUUCCCCCCCUCCAGGAAUAAUAAUAAUAAUAAUAACAACAACAAUUCGCUGCUUGCGAAAAUCCACCCCCGGCGCCCUGCCUUCUUGGCUCUUGCGCGCCUCUCCUCUUCGCUCGCUCGCUUCCUUCCUUCCUUCCCUGGCGCUCCCGGUGCGCUUCCACCAGCGGCCUCUCCGGCGCAUGGGAGCAUGUGAGCGAGGCUGGGAACAUGGAAGUGAGGCGGCCUUUUUGCCGGAAAGGGAGGGGGGCGGCAGGAGGAGGCGGAGGCGGAGGGAUGUCUGGGCUCGGGGAAGGGAGGGGGGCCUGCGAGGGGGUUGGGCAAUGAACACAACCCUCAUUUCUUUGUUUGAGUAGAGACCGAGGGAGGGGAGGGGGGGCGCUGGAGCGAGCCGAGGCAAGCAAAGCCCAGCCAUCGAGUGUGCACGGGAGUUUUAGUACAGAGAGCUCUGAGCGCCCGAAACCCUGUGGAUUGAUCCCAGUUGGCACUAAAGUCUGCUCCCCAAAGAAGCAAGAUUGGCCAUUUUUUCUUUUCUUUUCUUUUUUCCCCUCUCUCUCCUCCCCUCCCACCCCCCAAUUUCGAUUUUUUUUUUCACCCCUUCCUCUCCCCCGUGGGGUGCUGAUUUUUUUUUUUUGGUGUUUUUUUGGGAAAAUUCGCCAAUAUUGUACAUUUUCUUCUUCUUCAAUUUUUUGGGUUUUAUUUUUAUUUUUUGGUUUUUCCAUCCUUCCUCCUGGCCGGGCGAGGGGAGAUCCCGAGGAACAAAGCCCUCCUCCCUCCCCACCCUCGCAACCUUAACAGUCCCCUUCCUGCAGGUAACGUUGGAUCCGCACCCCCAAACCCCCCAUUUGCUGUCUUGUGUCUGGUUCCCCCUCCCCUCCCUCUCUCUCUUUUCUCCCCUCCUUCUGCCAGUUUUCGGGGAUCUCGCUGUAAACGUGUGUGCGCUGGUGUGUGUGUGUGUGUGUGUGUGUGUGUGUGCUGGGGGGGGUGUUGCAGCCUGUGUGUGUGUGUGUGUGUCUGGUUGGAGGGGAGCUGCGUUGUGUGUAAGGUCUUUUCCUGGCUGCUACUGCUGGCUUUGUUAUCUUGCCUGGAAGAGAGAAGACAAGCGAGGAGGAAGGGAAGGGAAGACUGGCGGAGGAGGACGACAGGGUGGGGGGAGCCCAGUCUGCCACAGGCCUGGCCGACUCCUGCGCUCACCUUGCAUGCCACCUUUAAAGGAACAGGCGUCAGACCAGGGUUCGGCAGACAGACGGACGGACGGCACACUUUUGGAGUGAGCUUCCUGCAGCAGCACCCGUGCGCACCCCUGGACUUGCCCAGCUCCGGAUGGGUAGCCUACAGAGCCGGCCUCCCUUGGCGGAGUAGGGCGCAAAUGGACUGGAGUUGGCCAGACCCUUCUGGCCGAACCGGAGGACGGACCCACGCCACAGCCGGGGCAGGAACCCGAUGGAGUUUCGCUGGGUCGCGGCUUCACCCUGAACGCAGCUUCUGUGGCCUGGCCGUGCCACCCCUGCCCGACCGGUAGAUCAGAAAGGAGCCCGUGGCUACAACCUGCUGGGCCCCAGGCGAUGUGGUGGUAGAGGAGGUACAACAGAACCCCCAAAGUCCCUCCGGCGGUUUCUGCAGCUGGAGCAAAUUGGGGGGGUGGGGGUGCCCCGGCUUGGUGGGAUGACGGACCUCCGCUCAGGGCGCCUCCGUUGACCUGCACACAUUGCGGCAUGGAAGUAGGACUUUGUGUUUUUUUGGGGGGGUGCCCACUUUCUUGGAGGUCGGGACACCCAAAAUCCCCUUCCGGUGAGUGUGGAGAUCAGCUUGGCUGUUAUGUUGCUGAUCUUGCCUGUUUUUUUACGGCUUGGGCCGAAUCGCGGUUGGGAGUCAGAGGCCCAGACCCUGAUGUGAGGACGUCCGGUCUCUUAAUGUGUCCCUUUUUGGGGUGAUGGCGCAGAGAUGUCUUUGGGGGAGUUGUGGCAGAGCAGAGAGAAUACCCCUGGCUCUUGGAGCUGCUGGGAACAGGCUUGCGGGUUGGGGAGCUCAGGCACAGCUGGUGUGGCCUGCCUUUUAACUGUGCAACUUUGCACAAACUCUCCCCAACCCCCACCCCACGGUCUUGCUGCGCCCAGAUCCUGGUUCCUCCAGACUGGGCAGGAUCUGACCCCCUGUGCCAGUUUGAAAAGCAGCACUUUUCCGUCCUCUGUGGGGCAAGGCCCCAGAAUUGCUGGGCUCUUGUGUGGCUUUCUUGUUUCCAAAGCAAGUGUAAGGGGGUUGUUGUGUCUCUAUAACAGGCAGAGAGACCCCUUUCCGCCUGUGAAUAUUCAGAGGGGGCUGCGAGUGGAACUGAUUUGAGACAAGUGUGUUCCCAACUGCCGGGGGAAGUCAGGAUUGAGUUGCGAUCUGUGGGGUGGGAAAGGCCGCAAAUCAUAUGGGGGCGCCCUCCUGUUUGGGGGUUUGACCGGAAUGUGCAUUUUGGGGGUGCCAAGGGUGGCACAGAGGUGUUUGUCAAGGGGGGGCAGACACCCUCGGUGGAUUCAUUUUUCUUGAAACUGGUGGGAAAGAGCAAGUGCAGAAAGUUUUGAGAAUAGUAAGUGGUGGUGAGGAGGUUGGAUCCAGCAACUGUGACUUUAGUUGAGUGUGUGGGGCUGCAAUCAGUUUGCAAUAGACGUUCAUGGGGGGUGGGGUAUGACUUGCAAACUCCAGCCCCCUUGCCCUUAAUGGUUUUUUUUUGUGGGGGGGGGAGUGUGUUCCAAGGUUAAGAGUUUUGAAACAAAGUCCAUACAAGACUCGGUUUGCUUGGGGGGGGCUCUCUUUUUUUACAGGGGGGUGGGGAGACAGAAAGUUGAAUCGAGGAUAGUGGCGAAGCAAGCAGCUUAGAUAAUCUGCAUCUGUUUCCUCCAAGGAGCUGAUAGCAUGGCAAGCCUCUUAGCCUUUGCUGAGGCUUGUCUGCCAGGAAGUGAGCAGGGUGCAAAGUGGAGAGAAAGAGUGCCUCUGAGAGCGUACAGAGUGUCUUCCGGCUGCCACUGAGCGCUCGCAGCUGGGGCUUUGGGGCUGGGGUGGUGGUGGAGGAGGGAGAUAGUUGUACAGAGCUACGCAUUGGUGUGGGUUGGGGGUGCUAGGAAUAAUGUGAAAGGGGAGCAUGUUCCAAUGCUUACCUGCAGCUCCAGGUGCUUAAGUGUGCGCCUGGCCCUUUAAGAGUGCCCAGGUGAAGCAGGACAGGUGCGCUGUGAUGAGGGUGGCACCUACUGGCUGACAAACGAGUCAAGCAAGGCGGCAGCUUUCUCCUAGCGCAGAAAGGGAGCCCAGGUGAGGCCACACAGUGCUGAUUUUUUGCCCCCUGCAAAUCUAUAUCUUUUGAUGUUUGCUGCCUCUUCACUGCGCUGAAUAGGGCAGGUGUGUGUGUGAUUGUGUGUGUACUUAUUAGAAGAAAUGCUUUUCGUUUUAGGUGCGUUUGAGCGAGACAUAAAGGGAAGCUCUGGCUCCGUCUCACAGUUGGGCAAUCUUCUCCGGCUGAGAAAACCCCGACUUGUGAAUGCUUGGCACUGGCCCCUGGUUUUUAGGGGGAGCUGGCUGGUGUGGCGGCCCUGCUGGGGUCGGCCGGUCGCCCUGGCCACACUUUUGUGCCCAGGGGUCAUUGUGUGUGUCCAUCCAGAUGUGUUGUCCGAGGGCAUUGGCUUUGGGGGUGGGGGUCCUAGGUGGGUGACGACGAUGCCCUCCCUGGGUACGAAUGGGGACCUCUCCACCUCUUCCCCCACACCCCCACUGCCCGGCCUGCCUCACACUCUCACUUUCCCCGAAACCGUGUCACAUGGUCUCUCCUUGUGGGUUGGCUCAAAGCAGCAAGGGCUGCUGGGAGCCCGGACACCUGGGUUCUAUCCUUGCUCAGCUCCAGGAAAAGGGAUUUAUGUGGGCUUGCCGAAAUGAGAUUUUGGAGGGAAGGUUUUGGGUUGCCGGGUAGGUUCGGGUGCUUCUGUCCUCCUGAACACCAAAGUGGAGGGGGGGGAAGAGAUUUUAUAGAGACAAACGCCAGAACUCCUGGGUUCCCUGGGAGUGGAAUAUUUGAGGUUUCGGCCAAAGGAGGUGCCUGGGAGCCAGAACGAACCUCGUGGGUCCUUCCCACUUCCUGGCGUGUUUUUCCUGAGGAGAGAGAGAAAAAGAGAAAAAACCGGGGCGGGAAAAAAGUUUGUGGGGGCCUGGAAGUGUGCCUGUGAUCUGGGCCAAGCCCUAUGCCGCCCCCACAAUUGUGCCUCUGGGGGGUUUUAAUGAACAGCCCCCACCCGGCAUCUGCCCCCUUCCCUCAGUCCUUGUUUUAAAAAGGACAAUUUGGGGUGUGGGCUCUUGGUUAACCCCUCCCCACACCAAAUCCCAGCCCGUGCUCCCCUUCUCCCCCCCCCACGCCACUUAUUUCAUAAAAUGUAUAUACUGCUUGAUUGUAACCCCUACCCAUAAAACCUCAAAGUGUUUCACAUAUGAGACCCCCCAAAAAAACCUUAGCGUAAAAACUCUCCCCUAAAAUACUCCUUCACUGCAUAGGAAUCUCCAGAUAUCCCCGUUAAAAAAUAUAUGUUUAAAGUCCUCUGACCUCCCUCGGCCCCAGAGAUUAGGACUCCCCACCCCACCCAAAAAUGAUAGGCCCCCAUAGAACAGUUUAAACUCCCCCCCUCAUUUUUUAUUAUUAUAUCAGCCUGCUGUUUCCCCCCUGCUUGUUUUCUCUGGUGGGGAAUUAAGAUGGGGGGGGGUCUGAUUCCAGGGAAUUGGGGUGUCAGGAGGUUGAACAUACACCCACUUUCUACUUAGCCCCCCAAUUUUUUUUUGCUUCUUUCUGGGAGGCAGAAAGUUAGCUGAAGUCGUUGCUGUUUAGAAUUGAAACCCCAAAUUUCUUUUAUUCAUUGGAUUUUGUGUGCGUGUGUUUACACCUGUGUUGAUAAUAUAUUAUAUACAUCUGGUGUUUCCUUAUGCUUUUCUUUCCCUCCCCCCUGUUUGGAAAACCACUUCCGUGCAGGGGAAGGCGUGGAAAUUUCACACAAGGUGCUCCUUGUGAGGAAGGAAAGUGUGUUAGCUAUACCUGGUUGCUGGUUACUCAGGGCUAGGGACUUGUGGGAUCCUGCCCUCUCUCCUACACAGAGAUGUAAUAACCCAGAAAUCGUACCUUGGGUUAAGAACUUUGCUUCAGGAUAAGAACAGAAAUCGGGCUUCAGCGGCAGCAGGAGGCCCCAUUAGCUAAAGUGGUGCUUCAGGUUAAGAACAGUUUCAGGUUAAGAACGGACCUCCGGAACGAAUUAAGUACUUAACCUGAGGUACCACUGUAGAUUUAAAGCAAUAUUAUAGGAUUACAGAAUUGUAGGGUUGAAAGGGACCCAAGGGUCAUCUAGUCCAACCCCCUGCAAGGCAGGAAACUUUUUGCCCAACGUGGGGCUUUUUAAAAACACAGCUUUAUAUAGCCACGGCUUCCCCUCCAUUCAACAACUCCUGGGAACUGUAGUUUGCUAAGGGUGGGGAGAGUCGCCGGGAGAUGCCUAUUCCCCCUUCCCAGAGCUACAGUCCCCAGUGUUUUUCGGGACUGUUAGACCACUGAGGACUGAAAUUCUGGGAGAGGAAUAGGGGUCCCUGAAUGACUUGCCACUCUGAACCAAUACAAGAUUUCCCAGGAUUCUUUGGGACUGGACUGGCACGACAACGGCUUUAAAUGCAUAGUGAAAUUGCGGCCUUGCGUUAAAAAUAGAAGGGGGGAACCCCCAAACUGGGAUUUAGGUUGAAAUAAAUUGGCUGUUGUUUUUUGUCUUGCUUUGGGGAGAGAACAAGGGUCUGUGUGAGUGUGUAAAGUUUCGGCGCAUGUUAGCCAAAGCGUAGCUUACAGCCCUGCUCCUGGUGUAUCACAGGCAUGGCCAACUAAUGUUUUGGACUCCCAGGGGCUGAUGGGAGUUGUAGUCCAAAACAUCUGGUGGGGCGGUCCCAGGUUAGUGAAGCACCAGUGAAGCUUUAGGGCUACGGAAUUGGGGGUGGGGAAUCUCAACCCUUGAGUCCCGUUUUCCUGUCACAAAAACCUUCCAAUAUUGAUUUACUUGCUGCAUUUAUACCCCACAAUUUUUCCUGUUAAGGAGGACCACAAGGUGGCAUAAAUGGCUGGCCUACACUUAAUCCCGCACAACAACCCUGAGAGAGGCAGGUCACCCAUGUUGAGAGAAGACCCUCAAAGUAGCUUGGGCGAAAGGUUUGGGUUUCUAUUCAUUAUUUUUAUUAUUUUUUAGUGAGUGACUGUGGCGGCUGACAUGAGCCGGCAGGAAGAGAAUUACCUAUACUCAUAUCUGCUAGUGCAGAUCUUGUUCCAGGGUGCAGAGAAGGAGAGAUAAGGACCCCAGGGGCUGCCCUUGCCUGGGGGGGGUGCACAGAAACGAGAAAAACCACCCCUGCAUAGGGGUCCUCGAGGCGGAGGUGCCGGAAGGGAGCAUCUGUGCGCGUGGAGAAGGCAGAAGGUGGCGCAUGGCUGCAGUUGUCUGCCCCGUCUUGCCAGCUCCUCCUGCCCUUACCUCUGCGCUUUCCCUCCUCUGUCGGAGGCAGCGCGCUGGGAAAUCGCAAAUGCGCCGUGAGGCCGGAAAGCUGGACUAAAAGUGGGCUGCUAGCCCGAUCCAACCCGAAUAUGUUAUGUCCUACCCUCUACUACCCUCUACUAGGGUAGAGAACAGUUAUCGUGUCAGGUCCUGAGGUAGGCAAAAAAAAUGAAAAUCUCCUUUUUGGGCCAGUUUGGGCUGGUGUAGAAUGUGUUGCCUGCUGCAUUUGCAAAACGCAACCCAAACUUCGCUCGGCAAAAAGAGAUAAAAUAAAAUAAAGCAAAGCCUGAUUCCGGGCUCCUCCCCUUUCCCAGGGGGUGCUUGUUGUGGGCCAAAAAUACCCGCAAGGGUCCUCCUGCGCCAGCGGGCCCAGCUGCCUGCGCCACACCAGGGUGGCGUUACAUCAUCAGGCGCUGCGGAUUGCGGUCUCUUGCAUCAUCAGGGCAGGACACCAGCUGCUGCGCCGUGGAAGCACACGUGGGGCCGGUUUCGCGCUCUCAGCUUCCCAGCGAGGCCAAAUCCCCAACCUCUUGGCUCUGCUGCUUCUCUCUCUCUCCCCCACCCCCCAGCCUAAUUGUACAUUGCCAGAAGGCCGCCCCCCGCCAUUCAUCUGACACAGAAUGAAAAUAGAACUGUCCUGGAAGCAUUUUUUAAAAAUCUGGGUGUCCCAAGGAUGUUUGCAUGUGGGUGUUGAAGGACUCGUGGGACCUCUUCUCAGGCCUCGCAGGCCCCAAAGCGGGCGUUUUUUUGUUUUAUUUUUUGUGGGAAAGGGCAUUUCCAAAUGAAUGGGGAGCGGGAGAUGGGGAGCCUACCCUUCCGUACGGCAAACGGCGAAACGUUGCGCAUUGAAGCGCAUGAAACCCCAGUGAUCACGUUGGGAACGAAUGGCGUGCUGUGAGCAAGAUUAAAAGUCCCACCGCAGGGAGGAGCUAAUUUGCUGGGUGAGGAAAGCAGGGCAAGAGUGUUCAUCAAUAUUUUUUUUUUUAAAUGGCGCCAGUUGCUUGAUUCUUAACUGGUUGCCGUACUUAUUUCCCACUUUUUGUGCGCAUGCUUACACGUGUACAACCGCUCGCUUUGGUGGUUGCGAAUACAGAACCAGAGACAGGCGGAACGUGGCGGUUUGUCGUGGACUGUUUGGAAUAAAAAUAAAGUGGUUUUCCGCUUGUGCCUGGGGUAUUUGGUCGCAAUGUCUCAACGGAUGCCCGUUCUUUAUUAGUUUAGCAGCCAGUGUGGUGCAGAGAUUAACAGUGUCGGGCCAGGACCUGGGAAACCGGGGUUCAAAUUCUCACUUGAAGCUCACUGGGCCACCUUACACCCAGCCACAGUCUUUCAGCCUAACCUACUCACAGGGUUGUUGGUGGGGGUGAAGUGGAAGUGAGAGAACGAUGCACACUGCGUUGAGCAUCUUGAAGAAGAAGAAGAGGAAGAGUUUGGAUUUGAUAUCCCGCUUUAUCACUACCCAAAGGAGUCUCAAAGCGGCUAACAUUCUCCUUUCCCUUCCUCCCCCACAACAAACACUCUGUGAGGUGAGUGGGGCUGAGAGACUUCAGAGAAGCGUGACUAGCCCAAGGUCACCCAGCAGCUGCAGGUGGAGGAGCAGGGAAUCGAACCCGGUUCCCCAGAUUACGAGACUACCGCUCUUAACCACUACACCACACUGGCUCUCUUGGAGGAAAGGUGGGAUAUAAAUGCAGGAAUGAGCAGUAGUGAACACCUGGAACGAGGUCUGGGUCAUGUUUCUGGGUUCCCUGGAAGGGGUGCAGCAAUCUGGUGGAAUUUGGGCCUAAAGCCCGGCCUGUGGAGAGCAGUGCAUUCUGCAUGCGGUCAGAGGUACGCCGCUUUGUUGCUCCACAUGUCCUCAGGGCUGACAUGGGAGCAAAAAGUUUGGCUUCUGAGAAGAUCCAGCCAGAGUUGAAUCCCAGCUUGCUGCUGAUUUGUUCUUUGGAAUUUACUCAGAUGGUGCAAAUAGGGUGUUUUGCAGAGGGCGAGAGGAAAAAGUCCCUGCCCCCAAGGAGCUUACAGUCUGAAAUUUGACAGAGAGGAAAUAACAGAGGAAGCUGUUGUUUCAGUUUAAUCAUGUAUUUAAAAGGCUACUGUAGUGGGGUGCAUUCUGGGGGUGUGGCGGGAAGGGGGAAGCACGGGGUGUGGGCUCGAUCCUCAGCCCGGGUUGCCGAAGAGACCUUGGCACCAUCUCCAGCUGCUCCACCCUCCGGAAAGGGAUCCCCCCAGCGCUCGUGGGCGUCUCUGAAGGGCCCCCUUGUGCUGGCUGGAGUAGACCCUUCUGAAUGUCCAUUGUCUCGACACACUGGGGCCUUUAUCUCUGCCAAGGCUGAUACGCAGUCCUCGACGCACCAUUUCUGCAGACUCUCCCCAGUUAACGGCCAUUAUGUCAUUUACGAGAGCAUCCCUGUUAAUGCCUUUUUAAUGCGCCAUUCUUCUGCAGCCUGGCUUGUUCCCAUUUUACAGAUGAACUGAGGGCUUGCCUUGGCUGCUGCUGCUGUGUGUUCUGCAACAUGACAUUGAUACAACAACUGUGCAUUCGUGGCGAAAUCAUACUGAACCAUGCACACAUUCAUUGCGCUUUGCGGGUUCUUCUGCAGUGCAGCCGCGGUACUGACUUCUUGAGGGAUACCCUUGCGCCGUGGCGGGACAUGGGCGGUGUGAGGAGUUACUGGGUCUCAGGAGGAAAUUAUGGGGCAUGCACUGAUUGGAAAUGAAGCAGUACGCUAUUUGAAAAGCAACUGUGGUGAACAGAUUACGCUAGUAGGUUUGCAAGAAGUUUUGUAAGGUGAAUUAUUUGAAAUAUUGCAAGAAAGGCAAUGAGGAGAAUUAUUAGUUAAGUGUAAUUAAAGGCAAUAGGAAAUUAAGAAGCGCACAACAAGAGAUAAAAGAACGGAAAAUCAUCAGAGGUGUUGACGGAAGUCUAAAAAUAUUGUAUAAGAUGAGAAGUUACUUUGUAUGAAUGUUGGAAUUAAUAUGUUAAAAAAUAAAAAUGUAUAAUAAAAAAAUAGUGGAAAUGAAGCAGUACGUCUGCCUUCAAACUCUUGCAAGCGCAGGAAGUCUUGAAAACGUGCAGCCGCCCUGAUAGCACCAGGAGCACAAUUCAUCAUCAAUGCACGCUAAAAGGACAUCCGAAGGGUUGCUCUCAGCUGUGAAGCAACUUUUGCGUCACAGAGGUGAGACCGGAAUGCCAGCUCUGUCUCUCACUCUCUCGCCUGCAGGUGCCCGGUUCCAACUUUCCCCUUCAACCUCCUCUCUGGGUUUCCCCCGUUUUGAAAGAGAGUUUUGACACUUUGGUGACUAAGCUGCUUCAGCAGAAGGCAGGGCAGGUUCACUGGGGCUGUGGUUUUGUUUUUGGCUCAGCCCUGGAGGGAAUAUCGCCGGAUAAGUUGGGUCAGGUUUGCUUUUUUGCAGGAAGUGCCCAGCCUGCUUCCUCGCGAGACUCUGGCUCAGCGGUUCCAACAAGGAGCGGGCAGGUGUGUGUGGAUUUUGGGGUUCCCCUACAAUGGCACCUUUAGGGACACCCGGCUUCCCACGACUCCCCCCUCGGGAGGAAUGCGCAACUGAAAUAUCAAGCGUGCAUGUCCUGGGCUGCAGCCUCUGGGCUUCUGAUAAGUUGCAGCUGUUGUCUCCUUGGAGCUGCUGAUAAAGGCAGAGGCCUUGCAGCUUUCGCUUGGGGCGGCCAGCUGCCGAGGUGAGCCGGGUGCAAAUCCUGCAAGGGUUCCUCUGGAGGAAAAGAGUGCAGGGAGGUUUGGGGGAAGAAGGGCCCUUGCUCGCGGGCAGAAGAUCCAAGGUUUGACCCUCAAAGGCUAGGCGGGCUUUUCCUGCGUCCUCUUGCAAAAAGAACAUAUCCGCUUCGGAGUUUCCUGGAGUUCAGCAAAAGCUCUCUUUCCCUUGCACCUCCCAAAGGUGUCCCGGCAAUUAUGGCGAAGGCGUUUACUUCAAAGCGCAAGGAGGUGCAAGUUUCGCUCGGUUUGCACAUCCCCCCCUCCCGUGGGAGUGCACUGGAGGGGGGCCUGCGCUAUCUCUGGGGCAGAGGCAGUUUGGCGCAUAGGGGAAUUGCGACCAUUUCUGGAGUGGGGCAUGUCUGCAGAGCUAUGCAAGAACAUUGUGUGUGUGUGUGUGUGUGUGUGUGUGUGUGUGUGUGUUUGGGGAGCUGGAUGCUCUCUUCAGGUGGGCGAGUGGGAUUUGAGGUGAAUAGGUGGCGUCACUCUGUGGAAUUUGAUGAUUCCCUGAAAAUUCGCAGUGUGUGUGUGUGGGGGGGGGGAAUUUCUGACUCUUCAAUCAAAGCCUCCUUCGUCCUCUCUAACUCCUCCUUCCUUCCUUCCCUGCAGGAUUGGGUCCCACACCAUGGCUGGAGCGUAGUCAGACCCUCCCCCCCACACCAGCCGUGUCUCGCAUGGGCCCGGCGUGUGGGGGGAGUCAGCCAAUGAGAAAGCAGCGACGGGACCCCCCCUUCCUUUGGUGAGUGGGCUGGUUUUCAAUGUCCUCCCAUGAAUGAAAUUUUUAUGCAUUAUUUUUUUGCACUUUCCGGUUUUGCCCUUUUCAGCGAUUUUUGGGAUUUCUGUGUUUUGUAUUGUUUUUUCAGUCGGCAGUGGGGGGGACUGUAUUUGGGGGUGGUUUUGCUGAGUUUUGGGGAGGAGGUUUGCAGUUCUGGCGCAUACUGCGCAAUAAUGGAGCAAUAAUAGGGGACCUUUUCCCAAGCGACGGCCACGGUCCCUUCUGAGCAGCCUUUCAGGGGCCACAGAGGGCGUGGCCAGAGGCAAAGGUGUUCAGGUUAUAAAUGUGACUUUUGCCUUCCGCGCAUGCUUGCGCAUCCAGACAAGCAAGAGGCCUUCUCAAGGGUUCACAUUCCAGCUGGGCAAAAAUCUUUGGGGUGCAAAGUUGAGCUGGUGAGGGGUGUGGCGUGUGGAAUGUUCUGGGGGCCUGAAGAGGUGGCCUGGAGGGGCCACACUGGACUCCUUAGGCCUGAGAUUUCUCGCCUCUGCCACAGACAAUUGAGAAGGAUACAGUUUGGCAUAUCAGAAAACAUGGCUUUGUGUGUGCGUGUUUGUGUCAGACAGUGCUGUGGAGGAAAUCUCCCCCUUGAUGCACAUUCCUGCGUUGCGAGGCCGUGAAACGAGCGCACAUUGCCUCUCUCUAGGAAUACGGAAAGGCGAGCCUCUUUGCGCACAGUUGUGCACGUUGCACUUUUAUUUUUAUUUCUCCACAGCUGGGGACAAUAGCUGGGCGCCCGCGCGUUGCAAAGACACACAGGCGCACAUACGCAAAAGCCGAUUAGCUCUGCCUCUCUCGCUCUGCCCUUCCUUCCUUCCUUCCAGCCUGUGAGGGGGCCUGACAGACCAGGCUUGGACCUUGGCACAAUUCCUCCCCCCCCCGCGCAUCUUUGGCAAGCUGCCAGUGUAGCAGCUGGGCAUGUUGCGAGGGGGUGGAGACAGAGAGCGCAAGGGAGGCGGGACAUGGAGGGAGGUUCUCUCUCUCUACGCAACCACAAGGAGGCAGAGACAGGGAGAGAGAGAGAAAGAGAGACUCACAUGCGCCUCCUCCAAACGCCCAGCCACAGCUGUGACCUUAAAAGGCUCCUUGUCGGAGUGAACGCUUAACCCCACGCUGGCUGCUUCUCGGGGGCCAGGCCCACGGACACAGCCUGCCCCCCACCCGCCUCCAUUUUUUUGCUACCCUCCCCAUAGUCUCUUCCCCCCCUCAGUGGCUUCUGGGUUUUACAGAAGGAACAAAGGCUCCCAGUGGCGUUAUGACUAUUGUUAUGAGUUUGUGUGAGACAGCGGUUUGCUUUAUCUGCACUUUCCCCCACUUGCGUCACAGAGGGAGGCGAGUUUGGUUUGUGCGUGGCUUCUGCCACACCACCCAAAACGUGGAAAUGUUUUCGUACGGCCGCAACAUGGCCGCCCUGGAUGUGAGGGGGAGCGCCCCUCUGUCUGGCGCAUGCCCCGCCUCACGAUGGGCCUUGCGGCGCUGGGCCAGGGUCCUAGGCGCCACAGAGCAUUGUGGGAUUGAUGGCGCGCUUGGCCUGUUCACCUUGUGCGAUGCCGAGCUGCCGGCAAGGGCCUUCUUCAUGCGCACAAACAUAAAACAGUGAGCUCCUGUGCCUAUGCCCAGCCUCCUUUUCCGCCACCUCAGAAUUCCCUCAGAAACUGCCUUAAAAGCUUGAGGCUUCCUCCUGAUGACACAACACAGGAACUAGUGGGGAAUCUUGCUGCUUGCUCAUUUUUCCGUGGCCUUUCUUGUUUCUCAAUUGUCUCCCGGUUGCUCUGGAAGCGGUCCGCUAUCAGAAAGAAAGAGGGUCCCACCGUGAGGGAAAAGGUGCCCGGGCUGCGCACUCACGCCUCCUCUAGCCUGAGUCAGCCCACUGAGGCUUGUGGGCCCGGAUGGGGUGACUGAGAUGAGGCAGGGGUCAGGGCCCUCUCUCCUCACAACGUGGCAGACCUCUGGCGGUGGGGAACAGCGGUCUCUUCAGCCGUUGUGCGCUUGCAGGGCGCAUGGGCCCGCCUGUGGAGGUGUGGGCGCAGGGAGCUGCCCUUUUGUGACGCCACAACUUUCCCUUCCUUUGCGCCUUGUUUUGUUCUGCUUUCCCCUCUCUGGUCUCUGCGCACUCAUGUCCUCCGGCGCGUGUGCGGCCGCAGGUCUUGCCGUUGCGCCUCUACUCCUCUGGCGCGUGGGAUCGAACAGCCCGCCCUCAGAUGAAGGGGAGCUCUGCGUGCGUGCGCGCGCGUGCAUUGCAGGGAAAUACAUAGCUAGAUACACGGUGUGUGUGUACGUCUAAGCGUUUACACAUUUGCAAAGUUUCAUGCGCCGCCCAUGUCUGUUAUGCGCUCCUGGCCGGUAUGACUGUGUUGGGGUUUGCUCUGUGUGUGUGUGUGUGUGUGUGUGUGUGUGUGUGUGUGUUUUCCCUGUUAGGCAUUUCUUGGUUUCCUCAGAACGGAAGGCCGGCAGUUCGGGGCUGGGCGAGGGGGAGGCCUCCUCCGCGUCUGGGAUUCCCAGGCGGGGCAACGAUGUGGGGAGCUGAGUGGAGGAGGGAGCUGGGGGGGGGGAGUUGACGAUGAUGUCACCCCAGCCCUUUAAACCAGGACAAGUUUCCCGGGGGUGGAGGGAACGAGGGGGGGGCUGAGUCACUUGUGGCCGGAAUUCACCCCCCGCAUGUGCUCUGCUGACUUGGCAGGGACCCCGAACCCCACACGGCGUGUGUGUGUGUGUGUGUAAGGGGGGGAGGGCAGGACACGCCGGCAGGCAAGGGGAGGAAGCACAGAAGUUAACACACACGCACGAUUCCCUUGGCUGUGCGCUGUGUGUGAGGCAGUCAGUGCUCCUUUGUGUACCCCUGGGGGACAGCAACGCUUUGAAGCGCGCCAUGCCUCUCUCGGGCCACGAGGUAAGCCCAGGCCGUGGGUGUGGGCGUGGGUGUGCGUGGGUCUCUCUCUGUGCGUCUGCCUCCUUUGUGUGCGUUUGUGAGGGGAAGGGAAGGAUUCUGCGAGUGGCAGAGAGAGAGUUUCCGUGCCGGUUUUUCUCCUGGCACAUGUCGCGCGCGCUCAACUCUCGCCGGCUCAGUCUCAAACAACUCCCUGAGCUGGGAUUCCUUCACAUCGAGGGUGUGUGUGUGCGUGUGUUUGGGUCCUACAUGACCCUUUGGGUCCCUUCCAACUCAAGGUGUGUGUUUAUUUGCCGUGGGCAUUGCUGUUGCAGCAUUCUCAAGCGAAAUUGUAUGUUGUGUGUGUGUGUGUGUAUUUGGGGCAGGGGGAGUUGAUUCCCACAGGGUGUGUGGCUCUGGUGGCGCUUGCCCCCACUGUGCCAACGGCGACGUGCGCCUGGGCUUCUUCUGGGCGGGGGGGGGGACGCAAAGGGGUCACUCUAUAAAGUUUUUGUCUCUCGCUCGGCAAAGGUUGCAAGACUUUCGGGACGAGUUGACUCACUUCUGCCCCAGUGUUGUAAUCUUGUGCAAGGACCCUGUUUGUGCUCAAACUCUUGUGUUUUGUCUGUGUGCAAUCCCUCUCCUGCCCCGCCAAGCUUCAAGGCCACUUUUGUAAAAACCCCGUGCGCCCCCCCCUUCUUAGCGCCUGUCUGCCUGGGUCCUUCGCUCUGCGCAUUUCGUGAAACAAUACGGAUAUGGGGCAAUGUUUGUAUAUGUGCGUGCAAAUUCAGAUACGUCCGUACGUCUGGACGUUUCUGUGUCUAAAACAGCCUUCCCAGAACUGCUGCCCUCAGCCCUGAAGGGCGGUUGUUGUUGUUUUACUAUUUAUUUAUUUCGUAAAACUUAUAUAUUGCUUGUUCGUGGAAGAAAACCCUCAAAGCGGUUUACGGCGAAGAUGACGUGGCGAAAUUAUCUCUAAGAAGUUUACAGCCGUAAUUUAAAAUGUACAGAAAGUUAACAGUGCAAUAGAAUAGACUAGGGCAAAUUCAAACCCCCGCAAACUUUCGGAACAUCUAGGCGGGCUUGGCCAGAGUGGAUGUGGCACUCAUUUUAUAACCCGCUUAUACAAUAAGUAAUAUGUUAUCAUUAUCACUACUGCUAUUAUUAAACAAGAAGGUUUUCAGCAGGCUCCGAAGAGAGUACAGUGAAACCGCCUGCCUGAUAAAUCAUUCAGCAGGGAGUUCCAAAGAGUCACAUUAGAUGGCCAAGUCCUUACAGAUGUGAUGCAGUUAUACAGUGGUGCCUGAAAAAUGCCCGUGGGGCUGAUGAGAACUACAGUCCAGAAAACCUAAAGUUGGGGGAGCUGAUGUGUCUCUAUAGAAGGUGUUACACACCUGAAUUUUUUCAUCUGUGUGUGCCCUUUGUGUUGGUGUGUAUCUGUGUGUUCCUUAGGGGCAUUUGAUGCGCGCGCACACACAUUUUCCCCCCCCACAAUAACCCCCCCCAAAACAACAACAACAAUGUGGAAGGCCCCUUUUGAUUUCUGGGUGUUUCCUGCUCUCUCUCUUUUGAGGCAGGUAGAUGCAAAUCUGGAAAUGUGGGUUAUUGGGAACCCAGGUCAGAAUCUUGAGAAAUCUGUCUGGGAUUCCCCAGCUGCGUAACCCAAGGGGGAAAAAAAGGGGGGGGAUUCCCAGCCCUGUUGUGAUCUGUUAACCCCUGAAAUGCCGAGGGGUUUUCCUCGGGCGCAAGUUAGCUGAACGCCCUGCUGGGGAAGGCUUAGCGGUGUGUGUUGAUCUGCCCUCCCCUCCCACCCCUCAGACCUAAGCAGAAAAGUCAUGCAAAACAGAAAAAUACGCCUGCACUUCUUGUGAAUGAUCUAUUUGUGCGAUUGGCCCUCGUGGGCGAAGGAGGAGGAGUCGGAGGAGUCAUGGCAGAUCACCACACGCCCACUCCAUUGGACAACUCAGACGCACUGCGUGGGUCCCUCGCGCAUGGGCUCUGCGCACCCCUGGGCGCUGCUUGCGAUGUGUAUAUUUCCCCUAGUGAGUUGGCUAGUGCGCCGCUGUGGCGGCAUCUUGAGGGUGGCAGUUGUGAGGGGACCUGCUUACGUCAGCCUGCCCCUGGCUGUGUGGUCCUCUGACCAUGCGCCCUCGGUGCGUUGGCUGCUGCGAAUAGCGCUCAUUGUUUGGCUUGCUGGCGCUGGGUUCAAGGAAGUCGUGGGCUCCUGCCGUCACGCCGUCAGCCCACCGUGCUGCGAAAGUGGCGCACGCGGGGGUGUUGCUUCACCGCGCACUGUUGCGCGUGGGUUUGUCUGUCGCACUGCCCUGUGUGGGGGGGUGUGUUUUCCGGAUUGCUGUGUGUGGGCAGAACUGGGCCGCUUCGUGUAUCUCUCUCUGUGUGUGAGCGUGUAUGUUUUAUCCUGACUUGCAUUUAUAGAUCGAUGUGUGUGGAUGCCUUGCAUUUUGAGGGGAAGGCGUGUGGGCUUCUCUCUCUGUGUGUGUGUCACUGUGAGGGGUGUGUUUUGUGCCUCCCUCUUGGUGUGCGUGCAUUAAGGAUAUGAACCGAAUUAACUCUCGCCCUCCUCUCCUCCCAGUUCUCUCUCAGUGGUUUCCAGGACAUAGGGGUUUGGGGAGAGAGAAAUGGCAGCCUUUCUGGUGUUGACUCAGCGCUGACACAGCUGUUCUCACCCUCCUGUGUGCGAAUGUGUGGGAGACCUGUUCAUUGUGCCUAAUGAAUCACACACACACACACACACACACACACACAAGAGCCGCUGAUCCCUUGCAAACAGGUUCCUAAACCCACAUCCCAGAAAGCCGCCGGUUGCUCCAGGUUCUCCUGACCUACGGGGUCUUCCCACGCUUUGCUCUUUGAGUGCUCCCUCUCCAUGCUCCCUGGGGGGAGGACUAUGGCUCUGGCGUCUGCCAGAACCCGGAGAAAAGAUCCUGUGCAUCUCCCCCUGGACUGGGGUUGGGAUGGGGGUCUCCUUGUUAGGACGCCGGUCGCUACCAGGACAGAUGACAGGAAGCCAGUCUUCAUGGAGUGCACAGUUAACGUGCGGAACUCCCUGCCACAGGCCACCGAUUUAAUAGGAUUGCACAGAUUCACAGAGGAGGAGAGAACCACCGAUGGCUUAUGUUCUAACGGAAACUGGGUGGAAGCCAAGGGAGAAGUGGUCUCGAUGCAGACAUACAAGUGCCUUUGAGUCCCCGUUGCCCUGAAUCCGUGUUCGUUCCUUACAUUUGUGACUUGCUCCCUGCCCAAAUGAGGCCUGUGUCUACGUAUUUGCGGUGUUUUGCGUGCAUUUGCACACCUUACAAGUGCGCGCUGCGUCUGUGCAUACAUCCCCACCUGUGUGUCUGUUUGGGUACAUCUUUGGGGUGGGUGCAGGUGACACAUUCUGUAUCUCUGGGCAUCUUUAUUGACCCAGACAGACACCCACGGUUGGCACCAGCCCAGAGCCCGAUUUGCCCUCCCGAGCCAACGCAGACCCUGCUGUAACGCCCUGCCAUUUGCCUGCGUCUCCUUGCGAGGUGGGGGCCUGGUUCCUUAAGCAGGAAUGAAUUAGGACUGCAAGGUUUCUUUUGCGGCCUGGCUCCACCUGGAGUGAUGUUAGCUCAGCUCCCUAGGUGAGCACCUUAUCUCUCGCCUACAUCAGAGAGAGAGAGAGCCUUUUCGGUGGUGGCUCCCGGGUUGUGGAAUUCCCGACCAAGAGACACUAGACUGGCUCCCUCUUGGUUAUCAUUCCUUUCUGACCGUUGCGCCACCUCCCACGCCCGCCUUUGUGUCCUUCACCCUCUUGGGCCCCCAUUCACUCUCACUUUCGGCCGGUCACUCCCUUCUCCUCAUUCACGCCUUGUGUCGGUGCCCUCCAUGCUCAGGCACACUUACCCGUGAUGCGCACAGUCUCCCGUGACUCGCUGCUUCCUCUGCGGUUGGGGCGACUUGCCAUCGUCUCCUUCCCUUUUCUUGUAAAUUUGUCCCGUAAGCAGCGAGCAAUCUCUGUUUCGGAGAAAACGAAUGCGGAGGGGAAACUGAAAAAACCUUUCCCCAAAACAACACAGCUCGGGGGGGGGGGAUGUUUCACCCCACCAUUGAUACCGGGGGAAAUUUCUAAAUCUGCUGGGCGAACAUUGAUCCGCUUGAUUUUCUGCCCCAUGGCAGUGGGCAGAGGGGGCACUUUUUCCAUUUUGUUCCAUGCCCUUUGGGGCCAAUCUGGCGGUGCCCUUUCUGCCCCACUGGGUUCCGGGCAGCCGCCCCCGGGACCCUUGUCUCCGCGCCUUCCUGGAGGCGUGGGAGUGUUGGAGAUCCCCUGCGCAUCAUGUUCGGUGCGCCGUGCGGGGGCCGCUGACGCGCAUGCCCAGGGAAGGAGGGUCACCUCACCUCCUCACCCAGAACUCAGUGCGUGUGGCGGGAUGGGUGGGUGCUGAGCGCGAGAGAGGUUGUGGGAGUAUGUCGGGCGACGGCGCAACGCUGCGAUGUGACAGAGCUGAUGGCUCUAGGUGUGCGAGUGUAGGAGCAAAAGAGCGCAACCACACAUGUGGGUGUGUGUCUUUGUGUGCCCUGCUUUCGUUAUUUUAGAUUUCUAGCAUCAAGUAGGUGUCUUUUGUGUCUGCUGGCUUUGGCCACGCCUUCUUCUUUGGGCUGUGCAUCGACAGCUGCUUGCACAGGAAAUGGUUCGCUAGACCCGUGUGUGUGUGUGUGUGUGUGUGUGUGUGUUGGGGUGCAUUUCCUGUCCCUCCCCCUACUUCCUCCACUCACACGAGCUGCCUCACUUCCUCCCUUGGUGGACGGUCCCCAGUGACAUCCCUGUCGAUUUUCCCCAUAAUGCAACGCGGGCUUUUAGAGCGAGGAAUGGUUUUGCGGGGGGCGGGAGGGGCGAUAUAAUGCUUCUCUGAAGUUGCAGCUGCCUUGGCCUCCUCGCUGGGAGAAAUCUUCAGCCUAGUAGCUGUCGUUAACACCCACACAUGCACAGGCCUUGGAGCGGCGAGGGGUGUGCACGUUGGCACCCUGGCCAGACUGGGCGGGAACUGGACGCUUCUGCUGUCCGAGGGAGGGUGUAGUAGCUGGAGGCUGGGUGAGUCCCCAGACGGGCCAGCCUCACCCUCCUACGCCAGCUGCACUGCCAGGACUUGCCCCCAUCGCUUCCUCUUGGCUCGCUCACAGUUGCGUCACAGCUCAGCCCCGAAAUCCCCACAGAAGCAGCAGCGUGGAGUUUGUGAGGGUUGGCAGUAGUGGGACAGAGAGGAGCAUGCUCGUUUGUGUGCAAAUCAGCAGGGCGCAUGGAUGUCGCUGGGCGUGAGGAGAUGUGGGGCAGUGUGUCACAGUGGUGUGAGCAAGAGACCGAGUGUGUGGUUGGCGUCACCGGCUGGUUCACACCAGAAUGCAAGCACGCAGGUGCACAAAGUUUUCGUACGGCCCGGGGGCAUGGCGAGAUCAUGUGGAAAGCUCCCGGGUGUUUGGGCACACAUGGAGAUUGCGUGUGUGCCAGCAACAUGGGCUGCACAUGUUUGGAAACGGGCGUGUGUAGCCACACGUGUGGGGGGUCACGGGUUUCUGAACACGCACAAACACAUGUCAUUUGGCCCUGGGGUGUGUGUGUGUGUGUACAGAUUUGCGUGCCUGUUGAAUCCUUCCUUGUUCAUUUUAUUUUAUUUAGGAAUGCAUGUUCCACAUUCUCUGCUGUCUGAAAGAAAGAAAAAACAUGUCUUAACAGCAUUAUGACACCACACACACACACACACACACACACACAAUGCCCCAAAAUAAUCUACGCAACCGAAAACACAAAUAAACUAGAAGCAGCCCAAGAGUCAUCCUAACACGAGCUAACAGAACUGGAAUUUGGAAUUGUCAACAAACAGAGUCCUCUGGGAUUCCUUUGCUGUUGCAGCUACUUUUUCACCUUGGGGGUGGUCAGCCAGUCGAGAUGGUGAAGACAAGGGUGCCCUGGGGGGCAAAGCGGCCCAGAACCUGGAUCUCAGUAUUGGAAGGUGUGUAUGCCUGGCCUUACAGACUUGCGGUUCAACCUGAGGGGGGAGCAGAAAGGCGUAUGUUGGGGGCCGGGGUGCUGGUGUCCUGUGCCGGAGCUGAGCUCACGAGGGUGAGAAAAUGCAGCGCGUAUGUCUUUGCUGGUGAUAUGGAUCUCGCACGAGUGUGAGCGUGCAAGGAGUGUGGAAGUAUUCUAUCGGUGAACUCUCGAGGCAGGUAGCACAGAUUCCCCAAUUCGGAAUGAAUCUGCAAAGUUAGUGUGUGGCUUGUCUGCGCAGGGCAAGUGAAGGGCUUUAGACCCCUGUGCCUUUUCGGCUGGGAUCUCAACUUUCGGUCGGUGUGGUGUCUGUGCUCAGCCUCCACAUCUGGAAGCAGAAAUGCUUCUGAAUUUCUCUAUGUAGCAUAUAAUCAUAUUUGUAUACAGUAGAGCUGUAAUAUCACCCAAAAACGGUUACAAGUCCAUAUCAUAAUUUUCAUAAUUUUGACCUGGCGAUACAUUGCGAAUCACGAUGUGUGUGUGUGUGUGCUGUGCAAAAAUCACAAUGUGGGAAGAAACAUGAAGCUAGCCAGUGGCUGUCGACAUUGCUCCAUCCUUAUUUCAGACAUCGCGAUGUAUCGGUAUAUCAAUAAUGUUUAGCCGGUGAUACAUUGCAAUGUUGAAAACCAGAUAUGGCCCAGCCCUAGUUAUAUAGGCAACAACCAUUCUGUGCUGGGGUAACGUUCCUGACCCCAUGACGGCGGAGAGCCUUUUCCCAGCCACUUCCAGGUCGCGGUGCUAUGCGCAUGCGCCGUUGUGCGUUAAUUGGACGUGCGUAAAUCGGCCGUUGGCUGUAGACGGCAGUACACCUAGGGAAUAAUUUCAGCAUGGAGUGCAUUCUGGGUGAUGCAAACACACUCCGCAGGCGUUGUAACUUUCCCUGAGCUUACCUGUGUCGGAACCGCCUGUUUUUCGGGCAUAUUACUAGUGUGCGUCCUCUCCACGUCCAAUUUGUCGUGCAUGCCUCCGGAGGUUUUGUGCUAUGUCCCCAGCAGCCUCGUUGCCGUGAUUUGCCUGUGUGUUCAGCUCAAGCGUCGGGCACCCUUGGCGUGUCCCAUGCUCUGUCGCUGGCGUGCGGUUGGCGCAUUCGGAACGGAGGCUCGACUUUCUCUCACGCCCUCUAUGGCGGAGAGACCAAUUUCCCCAGGGACGCCUCCUCUCUGCCCCCCUCGCCACAUUUCACAAGGCAGGAGUAUGCACAGGAGGUCUUACGACAUUUGCCCCCCCCCCGGCCUUACUUGCUCCAACGCAGCCGCCGCUGCCCCGUCCCGCCCUGAGCCAAACUUAGCUCUCUGCUCUUCCAGAAAUAGCCGUGGUCUUUGGCUUCAGGGUUGCUAUUUGGUCUGGACGUAAAUUCAUGCCCCGGCUCUCCCUAUUCUGAGUUAAAGGUUGGGAGGAGGGCCCUGCUAAUACCCCCCCCCCCAGCUUGCGUGUGUGUGUGUGUUUGGGGGUUUCCUAAGUGCAGCCAUGUUUGGGGCAGUCAGACCCCCCCCAGCUGCCUCUCCCACCACCCCUCCAGUAUCCGUGGGUGGACUCACGAGACACUGUCUGGCUCACGCCCACGGUAGGCUGACCACACCGGUGCUGCUGGCGGAGGGGGGGUGGCGGCUGGUGUGUUUGGCCCCGGCUUAUGGCAGGACGUAGACCCAGACAUGCUUGGGGGGGGCAGUUUGAGGCGAAAAGACUGUGUGAGCCGUGAGUCACAGGCGGUGACUAGCGAGCCCCUUCUUCUUUCCUUUUCCUUGCCGUAGUCGUGGGGCAGCGUGGGGAAAAAGUUGCCUCCGGUUUGUUUCCGCCAAACCCCAGGCCUGCAAACUCCCCCCCCCCACUUGCAGUGGUUAAGGCAGGUUAUUUUGGGAUGGGAGGCGGGAGGCGUAGGGGGGAGAGAAGGAAUAAAUCCCGGCAAUACCUCACAAGCCUUAUGCAUAAGGCUGGAUGAUCCCGGGACCUUGUUCCAGCUGCCACCCUCGCCCACCAGCACAGGGAAGCAGUAGUCGAAUUAUAGAAUCGUAGAGAUGGAAGGGCCCCUGAGGGUCAUCCAGCUCAACCCCUGCCCCCCGCAAUGCAGGAAUGGGCAUGCGCAGAGUGCUUUUCCCUUGACAUUCAGUCACCAGGACUCGCACCCAGCAAUAGGGCUUUUCAGGACAGUGACGUGGGCACAACCCGCUAAGAAAAUGAUCACAGAGUCUCUGCGCACACUGAGCCAGAAAAUAUCACUGACAGAUCUUUUGUCUGCAACCCAGAUUUCCUGGUGUGUGUGUGUUGUUAAAAGUUAGAGGCCUGACAAAGAUACCUGCUCACAGGUUGGAGCAGAAAUUUUGUUGGAGCAGAAAUUGGACACACACACACACCGGCCUUACUCUCUCAUCUACCAAGCAGAAGCAAAAUUUGAGGGUUUUUUAAAAAACUUGGGACAUGGCGGGUGGUGUGAAUUUCAGUUUUUUUAAUUUUAACCGCUCACCCUGCCAGUGCUUCUUAGUUGCACUGGGAAGGGAGAAAUGAAAUGGCAAAAUAUUAUUUUCACACACGUACACACAUUUUAAAAGGUUAAGAGAGAGAUACUGAAGCAUACGACAACCUUGCAAUGUAGGCCAGUGCGAUUAUCUCCGUUUUGUGGGCUGCUCAGCGCACACAUCCACAUGUGUGUGUGUGUUGUGGAGGACCAUGAAUUGCAGUCUUUUCCAGCUUGCUUGCCACAUUUCCUCAUGGGGGGGCUGGGGGCGGGGAAUGCCACAGGUAGGCGGAGCCAUGGGCAGGACUGGUUGGGGCAAUGGGUUUGGCUUUUACCUUUGCAAAGUGCACUACGUUGUGGAUACGCGCAAAGAUCGGAGGUUUCUGCAAACACACGCACCCCUCUCUGCCCAGACAAACAAGAGGCAAUAUCUGCUGGAAGCGGCCCAGAAUGGCUUGGGCAGCCUGGUCAGAUGGGUGGGGUACAAAAAACAAAUCUUUGUUAUUGUUGGGGCUGAUGGGAGUUGUAGUCCAAGCCAAGGUGGGCACCAUAUUUUGGAAAGCUGAUCUGACUGGCAGUGGCUCUCUGGGGUUUUCAACCGAGAAACCUUUGCUGCCGGCCUCUGCUUAGAAUUGGUAAAGAUAUGAACCUGCUCCGCCCCAGUGUGUGCAAAUCGCCCGAAAUCAUUGCGAUAGCCGUGUUGAAAACCAGCGCGCAUAACCUCUGCAUGCAGAUCAUGUCUGCAUUGCAACAAGAAGACCACCCCUCUCAUUCCUGCAGUUUGAAACGACAAGGGAAACAGUAAUUAUUAGUUAUAUGUAGCAGUUGUGCGAUUUAAUAACACAACUAACAAGUCAGGAUCAGCGCAUAUGUUUUGUGGCGCCUUAAAGGCUAACGCAUUUGCUAUGGUGCAGGUUUCUGCGGACUUACAGACAGCUUCAUCCUAUGCAGGAAGUGUUGCCCUGAGGGUGUUGAGUGUGCUUUUUGAGGGGAGAUGCUCAGUAGCCGGUGUUGGUUGUAGCAAUUACGAGUGUCAGACUAGGAACUGGGAGAGCAGGGUUCAAAACCCACACUCAGGCACAUGAAGUCCACUGGGGGAUGACCUUGGACCAGUCACUAGCUCUCAGCCAAAAAAACCCAAAGGACCCCUGACAUUUAAGUCCAGUCACAGACGACUCUGGGGUUGCGGCGCUCAUCUCGCUUUACAGGCUGAUGGAGCUGGUGUUUGUCUGCAGACAGUUUUUCCGGGUCAUGUGGCCAGCAUGACUAAACUGCUUCUGGCGCAAUGAAACACUGUGACGGAAACCAGAGCGCACGAAAACUCCGUUUACCUUCCCGCCGCAGCGGUACCUAGUUAUCUACUUGCACUGGUGUGCUUUCGAACUGCUAGGUUGGCAGGAGCUGGGACGGAGCAAUGGGAGCUCACGCCGUCAGGGGGUUUCGAACCGCCGACCUUCUGAUCAGCAAGCCCAAGAGGCUCCGUGGUUUAGACCACAGCGCCACCCGCGUCCUACCUUAUAGGGUUGGUGUUGGGAUUAAACGAGGGGAAGGUGAACCGCAUCUGCCACGCUGGGCUCCUUGGAAGAGGAGGAAGGAUAUGAAUGCAGCAAAUAAUUAAUAGUGAAGUCAGGGGGAAUAAAAUGCAGAGAAGCACCGUGAUAAUGAGGUAGUUGACAACAAGGGUUAUCAGGUGCAAUUUUAUGCCACCACCAAUAAUGAUAAUAAUAAUAAUAAUAACAAUAAUAAUAAUAAUAAUAAUAAUAAUAAUGUCGUCUCUUAAGGUCCUGCUGGUUUACUUCUUCUAGCUGCUUUUGCUAAAAAGCAACACCACGCUAUUAGGUAUUAGGAAUUAGGAAUUAUAAGGAAUUACAGCAACAAGAGACAAAACACCUGGCAGAUUUAGAUAAUGGUAAAAAGGCAAUGCAGGUCAAGGGUCUGGGGCAGUUUCCAGUAGAGGAGAUCCCACAUGCAGCACGUCUCAGGUGGGGGGCAAAGGUCUUCCUGACCCCAGCCACCCCCCACAAGCUGCCCCUGCCCAGCAAAAGCGCUUCUCCUUUGCAGAACACAGACGCCUUGUGCAGAGUUCCGAAGCAGCCUCCUCGAAAGACUAACCCAAGCCAUUCUCUCUUUUUCUAUCUCUACGAUUUCCAGACCUCAUUAGGAGACGGAGGUGAAAGAUGAUUGGCGGCCUCGCGGAGGACUUCGUGUGAUUGGCCGUCUUCUAGGAGAGAAAGAGAGAGAAAGAGACAGAGAGAGCAACUCAGAGCUUCUCCAGCACAGUAGGUGUGUGCAGGGUGCGAUUUCCAUCUGGAGAGGCAGAAGGGGCGGGUGUGGUAGGGCAAGGGUUAACCUUGGGGCUGGCAGGAGCAGAAGCCCCGCCUCCCUUCCCCACAGGAAGGAAUUCCAUUGGAGGGAGGGCAAAGGAGGCCCUGUGUUGAUUGGAUGAGAGGAACACAUGGCUCUGUUAACUCUUUCUUUCCUGCUGCUUAACUCUAUAUCCACAGAGAUGGGUGGAGAAGGGAAUGAGUUUCUGCUACUAAAUUAAUUGCGUCCAGCCCACUAAUAAGGCAGAACCGAGGAAACUGAUAUAAAACCACUGCAACAUGUGUUUGUGUUUACUUAUAUAAAAUUUUAGGAGUUCACAUUCGUUUGAAUGUUGUUUUGCAUACACCUUUUGUUGCUUUCAGCAGUAAAAGAAACAGAACUACGUUGUGUUUGCUAUAAAUAGCUUAUAGACCUUUGUAUAAUUUGAAUUUGUGAUUUCCAGUUCAGGCCAUGUUCAUAUUGAUUUAAUCUAAAACGGAGAUCAUGCACCCGAAUGACUUAAUGCCAAGAUUUGGGGUGGACAUUUAAUUGGACAUUUGAGCAACAAGCGUCAAGGCUUCCAGCAUUAUUGUUUAUGCUAUCCCUGGCUGGGCUUAAUCCAGAUCAUCUUUUUCCCAAGCCUGGUGCCCACCUGGUGCGUUUGACUACAACUCCCAUUAUCAUCAGGCUGAUGGUAGGUGUAGUCAAAGCGAGAGGGCGCCAGGUUGGCCAAGGCAGACCGGUGAGGAAACUGGGUGCCUUUCAGAUGUUGUUGGACUACAACUCCCCUCAGCCACCACAGCCAGUGAUCUGGGAUGAUGGGAGUUGUAGUCCAGGAAUAUGGGGAGGCCUCUGCAUUUUGCUUGUCCUCCCUGGGAAUCUAGACCCAAGGUGGGCAAUUGAAGCAAACAUAUUUGUGAAUUGCAAGUAAUUCGUGUGCUCUCUUUUUUCUCUCCCCCUCAGCAUUUUAUGUGGCUGUGACUGGAGAAGGGGAAUAAACCAGAGGAAACUGCAGCAAGCCGCGACUGGGUGGGGGCACCCGUCGCUCAGAUCCGGGGGGGUGGAGGGUGGGGUACCAAGGCGCAUCCACCACAGCAGGAGAGGUAAAAAUAAUAAUAAUAAUAAUUACUUGAGGAAAUGAAUAAUGUGCUCAUUUGUUGUUGUUGGGGUGGAAUAGCAAAGUGGGGGGCCGUGAACUUAGUUGGGACUGGGGCUGCAAGAUAUCUAUUUACCGUAUUUUUCGCUCUGUAAGACGCACCAGACCAUAAGACGCACCUAGUUUUUGGAGGAGGAAAACAAGAAAAAAAAUAUUCUGAAUCUCAGAAGCCAGAACAGCAAGAGGGAUCGCUGUGCAGUGAAAGCAGCAAUCCCUCUUCCUGUUCUGGCUUCUGGGAUAGCUGCGCAGCCUGCAUAUAACACACAUUUCCCCUUACUUUUUAGGAGGGGAAAAAGUGAGUCUUAUAGAGCGAAAAAUACAGUACAUAUUUCUAUGUUUAUUUCAAAGAAUCUGCACCCCUUCUUUCCAUUUUUUUUUUUAAACUUAAGCCCCCAAAUGGCUUAACCAAAUUUAUAAAUUCCGAAACGCACAUUUUGGCAAUUGUCGCAAAAGUGAAAUCUUGCAGCAGCGGCAGCAGCAACUAAUUAUCUGGGCGUAUGAAUAUGAAAAGAAAGUUCUAAAUGAAGUGCUGUGAGGUGCAGAGGGGGCACACAUAGAAGGCUGCCUAGUGGUUAGGGUGGGGCAGUCAUUUGAAAGGGAAGUUGCUAGACGGGGAAGGAGGGCUGGGAGAAACUGUCUUCCCAGAAACCCUGGAUAGCUGCUGCUGCCAGCCAGUGCUAGAUAGCCAGAGCUAGAUAGAUGCCAGUGGUCUGAUCUGACACAAGCUAGCAUCCCAUGUUCCUAUGAGGAGCAGCUGGCAGGAUGGACGGGAGCGGGCCUUGGACAGGGAAAACAGGAUGCUGGACUUGAGGGUCCAGGAAGCUGGAAUAAGCUCCAUAUUGUGGUUUUUUGGGGUGGGGUGGGGCUGAGAUUGUGGGAGGAGCCAGCAGCUGGAAGGGGUGGGCCUUAGGAGGAGAUGGGUGAUGGGUUUGCCAGAGGGGAGGAGGAGGGGGAAUUGGCCUCUAUGAAGGUGGGAAGCAGCUCCCUGCUUGGUGCCUGAACCCCACAUCUCCCCCCAUCACAGGCUGGAUGCAUCGCACAGUGGAGCAGUUGGGGGGCCGUGCUGGACGGGACCCCUUUUCUCUCGGCAACCUGGGCUGCAGCGGCAACGCCUGGAGCUCCUGCCAUUCCCGACCAUGGCUCCAGGGCGGCAGGUGAGUGGCUUAUGGCUGGGGAGGUGGGAGCUGCUGGGAAUCGUAGUCCAAAGGGGCGGCGCUGGCCGGGGCAGAUGGGAGUUGUAGUCCAGGAAGCACCAGGCUUGGCGAAGGCUUUUCCACACCUGACUUGUGCGUAAGUGUGUGUGUGUGUAUGUGUAUGUGUAUGUGUAUAUAUAUAUGUGUGUGUGUAUAUAUAUGGCAAAGGGACCCCUGACCAUUAGGUCCAGUUGUGACUGACUCUGGGGUUGCGGCGCUCAUCUCGCUUUAUUGGCUGAGAGAGCCGGCGUGCAGCUUCCGGGUCAUGUGGCCAGCAGGACUAAGCCACUUCUGGCGAACCAGAGCAGCGCACGGAAAUGUCAUUUACCUUCCCACCAGAGCGGUACCUAUUUAUCUACUUGCACUUUGACGUGCUUCCGAACUGCUAGGUUGGCAGGAGCAGAGACUGAGCAACGGGAGCUCACCCCGUUGCGGGGAUUCGAACCGCCAACCUUCUGAUCGGCAAGCCCUAGGCUCUGUGGUUUAACCCACAGCACCACCCGCGUCCAUAUAUAUAUAUAUGUUGUUGUUGUUUAGUUGUUUAGUCGUGUCCGACUCUUCGUGACCCCAUAGGCCAGAGCACGCCAGGCACUCCUGUCUUUCACUGCCUCCCGCAGUGAUAUAUGCACACACACACACACACACACACACACACGGUACAUACACAAAUAUAUAUAAAAUCCAUGUGUACACACCUGCAAAGCAAACACACCCACAGCUGUGCAAAGAAUCGUGGGCGAUGAAUUGCAUUCGCCUCCCCGAGCGAAAAAACCGCACCUUUGUCAGGCGGGGAAGUCAAGAAACUGACGUUGCUUUGAUGUCAGUUGGAGUUUAGACAUAGUUCUGAAUGCUCUGAGAGAGGUUUCGCCUCUCCCUCUCUCCUGCACCCCCCUCACUUCAGCCCCCUGUGUUUUGGCUUCCACAGCUUCCUCUGCAAAGCAGGAAGGCAAGGGGCCCUGCAUCUGACUUCCCACCCCCACCCCCCAUCUUUCCAAUAGUUUAGAUGCCCCACCUGCCCUCUGGAACUCCCUGCCUGUUGACACCAGGCAGAUUCCAUCCCUGUGCUCUUUGUGGCAUCUGCUGAAAAUACGUCCCAGGUGUUUAGGAGGCGGACACGAAUUUGAAUCUGCUUUUUAGUUUUUCCUUUUUUUGAACACACUAACUUUUUUUAGUGGUCGUUUUAUUGAUCUGUUCUCUUCGUGAACUGCUUUACAACCAGGUGGUUCGGAAAUUUCACCAAAUAAGUAAAUAAUGACACUCAAGGAGACUUUGGCUCCCAGGCCUGUCCUUGAGCAUUGACAAGCCUGGCUUGUGUCGUGGCUGACCUCUCUUUUACACACCUAGAAAGGUCCUUUAUACAAAACCAGGCCAUUACUUCAUGUAGCUCAGUAAUGCCUACACUGGCUGGCAGCAGCGGCACUUCAGGGUUUCAGGAAGGGGACAUGCCCAGUCCUCCCUGGGUAUGCCAUGGGGGGGUUGAAAUUGAACCCGGGCCCUCCUGCAUGGAAAGCAGCUGUUCUCCCGCUCAGCCACUACACCAGCCCUUGUCCCCUUACUUGAUUUAGCUGUGAUUCUGGCAUUGCGGGAGUAGGACUAAUGACCAAUUCGUCUUGCUUGUUUCCCAUACUCUGUGCAUUAGUAUAGAGACAAAUGAGACCAUGGAGGUUUUUCAGCAGAGGUUGGAUGGCCAACUGUCAAGGAUACUUUAUCACUACUACUAGUAGUAGUAUACCCCCCUAUACCCAUAGAUCUCAGGGCUGUUCACAACAUAAGUUGAGAUUCCUGCAUUACAGGGGGUAGGACUAGAUGACUCUUGGGGUCCCUUCCAACAUUCUGACAUUUCUCUCCCCUCCUGCCUCUGCCCAGGUGCUCUGCCAGUGUCGGCCAGCCUCAGCUGCCCCCGCACCUGCCGCCCAACCAUGGCUCUAACAUGGGGCAACACAACAAGGGCUACUUUCCCCCGGGGUAAGUGCUCCCAGAGGGCAUUUUGCCAACAUCAGCAGCUACGGGAGGGAUUGUGGUGGCACAGACUUCCAGCUCCCAACCCCCAAUCCUGUACAUUGUGGUUGGGGGGGAGAGGUUGAACGGGGGGGGGGUUUCAAAACCCUGAACACCGUACUUUCUGGGCACAGGGCCUCAGGCUACCCCAAAGCCAUUUCCCCAAGCUUUCCCCCUAUUCCUCGAGAGUCUUGGUUGCUGGUGCUUUGCUGCUGUGAACUUCACUCCCAUUGCAUAGCACCAAGAAGUCAGUUUUCCCAGAAUCCCCCUCUCUAAACCCCGGCCCCCAGGACUGGGGUCCCCAGCCUGCUGGUAUCUAGAUGUUUCAGAGCACAGUCUUACCUUGGUUCUCAAGCACCGUGGUCCUCAGACGUUUUGGCUCCCGUACUCCGAAAACCCGGAAGUAAGUGUUCUGGUUUCCAGACAUUUUUCGGAAGCCGAACGUCCGACGUGGCUUCUGAUUGGCUGGAGGAAGCUCCUGCAGCCAAUCGGAAGCCUCACCUUGGUUCUUGAACGGUUUCGGGAGUUGAACGGACUCCUGGAACGGAUUAAGUUCGGCUACCAAGGUUCCACUGUACUGUUUAGGGAAGUUUUUAAUGUUGGAUGUUUUAUCAUGUUUUUAAUAUUCUGUUGGGAGCUGCCCAGAGUGGCUGGGGAAAUCCAGCCAGAUGGGCGGGGUAUAAAUGAAUUAUUAUUAUUAUUAUUAUUAUUAUUAUUAUUACCACCACCAACCCUCUGCUGGCUGGGGCUGAUGGGAGCUGGAGUCCAAAGGAUCUGGAGGGCCCCAGGCUAGGAAAGACCUUACCAGGGGCACCAACGUCAUAGCUGUCAACCGUCCCUUAUUUGGCGGGAAAGUCCCUUAUCCCAGCACCGUGUCCCGCUGCUGUCCCUUAUUGAUGAUGUCCCUUAAAUUUCCUGGGUUUCAAAGGAAGCAGCUCCUCUCCCUCCCUCCCUGCCGGCCAGGGAGGAGGGAGGCUCCAACUGGGUUGCUUGGCUGCGUUGCUCACCCAAUAAGGAGUCUAAGAAUGACUGGGGGGUGGAGCUUGCAUGCCUUGUGCCGAUCAAAUCGGCCGCGUUGCCUGGGGACUCGCCUUUGCUCAGCGCUUCCCAGCGGAGAGGGGACGGUGGUUUUCCUUGCUCCAUCCCCUUUGCCGGGUUGCUGCGCUGUGGGAACCACCGCUUGAGGCUUCGUUUGGCAGCUGGUUGACUAAAAUCCCUUAUUUUGGCUGCUGAUCCCUUAUUUUUGAGGCUGCUGAUCCCUUAUUUUUGAGGCUGCUGGUACCUUAUUUUCAAAUCUGUAAGUUGACAGCUAUGCCCAGCGUUCCUUACUGCCUCUCCCCAUCGCUGACGCCUCUCCCCUUCCCCAGGAACCUGGCCCCGCGGCCCCUGCACGGGAAGCUGGAGGCCAUCCACGGCUGCGUCCAAGCCCUGCUCCGGGAUCCAGGGCAGCCUCAGCUCUGGGAGCAGCUGGGCGAGAUCUACGAGUCGGAGCAGGAUUGCGAGGAGGCCGUGCGCUGCUACCAGAAUGCCACCCGGUACCCGCGAGACUACGAUUACGGGAGCUACGGAGAGAUGCAUGCUCGGAUCGGACGACUGCAGCAGGUAGGGGAAUACAUAUAAUAUUCAAUUUCAGCCCCCAUCGGCCUUCUUGCAGGGAGGAAUGACAGGGCUGAGGCAGCCCAAUUAAUUUCGUAUUUAAUUUGCACACCACCUUUCUAUGUUGUGGCACGCAAGGCAGUUUGCAAGCCGUUGAAGCGACAAAAUAUCUUCUCCUUCUUUGGCGAUCCCUCGUAGCCUUGUCUCCCAUGAACACGGUCUUAACAGUGAGUCCGUAAGUGACUGUGGAGGCCAAUUCUGGACCCACACAUCCUUCCACAGUGGGGACAUCGGUUUCCAGGCAGGAGUUGAUCACGGUGUGGAUUUGCCAAGCGUGCCUUCCUCUUAGCACGUUUCUCCCUUGCGUCCUGAGUUCGAGUGUCUUCAAAGCCCAGGAUACCUUUGGUCAAGGCUGUUCUCAACUGGAGCGCUCGCAGGCCAGUGUUUCCCAGUUGUCGACCAAAAUGUGUGCCACAAAGCUCACAUGCCCUAGAACAAUGCAAAUAAGCCACGAGAAAAUAAUAAUAAUAAUAAUGACUUGGUAAUUAAUAAACAGCUUAGGGACACGGGUGGCGCUGUGGGUUAAACCACAGAGCCUAGGACUUGCCGAUCAGAAGGUCGGCGGUUCGAAUCCCCGCGAUGGGGUGAGCUCCCAUUGCUCGGUCCCUGCUCCUGCCAACCUAGCAGUUCGAAAGCAUGUCAAAGUGCAAGUAGAUAAAUAGGUACCACUCCGGCGGGAAGGUAAACGGUGUUUCCGUGCACUGCUCUGGUUCGCCAGAAGCGGCUUAGUCAUGCUGACCACAUGACCCGGAAGCUGUACGCCGGCUCCCUCGGCCAAUAAAGCAAGAUGAGCGCCGCAACCCCAGAGUCGGCCACGACUGGACCUAAUGGUCAGGGGUCCCUUUACCUUUACCUUUAAUAAACAGCUUGCGUCAAAUUAAAGUACUAGGUUAUUCAAUAGUCUGUUUAUAACAUUGCGCAAUAAAAUUAGCAAAUUAUCAGCAGACGGAGCGGAAAUUCACUCCAAGUGAAUCAUUGGUAGGAAAUAUUCCGUAAAAUUAACAGGAGAGUCACCGUACAUGAAAGUACCGCAAUCAGUAGAAGGUUGAACUGGGCAACUGAGUCUCCUAGCUUACGAAAUUACAAAAUGCACUAGCGUAACUGAUUCCCUGGUGCAAAUCUUUGGUAUUUCUCUAUCGUAUUCUGAAUCUGUAAUAUUUAAUAUAAUAAUAAUAAUAAUAAAUUUUAUUUAUACCCCGCCCUCCCCAGCCAAGACCGGGCUCAGGGCGGCUAACAACCAACAGUAAAAACAAGUUGAUUGAAAUACAGUGGUACUUCGGGUUAAGUACUUAAUUCGUUCUGGAGGUUCGUUCUUAACCUGAAACUGUUCUUAACCUGAAGCACCACUUUAGCUAAUGGGGCCUCCUGCUGCCUCCGUGCCGCCGGAGCACGAUUUCUGUUCUCAUCCUGAAGCAAAGUUCUUAACCUGAAGCACUAUUUCUGGGUUAGCGGAGUCUGUAAUCUGAAGCGUAUGUAACCUGAGGUACCACUGUACAACUUAAAAAACAAGGUUAAAAUACAAUAUUGAAACAUUAAAAUAUUAAAAUGUAGCCUCAUCACAGGAGGAGAAAGGGGGGAAAAAAGAGGGGGAGGGAAUCAAAUUGGCUCCAAGCCAAAGGCCAGGCGGAACAACUCUGUCUUGCAGGCCCUGCGGAAAGAAAUCAGAUCCUGCAGGGCCCUCGUCUCAUGAGGCAGAGCGUUCCACCAGGCCAGAGCCAUCACUGAGAAGGCCCUGGCUCUGGUUGAGGCUAAUCUGACUUCCUUAGGGCCUGGGACCUCUAGGGUGAUGCUAUUUAUGGACCUUAAGGUCCUCCGUGGGGCAUUAGUAUUUAUUUUAUUGCAUUCAUGUCUCACCCUUUUUUUUUUUAACCAAGGAGCUCAAGGUGGGCAUUCCCAUUCUUCUUCCUCUCUCCAUUAAUCCCCUGUGAGGUAGGUUAGGCUGACAGUCAGUGACCGACCCCCAAGUUCACCCCAGGGGGCUUUUCUUGGCCGAGCGAGGAUUUGAACCCUGGCCUCUCUUCUGGGGGGUUAGUGUGACACCCUAACCACUAACAUUUCAUUCGUUACAAGCACUUUAUGUGGGGAUUGGGCCUUCUGGCGGUUCCCUCGCUGCGAGAAGCCAAGUUACAGGGAACCAGGCAGAGGGCCUUCUCGGUAGUGGCACCCUCCCAUCAGAUGUCAAAGAGAAAAAUAACUACCAAACUUUCAGAAGACAUCUAAAGGCAGCCCUGUUUAGGGAGGCUUUUAAUGUUUAAUAGGUUAUUGUAUUUUAGUGUUUUGUUGUUUGCUGCCCAGAGUGGCUGGGGAAACCCAGCCAGAUGGGCAGGGUAUAAAUAAUAAAUUAUUAUUAUUAUUAUUAUUAUUAUUAUUAUUAUUAACACUUGAAAUUAAUUUUGAUUGUUUCCUGUAUGAUUCCUUGCACACAUCCCUUGCUUUAACUGGUUUUAUUUGCUUUAUAACCGUACGUUUCGUCCUUUUCUGCUCUCCCCGUGACUUUUCCCAGGCUCAGCUGUGGAACUAUCACUCGGGGUCGUCUCACCACCGACCGAAAGCAUUGCCUCCCUUGCAACAAGUCUGGAACCUCCUGCACCUUGAGGUGAGUGGUGGCCAAUGAGGGACUCUCACCUUCCCCCCCCCCCCAAAAAAAAAUCCCCUCUGCCUCUCCUUAGCAUCUCGAGGGAAAACCUGUGAUGCUCUGGAUGUCGGUGGACGGCGACUCCUGUCAGUUGCACCAUUCGACGUUCUGAAUUUAACAGUGUGUGUCUCUUCUUUAAAUAUUAUUAUUAUUAUUUUAAUAUUUUAAUGUUCCAUUAUUUUAAUGUUGUAUUUUAUUUUUGUUUUUAAGUUGUAAUCAUUCAUCUUGUUUUUAUUAUUGCUUGUAAGCUGCUCUGAGCCCGGCCUUGGCUGGGGAAGGCGGGGUAUAAAUAAAAAAUUAUUAUUAUUAUUAUUAUUAUUAUUAUUAUUCUGUUGCAGCAAGAGUAAUAACUUCAUGCUGCAUUUUAAUGCUUUAAUAUUGUAUUUAACCUUGUUUUUUAAGUUGUAUUUCAAUCAACUUGUUUUUAUUAUUGGUUGUUAGCCACCCUGAGCCCGGCCUCAGCUGGGGAGGGUGGGGGUAUAAAUAAAAUUUAUUAUUAUUAUUAUUAUUAUUAUAACUUCAAAAGCCUUAAAAUGGGCUGGGCCCAAGUUAUAUGAAGGGGCUGUCUUGCCCCCGUGCAAACCUGCCCCUGGCAUUGAGAUCUGCCUCAGAGGUUCUGCUUAUGCAACCACAUACAUCAGCCUGGUUGAUGUGGCUAUUUUAAUUAUUAUUAUUAUUAUUAUUAUUAUUAUUAUACUGCCCUUCAUCCGUAGAACUCAGGGCCGUGCACAGUAUAAAAAUAUAAGGUAAAAAGCACGAAAUGCAUGAUAAAAACAAGAACAAGCGGAUAACCCCAUCUCCCACAACACAUUUUAAUGGUUAUCAAAUGUUAAAUCAGCCCAAAAGACCUGACUGAAUAGGAACGUUUUCACUGGGCAACUAAAGUUGUGUGAUUCAUUCUGCACCGUUCAAGAUUUCUUUCUCCUUUUCGGAUUUUACAGAUUAUGGUAUUCCGCCCCCCCCACACACACAUUAAAAGAAAUAAACAAUCUUUAUAUAAGGUGAAAUACAUGAAGCGUCACUUACGCUGUUUGCUUUCUGUAGAAACCUCAAAAUGUUGGGGGAUGUGGAUUCAGGCUGAUAGGCUGUUAUAAUUCAUUAGCAUAGAUAAGAUAACAGAGUGUGGAUUGGGUCACUUUCCCCUCUCGCACAUCUUUUGAAUAAUCUGAGGUAAUCUGUCACAAACAACUUGGAACCUGCUUAUUUUUAUCACAUAAUUGUAAAAAAAAGAGAAAAACUUCAAGGUGGUUUAACAAGAAAAUAAAAUUUUCAGUAAAAGCAGAAAAAAACCAACUAUUUGAAAACUUUAGAUGAUGAAAUAAGCAAUAAGCUAAGAACAAAUCAACAGCUCCACCGUUCUCUCGUUCCCCAUUUAACCAUCGUUGAGCUAAUUUUUGGGGAACAACUUGGAAGCCUCGUUAUCGCUUCCUGUACUCGCCAGAGCAAGGGGGAGCUGGUGGGGAGUUAUGUUGAAGACAUUGCCAACCCUUCAGUGGCUGUGGAUCACCUCCUGCCUCUUUAAAAUAGAAUCAUGAGUUGGAAGGGACCCCAAGGGACAUCUAGUCCAACCCCUUGCAAUACAGGAAUCUUUUGCUCGAACCCACAACCUGGAGAUUUAUUUAAGGCUCUCCUGCUUUACCGGCUGAGCUGCCCAUGCUGCGGCCUUCGCGUUUAACGAAAAUAACCCGUCGCAAAUCCCUCUUUCCUCCCCGAUUCUCCCCAAAUUUCCAGAAGAGGAACUUCUCUGCCAAGCGCAACCCCCAGCUGAAGAGGCCUGGGCCCCCCAUGGAGCCCCCUGUGGUCCAGCCAAUCGCCCCGGUCCAGCACCCGCCACACCCGGGGCACGGGGAGGACAUGCCAGCCCCCAUGAAGAGGCGAAGGAGCACCAGUCCUGACCAGGUACAGCGGGUGGGGGUGGGAGCCCUGGGUGCAAAAGGGACCGCCGCAAACCAGACCCACUGCCACGCUCACACCGCUUUGCUUGCUUGCGCCGUGGGGCCAGCCCAGAUCCUGCCCCACGCACGCUCUCUCGCUUGGCACUGGCCUGGCUGCCUUCGCUUCGCUGCCCCAGCUCUUGCGAGACGCCCUGGCGCCACUCGCAGGCCUCGCCGCUUGACGCUUUGCUCUUGGGGGGGGUGUGUAGUGAUUUAAUUGCAGGAAGAUGUUGCCGUUCGUUGCAUGAGCCAUUGGGGGGGGCCUCUUUGAAAUUUCCUGGGGCGGCGGGGGGACACUUCCCUGACCCAUUUUGGUUGGCCGCUCAGGUUUAUUUUGCCCUACGAAGGUGGGAUUUGGGGAAGGGGUUUGCCUCUCGCUGUUGGGCGCUGUGACCAUCUCCCUCCAUUUCUCUCUCCUUCCCCCUCUGCUUUUUCUGUCUCGCUGUCUCCCCCCUUCCUGUCUCCCCCUGCAAAUCUCCACUCCUGGUGCACGCAGAAUGGUAACGGGGUGUGCCAGCACCCGCCAGGUGUCCCUGGCAACCCCCACUACCAGCUGCCCAAGCCGGGAUUAUGGAACCCCCUCCACGGAGACUCAUGGGGGCAGGAGCGCAAGAACGUCGCUGCCCCAGAGAGACAAGUAAGGCUGCCCCCCUCCAUCCCUGCAUCCACCCCCUGCCCAUGGACAUCGGCCUGGUCUCUUUCACCACCGGGCAGGCGGAAACGCCCUCCCCCUGGUCAAAAAUCUGGCUACCCUCGUAUGUUUGCAAUAAUUAAUGUCAUUUAGUUCUUAUCAGAUAACUGGUGGCGUCCAUUAGAGGGGCAAUUGACCCUUCCCCUCCCCGCCUCUCUUUUGCCAUCCUUGCUUUUGUAUUCAUGGGCGCUGUCAAUAUUUUGGGCAUUUCCAUAUCCUAGAAUCGGCUGCCUUUAAAUUAAAAAACCCCCACAAGUUUCUAGCUCUCCUGGCUUUCCCUUGCAGAGGGAAGGGAGGGUAGGCUGGCUGGCUGGCUUGCUUGCUUGCUUGAGGGGGGCUUCAACACUUUGCUGUGCCUGCUCCAUUCCCCCUUGCAGCGCUCUCGAAUUCAGAUCCGUCUGGGUUUGGGUUGCAUGGGGGUGGGGGGUCCUGGGAAGCGGGUGGGGUAGCGUAUCACCUUAACUGUUCCCACCCACCUCAGAGAUGUGCCCUCAACUCUGCCUCCAGUUCAUGCGGAAACGCAAGAGUCCAAAUGGUUACGUAUCGGAAGGGAAAAUUGGCCGUUCCCAGACUGGUGCCACCUAUCAGUCCCUAGCCAGUGUGGCUGUUUGGAACUAUAAUUCCCAUCAGCUCUCAGCCAGUACAGCCAUUUUGACUACAAUUCCCAUCAGUCCUCAGCCAGCAUGACCAUUUGGACUACAAUUCCCAUCAGUCCUCAGCCAGUAUGGCUGUUUUGGACUACAAUUCCCAUCAGUCCUCAGCCAGUUUGACCAUUUGGACUACAAUUCCUAUUGGUCCUCAGCCAGUAUGACCAUUUGGACUACAAUUCCCAUCAGUCCUCAGCCAGCAUGACCAUUUGGACUACAAUUCCCAUCAGUCCUCAGCCAGUUUGACCAUUUGGACUACAAUUCCUAUUGGUCCUCAGCCAGUAUGACCAUUUGGACUACAAUUCCCAUCAGUCCUCAGCCAGUAUGACCAUUUGGACUACAGUUCCCAUCAGCCCCAGGGGGUUACUGGCUGGGGCUCAACCUAAAGGGCACCAUGUUGGGAAAGGCUGAUUUAUGCAUUAUGUGAAGAACACCUGCGUUUCACAGAGUUGGGUGUUUUUCUCCCCGGUUUUGGGGCCCCUCUCCUGACUUUCCUUGUCUUUCCCCUGUUCUCUUUAGGAGCAGAGGAACUCUGCGGCCCACCCCUUCCCCUACCCCUGCCCCGCCUACGGCUCCCACCCGCCCCCUCACCGCCUGCCGGCCAUGGCCCCCAGCCCCCGCACCCCUCCAGCACACCGGCCCCCUCUCGACAGCCAUGGCUGCCUGGCCCGGCCCAACGGAAGUGACCUUAGAGACGGCAGAGCCCCCCGGGUGCGGUCAGACUCCACUGCCACACCAGCAGCAACCGCCGCCUGCGUGCCUUACGUCCCGCGCCCAAACCCCGGAGGAGGAACCACCACCACCAGCAAGACCACCUCGCGGGGGCCACCGAACCCUGACUGCCUUGUGAGUGGGGGUGAGGGGGGCUCUCGCGGGGGUCCGGGAGUCAGAGCAAGUGUCAGAAGGCCUCGGGCACCGGCUUCCGGAACCGGCAGCGCUAGACCAGUUUCGUCCACUUUUGUCGCAUCAAUUAAAACAGCCCCAAUUGCAUUUUGAAUACAGUGGUGCCUCGCAAGACGAAAUUAAUCCGUUCCGCGAGUCUCUUCGUCUUGCGGUUUUUUCGUCUUGCGAAGCACGGCUAUUAGCGGCUUAGCGGCUCUUAGCGGCUAUUAACGGCUUAGCGGCUUUAAGAAAAAGGAAACAAACUCGCAAGACGUUUCGUCUUGCGAAGCAAGCCCAUAGGGAAAUUCGUCUUGCGGAACGACUCAAAAAACGGAAAACUCUUUCGUCUAGCGAGUUUUUCGUCUUGCGAGGCAUUCGUCUUGCGGGGCACCACUGUAAAUGUGCAAUUGGUUGUUGCCGUUUUGGAUUUUAUUUGUUUCAUAAAAUUCAGGCACCGCUCUGUCAUAAGGAAAGAAACCCCUCAAGGUGGUUUACAAAAAAGAUAAAGUGAGGGAAGGAAAAUCAUGACACUAGUAAUAACUCAGUGGGCAGAGCGUGAGGCUCUUGGGGUCAUGCGUUCGAAUCCCACAUUGGGCAAAAAAUUUGGGAUUUGGACCAGUAGACCAUCAUCGUCCCUUCUGGUUCUGUGAUUCUGAGACAUAAAAAAGUUAAAAUGCUAGAACAGAUUAAAAUCGCCUCAGCUUUCUAAGCACCCAGGCAGGCUUGUCUAAACAGGGACAAGGUGCCUGCUUGCUAUCAAUAGGCAGGGAGUUCCGAAGUUUCAUAGGUGCUGCUGCGCUAAACAACCAGGUUCUUAUAAACGCGGAACGAGGAUUACGUGGCAACAGUUCUGCCGAUCGAAGCGGCAAAGUGGGGAAAGGCAGUUUCAUAGGAAAACCGGUCGCCCGUUGUUAAGGGUUGUAUAUACUGAUAGUAACACCUUGAACUUUGCCCGGCAGCAAAUUGGCAACGGGCGCAGAUCCCUGAUCACGGGUGACAGAUGCUGACGAGGCCUCCCUCCUGUCAGCAGUUGUGCUGCAGCUUCCGGAUCAAGGGCAGCCCCACAGAGAGGGGGCUGCACCAUUUUAUUGUGCUAUUAUCCGAGUGAGUUGCGCCAACAGCUGUUCUGAAUAAUGCUUUCUAUAGGGUAGGGGUCGCUGAGGAAGAGUCUAGGGCACGAAGCCUACCUGAGCAGAACGGCAGGAGCCUGAGUCCGUUGACGGGCGGACAGUGUGUGAACAAGCCUGCUCUCUCGUGGGGUGAAGGAGGGAGCCGUAGGCCUGGGAGGUGGGGAGGACGAUCCCUUCUGAUUGGCUCUUCUUUCUGUCCAUCCCGCAGGGUUCCGACCAUUACCAAACGCCGGCAUUGGAACCAUCCAGUCCCGCCCAGGAGAACGGGGGCCGCAAAGCCCCCUUGCAGCAGUCGCAGCAGCAGCCUCCACCGCCGCCCCGGCCAGCUCCUUGCCUUGCCCCUCGCAACCUGCCCUGCUCUCGCAUGCCUCCUCCUCCGCCCAUCGCCAGGGGGCCUCCACCAGCAGUUGCACGGGCACCCACAGCUCCGCAGUGCCCACCACCCCCGCCCCCUCUGCCCCCACCCCCGCCUCCUCCGCCAGCACCCCCCUUGCCCUGGCUGAAGGGCCCGGCGUUCGGCAGCAAAGGAGGAGAAGCAAAAGCCAGCAGUGACCCCCUGGGGGAUAUUCUGUUUGGGUGCGGGGAGCCGCCGCCGCGGGGGGACGCUUCCCCUCUCGGGGCCUGCGACUCGGGGCGCAGCUUCCAGGAUUCCAACGCCAGCAGCCAGAAAGGGCCCUUCUCACUCCCUGGAGAAGGGGCUGAGGAGAAGGCCAGCCCCCAAAGAUCAGCCAGCCCCGAACCCACCCCGGCAGCCGCUGACUACUGGAUGCCAGAGAGCACCCAGGAGGAGGACUCCGGCGGCGCCAGGGCCUCGGCCCCGGAGAGCCCCACGAUUACCUCAGGAACCUUCGGGUCCCCGGAGAGCCCCCCUCAGCCGCCAACGCUGCCCCCGCCGCCCCCGCCACUGCCCCGGGCCUCCUAUCCAAAGACGCCGGAGCCAUCGGCAGCGCCCCCCGCGGCGGAGCCCGCGCACGAAAGGCUCUUUGGCUUCGCCAGCCCCCAGCUGGAGGACCAGUUCGAGGAGCCCCCCGAGUUCUCCAAGAUCCUGCCAGAUGGCCUGGCGAAUAUCAUGAAGAUGCUGGACGAAUCGAUCCUGCGAGGGGAGGAGGAGCGUGAGGAGAGCUUUCCGCCGCCCCCGCCGCCUGCCCCGCUGCUCCCCAGCCCCCCGCCUUUGGCCAGACCAAAGCCCCCCGCCCCGUCCAAUGCCUCCUUCGACUAUCCCAAGCCGCCGGGGCAGGACCCGCCGGAGCCGCCCUGCCUGUACCGCUACGGCAAGCGGGACCCAGAAGAGCGGCCCCAGGCAGCUGCCGCCACCGCCGGCGGGGCGGGCAAAUUCCCCCACCACAGCACGGCCUCCCUGCUGAAGUCGUUGGCCAACAUGCUGGAGGGGCAGAAGCACUCCUACCGACCCAAGCCGCUGACACCCCCAGGUGCUAAGAUCGCUUCCCCGGCCGGCGCCAGCCCGGGGGCCGCGCCCCACUUCUCUACCUCAAGCCAAGGCUGGGCCGCGGGAGCGAUGGGGGAGCAGGCGGCCAGCUCUCCACCCCCUCCACCCGUCCCCCGGCCCAUCAAGACGGAGUCAGAGGUGCUGGAGGAAAUCAGCCGGGCCUGCGAGACCUUGGUGGAGCGAGCGGAGAGGGAAAAGAGCCCUGCUUCUCCGGCCAUGCCGCCCCCCAUCCCGCCUCCUCCCGCUCCCCUUUCCUCUCCCGCAACGCUGCCGCCCCCGCCACCCCCUCCUCCGGCUCCCGCCCAGCGCCCCAAGGACGAGUCCCGGAAGCGGGACCGGGAGCACCGGAGGCACCGCCGUUCCAGCAAGGACGGCUCGCGGCGGCACCGGGAAGGCAAGGCCCACAAAGAGAAGAACCGUCAGAUACUGGGCAGCCUCGACGUGCAGAGCUCGGAGAGCCAGGCGCGGGAGAACGGCGCCAAGCCGCCCCCGCCUCCCCCGGCAGCCCCACAGCCCGAGCGCCGGCCGCCCCCCGUCAAGAAGGAGGAAGGGGCUGUCGGCACGGGCUCCACGGUGGUGUGCUCGGCCGACCUGCUGAAGCUGCGCUCGUUCACGGAAGGGCCGCCCAAGGAGCUGAAGAUCCGGCUGAUCAAGGUGGAGAGCGGAGACAAGGAGACGUUCAUCGCCUCCGAGGUGGAGGAGCGCAGGAUCCCCCUGGGCGAGCUCACCAUCAACCAUUCGGCGGCCGAAGUGGUGCGGGCCAGCAAGUGAGUGGCUGCCUUGUUUUUUAAUUUUAUUUAUUAAAUCUGCAUGCCGCUCUCCACCCGUAGAUCUUGGGGCAGUUCACAACGUAAAAUCGCAAUGUAAAAACCACAAAAUGUAUAGCAGAAAGAUAGUAAUAAUAAUUUUUAUUUAUACACCGCCCUCCCCAGCCAAGGCCAGGCUCAGGGCGGCCAACAAGCAAUAGUAAGAACAAGUUGAAUGAAUACAACUUAAAAACAAAAUUAAAAUACAACAUUAAAAUAUUGAAACAUGAAAAUAUUAAAAUGUAGCCUCAUCGCAGGAGGAGAAAAGAAAAGAAAAAAGAAAGAGGGGGAGGGAAUCAAAUUGGCUCCAAGCCAAAGGCCAGGCUGAACAACUCUGUCUUACAGGCCCUGCGGAAAGAAAUCAGAUCCUGCAGGGCCCUGGUCUCAUGAGGCAGAGCGUUCCACCAGGCCGGGGCCAGAGUUGAAAAGGCCCUGGCUCUGGUUGAAGCUAAUCUAACUUCCUUAGGGCCCGGGAUCUCUAGGGUGUUGCUAUUUAUGGACCUUGAGGCUCUCCGUGGGGCAUACCGGGAGAGGUGGUCCCAUAGGUACGAGGGCCCUAGGCCGUGAAGGGCUUUAAAGGUCAAAACCAGCACCUUAAAUCUGACCCUGUACUCCACCGGGAGCCAGUGCAACUGGUAAAGCACUGGGUGAACAUGCUCCCAUGGCAGAGACCCCGUGAGGAGCCUCGCUGCAGCAUUCUGCACCCGCUGGAGUUUCUGGGACAGCUUCAAGGGCAGCCCCGCGUAGAGCGAAUUGCAGUAGUCAAGCCUGGAGGUGACCGUCGCAUGGAUCACUGUGAACAACAAACCAAUAAUCCCUGCUCCCUCUUUCCGUUCUGCUCCUGGUAUCAAAGCACAGUGCAUCAGCGCACUGCUCUGGGGUGUGUCUUGCAGGCUUUUCCGAAAUCUCUCGCUUGUGAGCUCCCUAGGCUUCCUGUGUGCUGAGAGCGCCUUGCCUCCAAACCGAGGCGGAGAGCUUGGAAGCUCUUUUCCUGCCAGAUGACCCAACCGAAUCUGGCACAAAAAGAGCUUGUUUUGAACUACAACUCCCAGCAGCCAGAAGGGAAUGAUGGGAGCUGUUGUCUGGUGUCACCCGGAAGGCUGCAAGUUCCUAGCCACCCAGCUUGAAUGAGCACAUUUGGAUAACGCUGUGGUCUAAACCACUGAGCCUCUUGGGCUGGCCGAUCAGAAGGUCGGCGGUUCAAAUCCCCACAACAGGGUGAGCUCUCAUUGCUCCAUCCCAGCUCCUGCCAACCUAGCAGUUCGAAAGCAGACCAGUGCAAGUAGAUAAAUAGGUACCACUCCGGCGGGAAGGUAAACAGCGUUUCUGUGCGCUCUGGUUUCUAUCACGGUGUCCUGUUGCGCCAGAAGCGGUUUAGAUAUGCUGGCCACAUGAACCGGAAAGCUGUCUGUGGACACACGCCGGCUCCCUCGGCCUGAAACCGAGAUGAGCGCCACAACCCCAUAGUCGCCUUUGACUGGACUUAAUGGUCCAGGGGUCCUUUACCUUUACUGUUUUUUACUUGGGCAACCAGGAGGGGCUGGAUUUUCUGAGUCCCGUAUGGCCUGGAAUCUCUCUUAUUCUAUCCUGCAUUUUUUUAAAAAAUAAAUAAAUUUUUGGGCAGAAUUCUGGCUGAACUGCACUGAUUCCCCAUCCCCAUUGUUUGGAACCUUACAUAGCUGCCGCUUGCUAGCUUCCAAAAUUAUUUUAGGCAGGGCCCACAUGCUUAGCACGAAUGAGGGCUAGAAGCUUGUCCCUUAUUUAAAAGCGAAGCACCUUGGUUGCAAGAUGCGCCUGACUCUUUUCCCCCCCUUGCCGUUUCUCCUGCGACGUGGUAGCACAUUUUGAUGUUGGGAAAAGGCCUUCCUCUUGUGGGUGGGCCGCCUCUGGUGUGCUUUGCCCCCUUCCUUUUGGGAAUGGCCUCUUGCGGUUUCAUCCUCAAACUUGCCAAGGUUGUGUGGCCAACUCCAGGACCCUGUGGCCGGGGAAAAGAUGCCCAGUGGGGUUUGGGAAGUGGGUUGCGUGGCAGGGUUGAGUGGCAGGGGGCAUUCAGCCAAGGAAUGGGUUUGGGUGGGUGUGGGUCAAGCCAGGCAUGGCAUAGAGGUACACAGGGAGCGUCUUCCUAAAGCAGCGGUUCUCAACCUGUGGGAAUGUUGUAGGACUACAACUCCCAUCAUCCCUGAGCUCUGGCCUUGCUAGCUAGGGGUGAUGGGAGUUGUAGUUCAACAACAUCUGGGGACCCACAGGUUGAGAAAGGCUGUCCUAAAGCAUGGGUAGGCAAACUAAGGCCCUGGGAGCCGGAUCCGGCCCAAUUGCCUUCUAAAUCCGGCCUGUGGACGGUCCGGUAAUCAGUGUGUUUUUACAUGAGUAGAAUGUGUCCUUCUAUUUAAAAUGCAUCUCUGGGUUAUUUGUGGGGCACAGGAAUUCGUUUAUUCCCCCCCAAAUAUAGUCCGGCCCCCCACAAGGUCUGAGGGACAGUGGCCCCCCAUUUAUAUACCACCUUUAUCCAAAGAUCCCAGGGCAGUGCGCAACAGCAGGAACAUAAUUCAUGCAGUGUAAUAACAAAAACACAACACACAGCAUGUUAAUAAAAUAAUCAUAGUAACAGCGCCCCUCCCACAUUGAACAGGCCGUAGAUUUAAUGGCUGAAGGCCUGGGUGAAGGGGAACGUUUUUGUCUGGUGCCUAAAGCCCUGUACAGUGGUACCUCGGGUUAAGUACUUAAUUCGUUCUGGAGGUCCGUUCUUAACCUGAAACUGUUCUUAACCUGAAGCACCACUUUAGCUAAUGGGGCCUCCCACUGCUGCCGCACCGCCAGAGCACGAUUUCUGUUCUCAUCCUGAAGCAAAGUUCUUAACCUGAGGUACUAUUUCUGGCUAAGGGACGCGGGUGGCGCUGUGGGUUAAACCACAGAGCCUAGGACUUGCCGAUCAGAAGGUCGGCGGUUCGAAUCCCCACGACGGGGUGAGCUCCCGUUGCUCGGUCCCUGCUCCUGCCAACCUAGCAGUUUGAAAGCACGUCAAAGUGCAAGUAGAUAAAUAAGUACCACUGCGGCAGGAAGGUAAACGGCGAUUCCGUGCGCUGCUCUGGUUCGCCAGAAGCGGCUUAGUCAUGCUGGCCACAUGACCCGGAAGCUGUACGCCGGCUCCCUCGGCCAGUAAAGCGAGAUGAGCGCCACAACCCCAGAGUCGGCCAUGACUGGACCUAAUGGUCAGGGGCCCCUUUACCUUUACCUUUACUAUUUCUGGGUUAGCGGAGUCUGUAACCUGAAGCGUAUGUAACCCGAGGUACCACUGUACAGUCCUACCUCGGGUUACGAACGCUGCGGGUUGCGCGUUUUCAGGUUGCGGACCGCGCUGAACCCAGAAGUACCGGAAUGGGUUACUUCUGGGUUUCAGCGCAUGCACAGAAGCGCAAAAUGACCUCACGUGCAUGCGCAGACACAGCGCUUCAGGCUGAGAACGCUGUGGGUUGCGAACGUGCCUCCCGCACGGAUCACGUUUGCAACCCAAGAUAUGACUGUAAUGCCUGUGCCAGGUGAGCCUUUCUGGGCCGAGGAGCCACCGCAGAAAAGGCCCCGUUCUCCUGUUGCCACCCUCUGGACCUCUCGUGCAGGGGGCACACAAAGAAGGGGCUUGCGUGAUGAUCUCAGGGUCCGGGUCGGUCCGUAUGGGUCCUUGCAGUAUUGCAGUCCUGAGCCAUGUCAGGCUUUACGACACCAGCACUUUGAAUUGGGCCCGGAAACUCAGCAGCCGGGCCAUGAUUGCACCUGGAAUUUUCCGCCUGCAAGGCAGACGCUCUGCCAACGGGGUUGCGACCCUGUCCCUAAGACACCUGGAAGACCUGUUCCUUUAAACCUGGGCCUGCCCCAGAGCACUUGCAAAUCAGGGUGCGCCACGGGCAGUUUUUAAGAGCACACCUGGUGUGCAGCAGAGAGGAGAGCGGCGCUCAGUGUCCCCACUCCUGCCUCCUCCCUCUGUCUCCCGCACCCCUCCGCUUCCCCCACGCUGGGCUCAAUUGCCGGGGGUGGGGGUCUUUGGAGAAAGGGCCGGGUGCAGACUGAAUGAGCAAACCAAUUUGCAGCAUGGCUCGAGAGCUCGGAAGCCCUUUUGGCCGUGUACUCACCUCUUUCAAAACUCUCAGCAGCGUGGUUGGUUUGGAGCGAAGGUGGCUGCAGAUAUCCCGGUUGCAGAUAUCUGCAUCACGAAUGGGAGGGGUAUAUUGUCUCUCUGGGGCAGAGGGAGCCCUAUGGGAGACUGGAGGAGGAGGGAGGAGGAGGAGUAAGGCAGACCUGAUAACGGAGGCAGCUGUGCGGAAUGGAGGGUGUCGGAGCUUGUUGCGUGCCGGACGGCUUCCCCGAAAAGUUCUGCUCCCGGACGGUUUGGUCUGUCUCUGCUUCUUUCCCCCCCGGAAAAGUAUCUCUGCUCCUCUUUGCAAACUCCCGGGGCAGGCUUGGGGGCAAGGGUCAGCCCAGAUAAGGGCCUUGGCAGCCGGAGGGAGGCAAGGAGGCCUUGGGGUUUGAAGCGGAGGAAAGGGACGGCUCUGAGUGGGACGCAGGGCCCCACAGAACGGGGGCCAAAAGCCAUCCCUCCCCUGCCCCAGUGGGCAUGGGUUGCCCCUUCCCACAUCCCGUCCAGGAGGCGAAACUUUGCCAGACAGGUAAACGCAAUAUUGUGCCCUCUUAAGCCCAACGUGGCUGCAGGGGGGGUCCUCUGGUUUGAGGCCGUCACUUUGCACAUGGUCUAAGGCACCUUUCUCGUCAAGGGGUGCCACCAACCGGCCUUGACUAAUUUGUGGGGUCUCUGCAGGGAGCAUGGAGCGGGAAUAGAAUCGCCCGAGGCUGUUAAAAGAAACCGCAGCGUCAGAGUAUCAGGUUUUUCCAGGGAACCUUUCCCAGGCUCAAGGGGCCAUAUUCCAUUCCGGGAGGCCUUCUGAGGGCCACAGGCCCAGUGGUGGAUGCACAGGAUGCACUCCAGUGAGGGCAGGGCACUAGAGUUUUUUGGGGGGCAGGUAGAUAGGUCUGGAGUGGAGGCAACAGGUUUUGUGGCAGAGUUUUAUGUUUCCAGUGGUGCGAACUCUUCUUUGGUACACGCAUGUAUAUUUACAAUUAUACUGCUAGCAUCAGUAUUUUUUAUAAAAUAGAAUAGAUAAAUAUGAUGGGCUUGCCAACUGCUUGAAUUCACGAGGCCUCCUGGGAUGGUUCACGGGGAAAGGGCUGAUCCACCAGUAAGGCGGUGGAUUUUAGAGGGGAGUUUUUUGGAAAUUUCUUCAGUGAGGGGUCUUUUUGGAGUCUGAGGAUUUUAAACUUACUAUUAUUUCUGGGGCUAGGCAACAUUUAGCUUGUUAAGUGUACGUUUGAUGAAGAAGUACGUAAAGUCCUUUUGGGAAACUGAAGAAUUUUAAUUUUACCUUCUAAAAAUGCCUAAUAAUAAUAAUAAUAAUUGUAAGUACUUGGCGAUCAUUUUUAUUUAUUUUUCUGUAAUUUUACUGGCCAAGCAAAACUAAAUCAUAUUAACCGAUAUAUCUUUUGAAUUCCCAAGUCACGUGGCAACUUUUUUGCACCCCUCAUUUUUGGAAUUUGAAAGGCAGACGGAAGGAGCUGUUGCCCCUUGAGGCUGCCCACAGACUCUCCACUGCCCCUUUUCUCUGGGGAGUUUGGGGGUUUGGGCUGGCUGUUCAUCAAAAUGCGGAUGAUACCCAGCUCUACCUCUCUUUCAAAUCAGAACCAGUGAAGGCGGUGAAGGUCCUGUGUGAGUGCCUGGAGGCGGCUGGAGGAUGGAUGGCAGCUAACAGAUUGAGGUUGAAUCCUGACAAGACAGAAGUACUGUUUUGGGGGGACAGGGGGCGGGCAGGUGUGGAGGACUCCCUGGUCCUGAAUGGGGCAACUGUGCCCUGGAAGGACCAGGUGCGCAGCCUGGGAGUCAUUUUGGACUCACCGCUGUCCAUGGAGGCGCAGGUCAAUUCUGUGUCCGGGCAGCUGUCUACCAGCUCCAUCUAGUACGCAGGAUGAGACCCUAUCUGCCUGCAGACUGUCUCACCAGAGUGGUGCAUGCUCUGGUUAUCUCCCGCUUGGACUACUGCAAUGUGCUCUACGUGGGGCUACCUUUGAAGGUGACCCGGAAACUACAAUUAAUCCAGAAUGCGGCAGCUAGACUGGUGUCUGGGACUGGCCGCCGGGACCACAUAACACCGGUCCUGAGAGAUCUGCAUUGGCUCCCAGUACGUUUCCGAGCACAAUUCAAAGUGUUGGUGCUGACCUUUAAAGCCCUAAACGGCCUCAAAGGCCCAGUAGACCUGAAGGAGCGUCUCCACCCCCAUCGUCCAGCCCAGACCCUGAAGUCCAGCUCUGAGGGCCUUCUGGCGGAGUGAAGUUACAGGGAACCAGGCAGAGGGCCUUCUUGGUGGUGGCGCCCUCCCUGUGGAACGCCCUCCCGCCAGAUGUGAAGGAAAUAAACAACUAUCUGGCUUUUAGAAGGCGUCUAAGUUUAGGGAAGUUUUUAAUGUUUGAUGUUGUAUCAAAAUAUUCUGUUGGGAGCCACCCAGAGUGGCUGGGAAAACCCAGCCAGAUGGGUGGGGUAUAAAUAAUAAACUAUUUAUUAUUAUUAUUAUUAUUAUUAUUAUUAUUAUUAUCCACCGCUGACGCUCCUGCUUCCCUCAUCCUUCUUCCAGGCACGCCAAGGUGAAAGGGAAGUUCAAGGAGUCUUACUUGCUGCCCAGCCACUCGGUCAAACCUCAGAUCAACGUGGACGAAAAGCUCCCACGGGAAAAGCUCAACCCCCCGACCCCCAGCAUAUACGUGAGUCCCAGUUUUGCGGGGUGACGGGGAGAGGGCAAAGGGAGAAUUUUGUUGGGCCUGUCUGAGAUGGAUGAACUGGGGAAGGGGCGUCGAUAAAUGGUGCUGCACCAGCACUGGGUUCGAAUUCAUCACGACGUACAAGCAACAUCACAAGGUCCUAUCCCUCAUGGCUUCAGAGGGGAGUUAACCUCGUAAAAUUCCAGGAGGUCAGAGGGAGCCGGGCAUGGCUUUCCUACGGCUGGCAGAAGCUGCACUGGAGCAGCAAGGAGCGACUUGCUGCAAUUCCAGCUGCAGAAUCCGCCCCUCCCGUGGUGCGAUUCCCUGAAGUGCAUGGGGGUGAUGCCCCCUGUAUCCACUGACACCCCCCACCGACCUAGGGGUGAUCGAUGGGUGCUUCCAGAGUGGCUGGGUCACCCAGCCCAGGGAGUGGGGCUGAAUAGAGUCUGGGGAGGACUGGGGAUCUCGGCCGCGAAGGAGGGGCUAUGCUUGUUGAUCUGUGUCCCCCCCCUCCCCAAUUUCCCCCCAAACAGACGUGCUCAUUCUACUCCCAUCCCACACUCCUUAACCACCUCCUGUUUUUGACUUGGUUUUUUUUAUUAUUAUUACUGUGCAAUGGUACCUUGGUUCUCAAGCUUAAUCCGUUCCGGAAGUCCGUUCCAAAACCAAAGCGCGUUCCGAAACCAAGGCACGCUUUCCCAUAGAAAGUAAUGCAAAACGGAUCAAUCCGUUCCAGACUUUUAAAAACAACCCCUAAAGCAGCAAGUUAACAUGAAUUUUGCUAUCUAAUGAGGCCGUUGAUCCAUAAAAUGAAAGCAAUAAACAGUACUGCAGACACUCAGUCAAUCAGUAGCUGAACUGGGUUCCACACGGUCACAAAAAAAGAGCCGCAAAAACAAAAGUGUAAAAUAAAUAAGAAAGACAGACAGACCUCAGUGUAACACUCAAAACAGAAGUGUGGCACUCAAAACGGAGCACGUUCGGCUUCCGAAAAAAGUUCGCAAACUGGAACACUUACUUCCGGGUUUGCAGUGUUUGGGUUCUAAGUUGUUUGAGUACCAAGGCGUUUGAGAACCAAGGGACCACUGUACUCUUGAUUAUUCUUUCUCCUCCUUUUCGCAAUGCUUCCAAGGUUACUUUCUCCACGUCAAAGGCAGCUGUUGGCCGUUAGAAAUAGAUAGAUAUCGCCCUUCCCCACAUAAUGAGCUCAUCACCAACUUCUUUGUUAGGCCAUUAAAUAAAUGCAUUUGUUUACUUAAUAAACAAGUGAGCCAUAUUCUUAAUCUUGCUACGACAGCAUCCACCUUUAGAAAACACCAUUCCCCCCUCUUUCUAAACAGCUCUGAUCUUUCUCUUUUAGGAUGGCCCUUUGACCAUAGCAGUGUGUACCCCAAAGAGGACUAGCCUUUUAAAUUUAAAUUUUAAGGCCGUUCUGCGAGCUCCUUCCUAGUGCCUGCCUAUCUAUUUGUCGAUCGAUAGAUCAAUCAGUUGUUCUGCCUGCCCAUUAAGUUGCCUGCAUCCCAGAGUCUGUGUCCAGAGGGGAAAUAUUGCACCCUUUCUCUCCCUUUAAUCCCCUAAGGCCUAGGGGGUGUUGCAGUCCCUUUGGGAAACCUUGUCCUCUGCCCUCUCUCGUUCUGCCAGUGGGAUCCACCUCCUGGUUCAGUGGCUUCUUGUUCCUUCUUGUCCCUAGAUAGGGAGGGAGAUAAGGCGCCUGGCUUAUUUUCCCUUGCCUGGCCUUGACCCUUGGCUGGAAGCAGCCACACACAUCCACUGCAAUGCCUUUCCUCUCACCGUUGGCUAAUUGAAACCUCGGUGCCUUCAGCCCUCUAUCCCGGCCCUAUUGUUUGUCCGGGGGAUGAAGCUGCCUCAGGCAGCAAAAUGUCUUGAGCUGGUCCUGCUUCGUGCAGGUGGGAUUUUGCUUAGAGUGUAUGAGGAGCAGACUGCGACAUCGGCUUCACUCAGCAGUACAGUGGUAUCUUGGGUAACGUAAUUUCGGGUUGCGAACAAGGCAAACCCGAAAGUGUAUACUUCCGGGUUUUGUCGUGCACGUAUGCGGAGAAGCACUCUUUGCGCAUGCGCAGAAGCUCUCUAUCGCACCACGUGCAUAAGCGGCGCGAUAGGAUUCGGGGUAAGUACGGACCCCUGGGAUGAAUUAAGUUCGUAUCCAGAGGGUCCACUGUAUAUCGCUGGGGAAACCGCUGCCGCUCCUGAGUCCCUCUGCUAGCAACAUCCACUGGAUGUUUAAAUAUUCUAUUUAAAAAUGGGGUAUCAGAGUUUUUAGGGGGUUAACCAGGCUGGGAUAGCAGGCUUGUUGGUUUUUGAAUGUCUUAGUAGAUUUUUCAGUUUUGUUGUUCUGUAUGGGACAAUGACAAUAAAGAUUAUUGCAUUGUAUCGCAAAAAGGGUGGUGCUAGCAGAGGGACUCGGGAGCAGCGCCCGCUUCACCAGCCAUAUACCACUGAGUGAAGCUACCGUUCCGCUCUGCCCUCGUACGACGCAGAGGAAGAAACAAACUGCGCUGGCGAGGCGCCGAAACAGCUUGUUCCUCCCUCUGCAUCUUUAAACUGCUCAACGGAGGAGUGUGCAGCUGCCUUCGCCUCAGCCAAGCAGUGAAAGGAGCCCCCAGCCCGGCGCUGGCUCCCACAAGCCAGCUGCAGGGUGGGGGCUCCAUGAAACGGCUCAACCUUCCUUCCCACCCAGCUGAGCGGGUUGAAACCGCCUCGGCUCUGGAGGUGAGAGCUGGGGCAGUUUCGCCCGGCGCCUCGCGGGCAGAGGCGGAUGUGUCGUUUUUUCAACGUCGUGGUAUAUCGCCAAACCGCGAUGUUGGGCUGGCGAUACACCGCAGUGUUGGGAAGCUGAUAUCGCCCAGCCCUAGCGGGUGGGCUUCCCCCUGGCUUGGGGGACCAGACAGCCCCCCAUUGCAAGGGGGCUGUAAGCCCUGUGCUGGGAAGCUUCAGCCCUCCGGGUUGAUUCCGAACUACAACUCCCAUCAGCCUCCCUCCACCAGCAGGCAUGGCCGAUGGCUAGCGAUGGUGGGAGAUGUAGUUCAGCAGCACCUGGCGAGUCAGAGGGCUGCUCUCAGCGCUGGAUUUCCUGGAUCGAGAAAGGAGGGGAGGUAAGGGUCGUCUUGCGAGGCCUCCUCCAUCUCUUGGCCCUCUGCCUGCUCUUCCUCCCAGGCCUCUCCCCUUAUCUCUUGGGCUCCAUCCUUGGGUUAAUCAGGUUCUGUCUCCCAGCGCAAUGUACCUUUCACCUCCUUUCAACCUUCAGCCGGCCUUUCCUUAUCUCGUUCCUCUGGCCCUCUGGAAUGCAAGCGCAUCCAGCCAGACACCUAUUAUGACGAUCGUCGAUUUUAUUAUUUGAAAAUCCGCGUUCCCACACCAAAACACUGUUACUUAUCCUUCCCCGCUGUUUCCCUUGGAUGCUUUGUCCUUGGCUCUCCUGGCUGUUUUGGAGCAAAACUCCCUUCGUUUUCUGUGUGUUCCUUUUAGAGCGCCCGUCCCCUUUUUAAUGUGCCUCUCAAUUUAUGCCCAACUCCUCCUGAUUUAUUCCGUAGCAAAAAGCUACAGGGUUCUGGGAUGACUGAAUCAGGCAGUCCAAACCGUGGCCCAAUUCUCUCUUGGGUACCGUGGUUCAGAGUCAAGUUUUCCAUUGCCUGACCCAGCCUGCCCUUCCGCUGCUUCCUGCGUCUCGAGGUCGCGAAGAUCAUCCAUGCUGCCCCCUCGUUACUCGGGGAAUGUCCUCAGCCCCACUUGGGGCACAUGCACCCCUCCCCAAUGCCAAACUUCCUGGCGCCCAGAUUUCUUGGUCCAAAAUGAAGCUUCUGGGCUGGGAGUCAGUCCAUUUUGAGUCAGUCCACAUUCGUCCUUUCUUGGUGGGGCUUUAUCUCUUAGGACAAAGUUCUGCUGGUGUCCCCAAUCCCGUUCUGCUGUGCUUUGAGGUGACAUUGCAGAGAGCUGCAGUUUCUGCUUAGACAGGGUUUAAUCCAGUUCCCGUUCACCAAUUAGAUUCUCUUGCACAUCCCCUGUGUGGUUCCGGCCCUCCUGCGUGGAAAGAGGCAUUGAAAGAGGUCUUUUCUUUCCCUCCACCUUGAUCUUUCUCCAACUCAUGGUUCCACUGUCUUUUUAAUUCCUCCCUCGAUCUUCCAUUUUGGUUGUGUUUGGGAAUUGGGGGCCAUUCCCCAAAAGUCUCUGUCCCUUCCUCCCUCCCCCCUCCCCUCCCUCAACAAGUUGCACCAUUAGUUUAACGGCCUUCUGACUGCUCUUAGCUUAGCUCAGCAUCCCAGAAGAUGAGAUUUUUGAAACCCUGGACCUGGAAUCUGCCUGGAAAGCCAAGGCAAUAUGGAUGCCCAGCUUGGACCGGUGGAGCUCCUUGCUCGCCUUCCGCCCCAGGACGUGUCUCCUCCAAAGAAGACAUUUGGGGGGGGUGGCUGUUCUCCUCGAGGUUUUCCCCACCUCCAGCACCUCCUUCCUCCCCACACUGUCUCCAGACUGCAAAACGGCCCCCCAGAACCAUCUCCUGACAUUCUUUGGAGCAAGACUUCCCUGCCUCCCAUUUCUUCAUCCUAAGGGGCGCUGUUUGGCUACUUGUCUUGAUUUUAUGGAAAGCAGAGUAAAAGUCUUCCCCCUGGCUGCUUUGGAGUGAUGGGCUGCACCCUGCAGCUUUUUUGCUCGACUGUUUCCCACACGGAACUGCAACCAGCUCUUUUUAUCAUCCCGGAUUCCUCCCGCAGCUGCACAGAUAAGACGGCUUCCUCUGUUCUCUGGGGAUUCUUCUCUGGUCUGCUGGGAACUCCACAGUGGAGGGGAGAAAAAAAAUUAUAUCUAAAAGGAGACUCUGAACUCCGCAAACUUUCUGCCCCCUGUGUCCUUCCUGCUCAUUCUUAAAUGACCUGGAGGACGUAAGGAAAGCUUGAUGGGUCAGUCGGGUGGCCCAUCAAUAGUCCUGGAUCCUGUUCUCACAGUGGCCCGCCAGAUGCCUCAAUCGGAAACCCUCAAGCAGAACUCAGACACAAGAACAAGUCUCCCCUCCUGCGGUUUCCAGGAACUGCUAUCCAAAACCAUCACUGCUUCCAACUGUGGAGGCAGAGCCAAGCCGCUGUGCAAUAACCCGUCUUGCAAAUGACUCCAAAAGUGCUCAGUGGAGACCACCGUUGACCAAUGAAAGAGCACCCACCACUGGAUCUAAGGGCGGGGGGAGUUUCUGGUUGAAGAUGGGGGAUGCUGGAGCAACAUUAGUCUAACCUGGGGGCGGGGAACUGUGGAGACUUAGGCCCAGUGGCCUGGACUAGGCUGUUCUGUUGAUCCUUAGCAGUGGGUUUAUCUGAGUGGACCUCUGGUCCAAACUAGGAGAGGCUGCCGUGUUGUUGUUGUUGUUCUGCUGUCGCUGUUUCUGGGGGUGCCUUAGGCUUUUGCUUUUGGGGGGGGGCCCAAACUGGCAUCUUGGCCUCUAACGGGCCUCCUCUUUCCUCUUCAGUUGGAGAGCAAGCGGGACGCUUUCUCUCCGGUCCUCCUGCAGUUCUGCACUGAUCCCAAGAACCCCAUCACCGUCAUCCGGGGCCUGGCCGGAUCCCUCCGCCUCAGUGAGUAUCCCGCCCUCUGUGGGUUUGGGGGUGGGGGCCCAAGAGCGCCUGGGUCAGAGGCUGAGGCUCUGCGGAGGGGAGCCGGAGUUGGAAGUGGAGGCUUCUGGGCCUGGGAGAAGGAAGGAUGCACAAAGAAUCGUAGCGUCGGAAGGGACCCCAAGGGUCAUCUAGUCCAACCCCCUGCAAUGCAGGACUCGUUUGCUCAACAAGGCAUUCUACCAUUGUACUGUGGAGAGUGUAUUAACUUAUGGUCUGUGUGUUGGGAGCUGCACGGUCAGGGGAAAACCAAUACUGUCCAGGGUUGUAAAGACUGCGGAGAGAAUAACUGGGUGCACUCUUCCCACCUUGGAUCAAAUCUAUGCUUCCAGGUGCCAUAAGAAAGCUGCAGAGAUAGCGCAGGAUAGUGCGCACCCCAGAAAUGAUCUCUUUCAGCUUCUGCCUUCUGGAAGAAGGGACAGGGUUAUAAAGACUAGGACUAGCUGCCAGUUUUUAUCCAAAUGCGAUUUUGGUUUUGAACGCAGUGCUUGCCGAUCAGAAGGUCGGCGGUUCGAAUCCCUGCGAUGGGGUGAGCUCUCGUUGCUCGGUCCCUGCUCCUGCCAACCUAGCAGUUCGAAAGCACCUCAAAGUGCAAGUAGAUAAAGAGGUACCGCUCUGGCAGGAAGGUAAACAGCGUUUCUGUGCGCUGCUCUGGUUUUGCCAGAAGCGGCUUAGUCAUGCUGGCCACUUGACCCGGAAAAACUGUCUGCGGAAGCAGACAAAUACCGGCUCCCUUGGCCUGUAAAGCGAUAUGAGUGCCGCAACCCCAGAGUCGGCCACGACUGGACCUAAUGGUCAGGGGUCCCUUUACCUUUACCUUUAAGGUAGUCUCUGUGGGAGUAUAUUGUAUUUAAUUAUGGGGUAUCCGAGGUUUUAGGGGGUUAACCAGGCUGGGAUAGCUGGGAUAGCAGGCUUGUUGGUUUUUGAAUGUCUGAUGUAGAUUUUUUCAAUUUCGUUGUUCUGUGUGAGACUGACAAUAAAGAUUAUUGUAUCGUAUUGAGGGGUCACGAGUCUUGUGCUCUCCCAAUGGAGAAGCGUGUGUUUGCUUCUGCAGCGUUGUGUAGGUUCAAUCGCACUAUACAUGCAUUUAACUUGCACAAUUUCAACCACGCGUUCUUGGAGGCUGGCUGGUUGAAAUUCCGCAAGGUGAAUGCAAGCAUUUGCAGAGGGUUGGACUCUUCCCACUCAUAUGAUUCUAAGUCAGGGAGCUUAAAAGCUCUUUCUGCACUGCUUAAAGCGGGAGGACCUGGUGAGGAGAGAAGUCUUCAGCUCUCCACCUUGCUUUCUGGGCCUGCCUGCCCCACCAGCCACAGAACAGGGUAUGCAGGGUUUAUGUGUAUCCAUGGAAGUCUCAGGACUGAACCCCCAUGCAGGAUGUGACCGUACUGUAUUUGAAAUCAGAGGCUUUGGGGUCAGACAGAUUUUUUAGCAGGUAGUGUGUACAUUCGUACCUCGAAAGUCGAACAGAAUCCGUUCCGGAAGUCCGUUCGACUUCCAAAACAUUCGGAAACCCAAGCACGGCUUCUGAUUGGCUGCGGGAAACUCCUGCAGCCAAUCGGAAGCCUCGUCGGGUGUUCGGGUUCCAAAAUUAGUUCUCAAACCGGAACAGUCGCUUCCGGGUUUGCAGCGUUCAGGAGCCAAAACGUUCAAGAUCUAAGCUGUUCGAAAACCAAGGUACGACUGUACUUCUAAUGAAAAGACGUCCACAAAAUGGAAUGUGUGAUCUUGGUGAGGCAGUGAGUAUCUUGGUGAGCCCUUGCAAUCUGGUUGUUCAGGAGCAGGGGGCUUUUUCCUUGUGGGGGGCAGCGAAAAGAAAAAGAGGUCACGAUUCCCAGAGGUCUUGCCUUGGGUUAGGCAGCCCCAAACCGGGCACCUCCCAGGUGUUUUUGCCUCCGACUCCCAGCCAAAAACACCUGGAAGCACCAGGCUGGGGAAGCCUGGAGAGGGGUGGGCUUCGCUCCAUAAACAUGCCAGCAAACAGGAGGGGCAGAGGGGCAGAAUUCUCUCGAAGCUCCGCCAUGACACCUGCUCCCCCCCCCCCAGACCUAGGCCUGUUCAGCACAAAGACGUUGGUGGACGCGAGCGGGGAGCACGCCGUCGAGGUCCGCACGCAGGUCCAGCAGCCCUCAGACGAAAACUGGGACCUCUCCGGGACGAAGCAGGUGUGGCCUUGCGAGAGCAGCCGCUCGCACACCACCAUCGCCAAAUACGCUCAGUACCAAGCGGCCUCCUUCCAGGAGUCCCUUCAGGUGAGAAGGCGGCAGGUGGGGCCAUCUCUCGGAGCCGUUAUCCACACCCCUAAUGCCAGGGCCGGCCCAAGGCAUUUUGCCGCUUGAGGCAAAGCGGAAAGGAGUGUCUGCCCCCUUGCUGCUGCUACCCGAGGCGACCGGUGGCGGCCCAGGGAAGCCCCAGAGGCUAAAGGGUGGGCCGGCCCUCUCCUUAGGGAGAUAGCGCAAGCCACCCUUUGGGCUGGGGAGGGUUCUCCACAUUCCUGCAGUAUUAAGGUUGGCGGGUGAAGGUCUUUUACUUCUCACUGGGUGACUGAGCUUGAAUGCCUCUUCCUGGGUGGGGUGGGGUUUUUUGGGGGUGGCGGCAAGGAUUCCCAAUCUGACCUUUCUGUCUGUUGAGGCAGGAAGACAAGGAGACGGACGACGAGGAAGCAGAUGAGCCUGACAGCACCACUGAGGCGCCCCCAAGGUAGGAGGCCUCAUCCUUCCUUACCUUGCUUUGCGUUUCCAGUGGUAUUUGCUGUUUUUGUUCAUUUCCGGGAGCGGGGGUCGGAUUUCUGCUGGAGGAACGGCUUUGCAACAGUUUAAAACUGAAUGCAAAUAAAAGAGGGUGUGAGUUGCGGGGUGGGGUCUGCCAGGCAGCUGCACCCCCAAAAUGAUUUAAUCGGGUCACGUCAUCCAGAGCCCUGCAAUGCUUUAUGAGUGAAUUUUGAAGACUGAGCGGUACAGAAGGCAGAGAGGGGGUUUUACACUUUUGGGAAGGGGCAGUUCGUAGGUAAAUUAUUAUUAUUUCUUUGGGCCCGGAUGGAGGGCAAUUCUCCCCCAUCUCUCUUCUCUGCACCUCCUGCAUCAUAACUCUUCCUUUCUGCCUUUUGCAGCAACCCAGACCAGAAACCGCACCAGAUUAUCAAGUUUGGGACCAACAUUGACCUCUCGGAUGCCAAACGGUGAGAAUUGCUGCUUUGCUCUUUAACUGCCUCCAACUCCACCCCCGCCUUUUCACUGUGAAAGGCCAGGGUUGUUUUUCCUUGUGUCUUUUGAUUGCAAGAAAAUGAGGGUUGUGAUUUUAUGGAAUUGUGGAACCAUAGAUUCUUUGGGCCCAACGUGGGGCUCAAACUCACAAGUCUGAGAUUAAAAGUCUUGUGCUCUCUCAGUGACCUUGUUUUUUUGUUUUUUUGUGGCUUGUUGCUGCCCCUCUGUGGCCAUAAUUUGUCAUUGCAGGCAGGAGACUUAAUAUUGCUCAUUGCUGCCCCUCUGGCCAUAAUUUGUCAUUGCAGACAUGAGAGCCUUGCUUGUUGCUGCCCCUCUGUGGCUAUAAUUGGUCAUUGCAGACAUUAGACCAUUGCUCUUUGCUUGCCCCUCUGUGGCCAUAAUUUGUCAUUGCAGACAGGAGACUUAAUAUUGCUCGUUGCUGCCCUUCUGUGGCCAUAAUUUGUCAUUGCAGGCAGGAGACUUAAUAUUGCUCAUUGCUGCCCCUCUGGCCAUAAUUUGUCAUUGCAGACAUGAGAGCCUUGCUUGUUGCUGCCCCUCUGUGGCUAUAAUUGGUCAUUGCAGACAUUAGACCAUUGCUCUUUGCUUGCCCCUCUGUGGCCAUAAUUUGUCAUUGCAGGCAGGAGACUUAAUAUUGCUCGUUGCUGCCCCACUGUGGCCAUAAUUUGUCAUUGCAGACAUGAGAGCACUGCUCUUUGCUGCCCCUCUGUGGCCAUAAUUUUCCAUUGCAGCCAGGAGACUUAACAUUGCUCGUUGCUGCCCCUCUGGGGCCAUAAUUUGUCAUUACAAGCUGGAGACUUAACAUUGCUCGUUGCUGCCCCUCUGUGGCAUGUUUUGUCAUUGCAGGCAGGAGACUUAAUAUUUCUCAGUGCUUCCCCUCUGUAGCCAUGCCCUGGAAUUAUUUCCCCCCUCUAUUGUGAUGCUCCAUGCUGCCUCCCCGUGGCUGUAUUUUGCCAUUGCAUUGUAUGCCACCUUCUCACCUUGACAGAGCUCUUUGCUUUCCAUCCAGUGGUCAUAACUGGUCACUGCAGGUGAAGCUCUCUACCACACCCCCCAGUCUCCACCCCAACCCCAUUAUUAUUAUUAUUAUUUGGUUUUUGUCACUAGAAGGAAACCUGAUUGCUUCUCAGUGCUGCCCCCAAGUGGACAACAAGACGUGCAAGAUGUGUUUUCGUUUUAAAAGGGAGAUGGAGGGCAGCGAAUAAAUGCAAAAAAUCAGUAAACGAAUACAUAUCAGUGUUAUGAUAAAUAUUUAGAAAGUAGUUUCCCAAAAACUAAUCUUAAUAGCUGUUGAAUUGUGGAAGGGCCACCUAUUUCAUCCCCCUGCGAUGCAGGAAUCGCUAGCUGACCGCUCUCCCCUAAUAUGCAUCGCAGGUGGAAACCGCAGUUGCAGGAGCUUCUCAAGUUGCCAGCUUUCAUGCGGGUCACGUCGACGGGCAACAUGCUGAGUCACGUGGGGCACACCAUCCUGGGCAUGAACACGGUGCAGCUGUACAUGAAAGUGCCUGGAAGCCGCACACCAGGUAAGGCCACAAGCUGCGGCGAUAGCCGCUGGCUGGGUUGUUUGAUUGAUUGAGUGGUUUUAUUUAGAGUAUCUCUACCCCCCCCCCUUCUUCAGCCGGAAAAGGUCUGCAGAGCACCUAACAUAUAGCCCAAGGCAGUAGGGAACAAGGCAGCCGCUGCCUGCAGGCUUACGAUCGGGGGUGGGGGGCACACAACACACAGGAGGAAAGGGAUGGGGAGGAAAGAGGAAAACCAAUAGGUCCAGUUUCUGAACGGUCAGCUUCUACCCUAGUUCAGGGGUGCGAGCAAGUUUUCUGCUUCCCACCUCUCCAGCAGAGGCAAUCUGACAGCAUGCCUGCCCCCAGAUAAUUAUGAACGCAUACAGUGAGAGGCAUUAGCUUGCUUUUGCCAGGUAAUCUCAUUUAUAUUAGGUCCAAUUUGGGACAAACAAACUCUUAUCUGCUCAUCAACAAAAAGAUGCCUUUCUCUUUUCCGAUCUUUCAUACUUGAAAACCACAACAAUAUUGUCCUCGGUAUCUAUUUCUUGCUCUCAUUUUGAAAAUACCGUAUUUUUUGCUUUAUAAGACUCACUUUUUCCCUCCUAAAAAGUAAGGGGAAAUGUGUGUGCGUCUUAUGGAGCGAAUGCAGGCUGCGCAGCUAUCCCAGAAGCCAGAACAGCAAGAGGGAUUGCUGCUUUCACUGUGCAGCGAUCCCUCUUGCUGUUCUGGCUUCUGAGAUUCAGAAUAUUUUUUUUCUUGUUUUCUUCCUCCAAAAACUAGGUGCGUCUUGUGGUCUGGUGCGUCUUAUAGAGCAAAAAAUACGGUAUAUCCAUAAUUUGCAAAUAAGCAAAAAUAGUUUUGUUUUGACACUGAAAUGUUUAGGAUUGUCCUCAAAUCUUCCUGCCGCACUUGCCAUCCUCUAAUGCCAGACCCUUUGAGAACCUCUGCUAUAACUUGUGUCCUGUCCCCCCCCUCCCAACUUCCAGGGCACCAGGAGAACAACAACUUCUGUUCCGUGAACAUCAACAUCGGGCCGGGAGAUUGCGAGUGGUUUGCUGUCCACGAGCAUUACUGGCAGGACAUCAGCGCCUUCUGUGACAGGUGAGGGUCAUGUCCCUGCUGCUGUAUAAAUGUCACAUAUGCGUAUGCAAGAUGGAGAGCUCGCUGGUACCAGGGUUUCCUGGUCGGUUUUUGAGCAAGCGCCAUUGGUGUGCCCCACCCCCCCGGUCACUUAUCUUCCCCAGAUAACCCCUACCACCUCAAGAGGCACACAGAGGGAAAGCACACACACAAAAACAAACAAACACAAAACAAAAAAACAGGCACACUUUGCUUUUGGGAACUGAACAGAAGUCAGAUCCAGUAAAAUUAAGCUGAAAACUUGAAGAGGAAGUGGGAAAGGAAGCCGUUCUUGCAACUUCCUUCUUCAACUCUAUGGUGUGUUCAGGGGAGAAAAAGGUAACCUGUGUCCAGGGCAGCUGUUUAUCAGCUCCAUCUGGUACGCAGGAUGAGACCCUCCCUGCCCGCUGUCUGUCUCGCCAGAGUGGUACAUGCUCUGGUUAUCUCUCGCUUGGACUACUGCAAUGCGCUCUAUGUGGGGCUACCUUUGAAGGCGACCCGGAAACUACAACUAAUCCAAAAUGCGGCAGCCAGACUGGUGACUGGGAGCGGCUGCUGAGACCAUAUAACACCGGUCUUGAAAGACCUACAUUGGCUCCCAGUACGUUUCCGAGCACAAUUCAAAGUGUUGGUGCUGACCUUUAAAGCCCUAAACGGCCUCGGUCCAGUAUACCUGAAGGAGCGUCUCCACCCCCAUCGUUCUGCCCGGACACUGAGGUCCAGCGCAGAGGGCCUUCUGGCGGUUCCCUCGCUGCAAGAAGCCAAGUUACAGGGAACCAGGCAGGGGGCCUCCUCGGUGGUGGCGCCUGCCCUGUGGAAUGCCCUCCCACCAGAUGUCAAAGAGAAAAACAACUACCAAACUUUUAGAAGACAUCUAAAGGCAGCCCUGUUUAGGGAAGCUUUUAAUGUUUAAUAGGUUAUUGUAUUUAAGUGUUUUGUUGGAAGUGGCUGGGGAAACCCAGCCAGAUGGGCGGGGUAUAAAUAAAUUAUUAUUAUUAUUAUUAUUAUUAUUAUUAUUAUUAUUACCCCUCUUGCCAUCUCAUGACCCAAGAGUCAGUGUGGGUGGGUGGCCAGAGGCUUUGUGGGUCCCAGGAGAAUACCUUGAGGAUGCUGUUGCACCCAUGGGUGCCAGGUUUGUGGACCCCUGCCCUAAGGGGAUGAUUUGGGGGGUCGGUUCCUGGGAUCGGGGGCACGAGAGGUGCUACUGCAUCGCUUUGCCCACUUCCGUGGGGCCACCUUAGGAGAACGUAUGAAGUCUUUCCGGGUGGUUUCCCCCUUGCCUCGUCACCCCAACGCCCGCUUUCCCGCAGGCACGGUGUCGACUACCUGACCGGCUCGUGGUGGCCCAUCCUCGAGGACCUUUACCAGUCCAACAUCCCCGUCUACCGCUUCAUCCAGCGCCCCGGGGACCUCGUGUGGAUCAACGCCGGCACGGUGCAUUGGGUUCAGGCCACCGGGUGGUGUAAUAACAUCGCCUGGAACGUCGGCCCCCUGACAGGUAACUUAGCCGGAUGGCCGAGGUCCCUAAAAGCGGGGCGGGAGGAGGAGGAGUUGAAAAGGGGAUCCCGGAGCCCCACCAGUGCCCCACACUCUAUAAAGGGCAGGGUCAUGUCCUGCUUCCAAGAUUCUAUUACAGUGGUACCUCGGUUUCAGAACAGUCCUGAUUCCGUUUACAAACUCUGCAAAAGCGGAAGUAGUGUCCUGGUUUGCGAACUUUACCUCGGUCUAAGAAUGGAAUCCAAACGGUGGGAGGGCGCCGGCCGCGGGAGGUUCCAUGACGCGAUCCUCUCCUUGCCUGGAGGGGCGUCCUCUUCCUGCCCCCCUGACCUCUUCCUUUUCCCUUGCAGCUUACCAGUACCAGCUGGCCCUUGAGCGCUACGAAUGGAACGAGGUGAAGAACGUCAAGUCCAUUGUGCCCAUGAUCCACGUCUCCUGGAACGUGGCCCGCACCGUCAAGAUCAGUGACCCCGACUUGUACAAAAUGAUCAAGUGAGGAGGGCUUUUGGUUCUCCCCCCCCCCGCCCCCGCAACACCUCCAACCUUUCCUGGCCGUGUCCCUCCUGCUUUUGCAUCUUGUUCCUUGGGCAGUUCCUUGCACUUCCUCAAGUGCACAAAAGUCUCUUGGUUGGGGACCGGAUAGAAGGGGCCCUCAGUGGGAAGGCACAGAGGGGCCUCUGCUGAAAUGAUGAGGACCCCAGCCUCAUUUUGGUUGCAAGUGGGGUCUCCAUCAUUUGGUGGGUGCGUGAUCUGCAGGCCUCUUGUGCCCUUAGCACAGAUGUGGGGGACAUUUCACCCUCCAGAUGUUGUUGGAUGUUGGCUCAGCAAUACCUGGGUGGGCCAGGGGUCCCGUCUCCCUCCCCCUGCCCCGUUUCAACAGCUGUGAAAAACGCAGGAAGUGUGUGUGUGUAAUCUAUAGAACAGAUAAACAGGCAAUACGUUACCGUAUGUUCCAAAGAUAUAUAUUUUUUAAUUAACAUAUGCUAGAAAUGUUGCAUUAUAAAUAAGAGAAGCAGUCUUAGGCAUUUUAUCCCCUGCACUGGAAAAGGAGUCGAAGUUUGUCUGGGAAAACAAACACGGAUUUUGCAAUAGCAGCUGAUGAUGGUGUUGGCAUAACCGUCUGUCUCAACAGACAAUGGAGUGCGCUUCCGGGGGUGAAGUCCAAACCGCUGUGUUAGUAGCAGCACCAAAGUGAUCUCCCCGGGGCACCAGCCUGGCUAGUGUGUAACCGUGUGUGGACGUCCUGGGCUGCCCAAAUUAUGUUCCAGCUCAGCGAGGAAGGCCUGCCUCCCCCACAAAAAACAUUUAUGGGAAAGGCAAUUCACAGUCAACAAAUGAUAUUUUACACUUGCAUUUAGGCAGGGAAAGGUUCCCUUUGACAAAAUGUUUACGUAAUGUGAAUCGAUAGGAUGUAGAGUUUGUGUGCUGUUUCUUUUUUUAAAAAAACUUUUUAAAAAAUUGUAUUUAUUUAUUAAAUUUGUAUACCACCCUUCACCCACAAAUCUCAGUGCUGCUCACAACAUACAGAUACAAUAUUAAAACACAAAAUACAUGAUAGAAACAAGGAAAAAGAAACAUGAAUUUGAGGGGGUUAUUUUUUUGGGGGGGGGAAUCAAGGCUUGAGGCUCUUCCCACCCUGAGCUCUUUCUGUCCUUCCUUCCUUUAAGCUAAGAAAAAGGCUCUUCAAUUUUUUGAGCUUCCAGUAGUUUUGGGCUAGUGACAGAGCUCAGCCCCGCACCCCCAAAUGGCCUGAGUCCCUGCCCGGAUGUGUCAUUUUCCGUCCCUCUUGUUUCUUCCGUGGCUACUGUUUAAAUACAGAUGCGAUGUUUACUGCGCAGGUAAAAGCACCAAAACCGUGUAGUUUCUAAUAUGUGCCGCCUUAACACACAUUGACCUUCGGGGGGCAAUGCGAGAUGCAAUUAAAUUAACAGAAUCCCUUAGGGGGGUUUUGCCCGCCCCACAUCGAUGCGUUGGCUGCUUCAUCCGUCCCCGUGGAGAGGUGCAUCCGGCCGCAUCCUGACCCCUGCCCUCUUCUCCCGCUUGCAGGCACUGUCUGAUGCAGUCGAUCAAGCACUGCCAGGUGCAGAGAGAGAGCCUCGUCCGGUCCGGCAAGAAGAUCGCCUACCAGGGCCGCGUGAAGGACGAGCCGGCCUACUACUGCAACGAAUGCGACGUAAGCUUUCCGGCUCCUCUCGCUUUUCUCUUUCCCGCCACAGUGGCAACUCCACGGGGGUGAGGCUCCGUCCCUCUCUCAACCUCGCUUUCCUCCAGGGCGCUGCCCCUUCUCCACAGGUCCGCCACAGCGCCAGCAACGCAGGUGGCGCUCCCUGCUCCGAGACAGCGCCAGUCCUGGUGCACCCACCCCCCAGAAUAAACCCCAGUUGACUGGGGCUUCCAUGUCCGGCCCUCUCUGCAGUUCUGACUGUGGGGACGAGGUUUGCCUUCCACAUUCACGCUCUCUGAAAGUUGACCCCCACGGAAGUGGCCAUCUUUCCGUCCUCGGCGAUCCAUUUGCUCCGAGCUCUUGGGCAGAGAGCGGCCGGCAGGUCCUCCUAGCCUGUGACAGACUCCGUUCCCCCCGCCACAGACUUUUUAUUUUUUGGAAAACAGUCCUUUCCCCCUUCCACUGAAAGGGCCUGGCAGGGUUUCCUAGGCCUUUGUGGUGUGAACAGUGUUUGAUGAGGCCUGCUUGUCUUUAAAAUACCUCCUGUACCCAACUCCAGUUUGAGGCUCCCGUGCCUCCUUCAUUCCUGACGGCCCCCGAGAAGCCAUAAAGGGGAUUAGGAAGGUCGAAACAGUGAGUAUGAAACGCGUGUCUUAAAAAAAGCUGUGGUGAAACAGAAGCCUCCGGAAGGAUCAGCAGCGUAUUGUGAAGUCGGACCUCGCGGCUCUCCAAAACUUCACCUCAAGAGUCUCAAACGAAGAAGCCUCGCCCAAGCAGUAGAUCACCAUGAUGAAAACGGGAGGAAAAUAUAAUUUUAUAUCUGCCCUCUCUGAAAGGAAGACCCCGAUGGAGGAAGCUGGACCCUAAGCAGAGUUCUGGUGGCUGCACCUCAUUAAGUGUCAUCGUGCAGAGAUAGGAAAGGUUUGGGAAACGGCGACCAAAACGAUUUAAGGGACUGGAGCAUUUCCCCUAUGGGGCUUCUUAGCUUACCAAAAAGGUUAAAUAGGUGUAUAAAACGAUGCCUGGUGCAGCUUAGGGACCAGAGAGUGAAGUUGAUCUUUGGAAGAUUCGGGAUGGAUAGAAGAAAGAACAUGCUUUAAGGGCAUCCUGUGGAACUCCCUGCUGGAAGUCUCCGGAAGAGGAUGAGACAAAUUCGUGGGAGAUGAGGCUCUCAGCGGCUACUCACCUCGAUGGCUGUGCUCUUAUCUCUAUUGUCUGAGGGAACGUGGCUCCUAGCUGCCGGGAAUUGCAGGGAGGGAUAGGAUGCUAGGCUAAAUGGGCCUGAUCCAGUCGCAAAGCUCCACUGAUGUUUUUGAAGGACCUCGUCCUGAGGUCUCGGGGUAGUCUGAGGGAAUGUCUGCUGUGCAGUCUCCUUAAGGCAGGGUCAAAAGUGAGGUGCCAAUCCGGCUGAAGCCAGGAAGGUGCCGUGAAUUUGGGUGGAGGAGACUGCAGCCCCUGCAGUUUCUCCUCAGCCAUGGAGCCAGGACUCAGCUGCAGUGACUUGGGAUAAAAGAAGCCACAGAAUCACAGAACGGUAGAGUUGGAGGGGACCCACACGGUCAUCUAGUCUGACCCCCUGGAAGUGGAAAGGAAGCAGGGCUUGUUGUCGGCCGAGCCUCACAGGGAAAGGGGAAGUCAGCCAAGCAAGGGCUUGUGUCAAGAAACGCCUGAGAUGCAGGAAGGAAGCCUCUGUUUCCAGAGUCGCACCCAUCUCAAGACAGAAUCCUGUGGUGGACCUCCUUUGCUCCAUCACAAGGGCACCUUUCCUGGAGUCCUGGCGGGUGAUGCAGGGAAAAGCAUCCCUUGAAGAUGCCAAGAUUUGGGGAUCCCUCCCUGUCGCUCAGGCGAGGCUGGAUCAACGCCUUCUCUUCCAGAGCAACCCGCUGCAAGAUUCACUGGAGAAGGACACUCAGCAAUAGGUUGCGUUUCAGGCAUGUGACGCGUCAGCCAAGUGCGCAGAGCUCGGUUUUUUUUUAUUUAUGUUGGUGGAGAAGAAAUAAAACUCCUUCCCCCUUGGUUCUGUGUCGGCGUCGUGCUUCUUUGGGUCCCACACUUCUGCCCCUCUUCCCAGCCAGAAAGCCUCACCCCGUGGCAGAAGAAAGCGGCCGCAAGCUUUGUGUUUUGCUCUCUUCUUUCGCCGCAGCAGCUCCUUUUGCCCGCCUUGAGCCACGGCUGACGUUCUCUGCCAGUGGAGGGCAUGCGCUUGGGCAACCCCUUCCUCCCGCCCUUUCCGGAAGGGUUUUAACCAGUAAACACAAAAGGCUUGCCCUUCUCGGUGCUCCCCCAUACUGUCGUUUGCCUCGAGUGUGACUGCAGUGCUGAGUGGGGCGGCUGGGAGAGAUCCCUGCUUAUUAAACGCUAGAAACCAUGGCAGGCUGGCAUUUAUGCUUUAUUUUAUUUUAAUUUUUUGGAGGGGCGGCCGUUGUUAACUGCUAACAAAAGUGGAAGGCAGGCUUGGAAAACUCUUUUCCCAAAAAAGGUGCAUUGAUUAUGUCAGGGAGGUAUUUAAAGGAAGAGCAGAACUUAUUGGUUUGGAUUUUGGGAUAUAGGAGGAGGUGAUCUGCCAUGCAAUUAAAAGGGAUCUAGUAGCUGAGGGCGUGGGGAGCAGACCUGGGUGAAAUUUGGAGGGGUUUUAGGUGGGGCUGAGCAACUAGGCCUCUUGGAGCCUCAGGGGGCUAAUCUGCUUACAGCUGCGAUUAGAGGCAGAGGUGGGAAGGAAAGCCUUUAACUUGCUUUCCUCCCAGUGUACCCUUACCCAGCACAGGUUGACAAGGAGGGUAGAGACAAAGGCCACGUCCCGUUGCCACAGUCGCUGAUUCCCCGUGUGCUCCCCACAGGUGGAGGUCUUCAACAUCCUUUUCGUGACGAGCGAAAACGGGGGCAAAAACACGUACCUGGUGCACUGUGAGGCCUGCGCCCGCAAGAGGAGCUCCUCUCUCCACGGCGUGGUGGUGCUUGAGCAAUACAAGACGGAAGAACUGAUACACAUCUAUGACAGCUUCACCCUGGUGAGUAUAUGUCUGGGGAAGUAGGAGAGGCAGGCCCCACGGGAUCGCAGAUUUGGUAAAGCAGAGAGGAGGGUGCCGCCUAGUGGCAGACAAGGGAAACGUCACCAAGGCUCUUCAAGGCACUUCAGAGCUGUUCAAUCAACUCUAGUGUCCUCCCAAAGUGGCUCUCUGAGGAUUAUUGGUUGUUAUUAUGAAUUCUAUUUAACAGAUCUGUAAGAUGAAAACUGGAUAAAACACAAAAACCCAGUUUCUGUUAGCAGGAGAAAGAAUCAGGAUUCUAGGUGACUGUAACAGAUUGGAGACCUGGACCCAAACUAGCAAAAUGCCUGUCGACAGGGACAAAUGUCAGGUUCCUCAGUUAGGCAGGAAUAACCAGAUGCACAAACUUAGGGUGGAUGUGAGGGACACCUGGCGUGACAGCAGCGCUUUUGUGAAAAGUAUAUAGGCGUAUGAGCUUACCACAGUUUUAACACGACUCAGCAGCAGCAAAAGCAGCUCAUGGGAUUCUGGGCUGCAUUAACAGGUCAAGGGAAUAAUAAUAAUAAUAAUAAUAAUAAUAAUAAUAAUAAUUUGUUAUUUGUACCCCGCCCAUCUGGCUGGGUUUCCCCAGCCACUCUGGGCAGCUUCCAACAAAGAUUAAAAAUACAUUAAAAUGUCACACAUUAAAAACUUCCCUUCAGAUGUCUUCUAAAUGUCAGGUAGUUGUUUAUCUCUUUGACAUCUGAAGGGAGGGCAUUCCACAGGGAGGGCGCCACUACUGAGAAGGCCCUCUGCCUGGUUCCCUGUAACCUCACUUCUCGCAGUGAGGGAACCGCCAGAAGGCCCUUGGCGCUGGACCUCAGUGUCUGGGCAGAAUGAUGGGGGUGGAGACACUCCUUCAGGUAUACUGGGCCUUUGAGGCUGUUUAGGGCUUUAAAGGUCAGCACUUUGAAUUGUGCUCGGAAACGUACUGGGAGCCAAUGUAGGUCUUUCAGGACUGGUGUUAUAUGGUCCUGGCGGCCACUCCCAGUCACCAGCCUAGCGGCUGCAUUCUGAAUUAGUUGUAGUUUCCGGGUCACGUUCAAAGGUAGCCCCACAAAGAGCGCAUUGCAGUAGUCCAAGCGGGAGAUAACCAGAGCAUGCGCCACUCUGGCCAGACAGUCUGCGGACAGGGAGGGUCUCAUCCUGAGUACCAGAUGGAGCUGGUAGACAGCUGCCCUGGACACAGAAUUGACCUGCGCCUCCAUGGACAGCUGUGAGUCCAAAAUGACUCCCAGGCUGCGCACCUGGUCCUUCGGGGGCACAGUUGCCCCAUUCAGGACCAGGGAGUCCUCCACACCUGCCCACCCUCUGUCCCCCAAGAAGAGUACUUCUGUCUUGUCAGGAUUCAACCUCAAUCCAUUAACUGCCAUCCAUCCUCCAACUGCCUCCAGACACUCAAACAGGACCUUCACUGCCUUCACUGGUUCCGAUUUAAAAGAGAGGUAGAGCUGUGUACCAUCUGCAUAUUGAUGGAAACCCAGCCCAAACCCCCUGAUGAUCUCUCCCAGCGGCUUCAAGGGAAGCCAUAGUCCCACUCUAUUCUGCCUUGGUCAGACCCCACCUGGAAAACUGUGUCUGAUUCCGGGCACCCCGGUUUAAAAAGGAUAUUGACAAGCUGGAAGGUGUGCAGAGGAAACGGCGUCCAAGACUGGUCUGGAAACCAAGCCUUUUGAGAGGGUGGGGCAUGUUAAGCCUGGGAAACGGGAGAUAUGAUAGCCAUAUCGGAAGGGCUGUCACAUGGAGGACGGAUUCCUGCGUUGCUGCAGGGGGUUGGACUAGAUGACCCCAAGGGUUCCUUCCAACUUUACGGUGCUACGAUUUGGAAGGCAGGCUGCUAAUUGUAGGUUUCUUCUCUCUCCCCUUUUCGCCUGCAGUCUGCGCCGCCCAGUUCCAGAUGAGCCAUACCACGCCUGGACACGGAUGUCUGGGCCGUCUCUCCACGCUAGCUCGCCCCCCCCCGCUCGCGUGGGGUGGGGGGGUUGCUAUGGUCUGCCCUCCGCCCUCUCCCUCCAAUAGCAGCUGAGCCUCUGAUCUCCACCCGCCCUUCUCAACUCAAACCUGCCCUGAGCCGGGGGGGCAGGUAGCAGAAGCGUCGUGACCUGGGGCGUUCUCCUGACGGACCCCUUUUUUUAAUUUAUUCUUCAGAACGAACCUUUUCUCGUUUUUGGUUUUUUUUUCCCUGGGUGGUGCUGAUUUUGUAUUAAAAAAGCAGGGGGAAAACCCUGAACUUUAAAAAAAAAUUCAAAAAAAUUCAAAGAGCAAACGGAAUGGAGCAGCGAAAUCGACGGCGAACAUGGCGAAAUUCCACUGUGCCUCUGGAUUCGUCCUGCAUGGACAAGAAUUGGGGUGCGGUGGUUUCGGGGAGCUUCUAUGAACAGAUUGAGAGGGGUGUGUGAAAGCGUUCCCUUCUUCUCAAGAGCAUUAAUUUCCGUCUCUCUCGCCGGGGUGGAAUGCCAGCGAGCGGAAAAUGAGAGAGAGAAAGAGAGACUGCUGUCUAAAUUUGGGGGUGCCUGGUUUUGUUUUGUUUUGUUUUUUCCUUUCCUUUCGAUUACGUUUUUCUUGGCAGAAAUUUAAAGGGGAAAAAAAAGAGAGUUUGGGAAACGGAAGCAAGCAAAAAAAAAAUGAAAAAGAAAAAUUAAUACGGGUUUCUUAACACAGAACUUUUAUGGGUUCAGUUCUCUCUGGGUGAACUUCUCAUCGGGAUAUGGCGGGACGGGGGGGGGGGGGAGAGUGUACAUUGAUUUAUAUAUAUUGGAGGGGGGGGAGUGUUUUUUCCGCGUGUGGUUUUUAAUUAUUCUGAUGGACAUUUUGAUUUCUUACAUCCUUUUAUAUAUAUUAUAUAUAUAUAUAUAAAUAUAAGAAGGGGGGGAAAAAUUCCUGGUUUGUAUUAGAAACUGCUUUUAAAAAACAAAAUACAGAAAACGAGACAAAAAAAAAUAAAAUAAAAAAUAUACGAGUUUUUUUGCGCGAGGAGCAAGCGGGACGGAGGAGGUCCUCGUGCGAAAGGAGAUUGGGAUAUGGUGGAAACAAUAACCCCGUGCGGAGGGAGUGGUGCUUGCCCCAAAUCAGACACACGGGUAGAUGGGAGAUUUUUUUUUCCUUUUUCACGAAAGGGGAGGGGGGGAGUUGCCAUUGCCCCAGCCCCCAAUUCCCUAUGCCAUUUUUGUGGGGGGCAGGGGGUGGGGUGCGGUUGGCAAUCUAACAAGGACCCCUUAACUCUGCCCUCUGCCUGCCUAGCUAUGGCUGACCCUUAACUCUGACCCUUAACGCCUCCUCUUCAGCUGAUAAAAUCCGUUUAACCUUAACUCAAGAUAUAUAAAUAUAUAUAUAUAUUCCUUGGCUGAAUUCAUUUCCCCCCCUUCCUCUUCCUCCUCCAAUUCUCUGCCCUUUUGACUCUACAGUUACAACUCCCAGAUCCAUCUGAAAAAGAAGAAGACAGAAACGUCUCAGAUUUGGGGUCAUUUUUCUUUCUUUUUUUUUAAAAAAAAUAAUAAUUGUACCUCCAUGCCUCAAAAAAUUGUUUUGCAGUUUGUAAAUGUUCUUUCUCUUUCUCUCUUUUUUAAUUUAUACGUCUCUCCUUUUUUUUUUUUUUUUUGGUAAUGAUCUCUCUAUUUAUUGGUCCUCUUUUGGGGUUUGAUCCAGCCUCUUUUUUUAUUUUUAACUUUUUACAAUGUUGUUGUACCUGUUUCUUUUUUAAAAAAGAAAAAAAAGUGUCUCCUUUUGUUGUUCCAGGUUUUUUUUGUUUGGCUCCUCUCUGGAAUUUUUUAUUGAAUUACUUAACAUGUUCUUUCAGAUAUAUUUUUUCUGUCGAUGUUUUUUCCUUGACAUGGUGCUCUGUUUUCUCAUGGGGGUGGGGUGGGGGGGUGGGGUUUGGAUUGGGGAAACAAAAGCCUGAUCCUGGUUCAUCUGUUGAUUCCCCUUCCCUUUUUUUUUUUAAAUGGAAGAAUCUCACCCCACCCUACAGAAGGAAGGAAACCUCUUCCUUCCCUCUGAAAAAAAACCUGCACUUUUUUUAGUUCCAGAUUUCACCCCACCCUCACCAAUCACUCACACACUGAAAAAAAGCAGAUGAACAAUCUCGCUUCUCUGAGAAAACUCACUCUCACAUAAAUUGAUUCUUAUCGUACUGUAGGGGGACAAGGAGAAAGCAAAUCUUAUUUUGUAAAUGUAAAAUAAAUAAAUAAUUAAAUUAACUCACAGAGAU